CGUUGCCCUCAGUAAAAAUGGCGGGUGGGCGGUGUCAGCGAGCGUGACGUCAGUGGCUGUGUUAAACUGGAAGGAGACAAGGGGCUGCUGAUGCUGUGCUGUGAUCUUCAAGGUAAUGGGGGUGAAGGGUAUCUUUUAUUAUUAAAAAUAAAUAAAUAUAUACAUAUAUAUAAUACAGGAUGAUUGUGGGUAAAUAAUGUCAGAAUUAGGGCUCAGCUCUCCUCUCUGGGGCCUGGCUGACAUUUAACAAAUGACAAUUACAUGUCAUUACUGUGAUAGGAGGCAAUUUGUAUUAUAUAUAUUGUAUCUGUCACUAGUAUUCUCCACCAAUGGGUUAAUAAUAUGGAUUUAGACAUGCUGAAAAUAGUCAUCACUGUAAGAUAUAUAUUUUUUUUUAAUUAAAGAUUGUUAUGGUUUAUGUCAGUAUUUAUAUAUAAUAUCUAUCUGAAUUGCAGACAUGAUGGAGUCUUACAUUAAUCUUCUUUCUUCACCAUUUAGAUGUCCUAUAUUACAUGGUGGUUAAUCUUAUGUAUGGGGUUAUAGAACUGUCAUUUUCCAGUAUAUAUAGUGUGUGUGCAUUAUGGCGAUUCAUUCACUGCAACAACAAAAUGCUUACUGUUCGUGUAAAUUGGAUGUGUGUGGGCUAGUCACUAAUCUCCAAACUGAAUGGCAAAAUUGAGGCUAAAAUAGCCAGUUAAAUGGAUAUUUAUUUUUAUUUUUCCCAAAUAUAUUCAUAAAUAUUGUGAUUCAGAUUUCAAUUGUCUGCUGUUAGGAGUUUAAUGAAUAAUAUAUGUACAAAAUGUCUAGCAUGUCCUAAUGAAAAUAUUUUAGACCGACACUGACAGAGUUUUUUAGUGAGAAUUGUCAGGGAUUCCAAGUGAAUUGGUAAUUUAAUGCCAAAAUAGCUGAAUCAGCAGCAUUGUUGAUUUGGAGGAUAUAUAUAUUUUUUUUUACAUGUUUGGCUAUUUUGACUCACCUUUUUCCUGCCCCUUCCACUGGCCACUAGACUCCCAUAAGCAAUGUCACCAUUGGAUGGGCUUUGCAAAAUUAAAUCACAUUCACUUUGAUUUCCUGACAAUUCUUAGAUUUAAUAACCCUAUUUUCUCCAUUGGCAUGCUGGUCUUACUGUAGCUGGCCCUGCUUGCAUGGCUGACAUCAUCACCCUUGCCAAUCUUGGCCAAUCCAAUCCUUUCCCAUAGGAAAACAUUGGGAGCCCAUUUCUCAUUCGCGACAGAGCACUGUUCAAAUCAGCAUCUUCUCAUAGCGAUAAAUGGAAUCAAUGCAUCCCUAUGGGGAACAUUCAGCAUCUUCAUGCAGAGCAUGGAGACACUGAACAUAGGUCCUGCACAAGGUACUUCACUAAAAUAGGAAGCACCUUUAGUGGCCGUCUGAGUGACAGCACCUAGAGGUGUUACUUGGCAAUAGGUAUUGAAAGCUAUUUUUAAGGCCAGAUACUGAUAACAAUCUCAUAACUGGUACAUAUAUUCUUCUUCCUUUCCCUGCCUUUUACCUGUUGCCAGGGAGGGGGACAUUACCCUCCCUGGUGAUCUUGUGACUUUGUGCAGGCUGCCAGGGGGUUUCCACAUUAAAGAGGGACGUCUUGACUAAAGGUUUUUUUUAAUUAUUCAUUUGUAUUUUUUAUACAUUUUAUAUAAUUAUUAAAAUGCUCUAUAUGAUAAUGUCUUGAAUGCUAUUCCUUGUUCCUUGGCUGCAGCAUGCCUACUAGUUUCUGAUUAGUAUAGAAGUAAAAUUACUUUUAACUGACACAAUAGGAUUUCUGAUAUAGUAAAGCAACACAAUUAUGAACAUUUGUAAUCAUUUUUUACUUUAAUGGUAAUUCUAAAAUUACUUCUAAAUUUUUUUAGAGAAAUAGAUGUAUGAUUUGAUUUGGUCAUAAUGUAAGACACCCACCAUGUAUAGUCGAGUUUAAUAGCGUACCCUGGGACCCAUCACAUGCUAUCUUCUGUUUCCGGCAGGUCCUCUGUCCAACUCUCGCAAGCCUGGAACGAUUUGAUGGCCGAGGACUUGUGAAAGCUAGAGAGAGUAGGCUGCCUGCAUUGUCAGCUAUAUUGGUAUCAUUGUAGGCUGAUACCAAUAUUUGCCAUAAUGCUCAACAUCAGCCGAUAAUAUUGGCCAGACCAAUAAUCUGUCAAUCCCUACUAGGCAGUAAUGUAAAUGCUGCCUUUUCUCUGGAAUAGCUUGCAAAAGCUGCACUUCUCCUGUCUGAAGCCGUUGCAAGAAAUCCUCUUCUAUCCAGCCCAGACUUUCUGUGGCUGUCCAAUUUCAAAAUUCCCAAUGCAGCUCAAUGACAAGUCUUUGCAAAGCAGGUGCUCUGUGCAAUUUCCUGCCUCUUGAGUUUAGCUGAAGUUAAGCAACCUGGAAGUAACAGGACCGUUUGUCUGUAUGCCUCCUGGAGGGGGAACGGGGUUAAAAGUGCCAAUUUCUAUUGAAACCUUCACUUUUUGUAAAAAAACAAACUUUACUCCUAAAGCGUGUGUCAGCAUGCUGAAGUGACCAUUUAAUAAACCAGAAAUGAUGGGGUGUCACAGGAAAAUGCAAAAUAUUGACCAAAAUAGCCAAAUUAAGACAAUUGUUCAACUUUAUUUAUUUUUAUAUCAAGUUUGGUUAUUUUAUUUUGGAAUCAAAUUGCAAUUGCCUUGUCAAUUCUCAACAAUUUAGCUUAAAGGACCACUAUAGUGCCAGGAAAACAUACUCGUUUUCCUGGCACUAUAGUGCCCUGAGGGUGCCCCCACCCUCAGGGUCCCCCUCCCGCCCGGCUCUGGAAGGGAAGGGGUAAAACGCACCUUUUCAGCUGGGGAGAGCUCUCCUCCUUCUCUCCGCCCGCCGCUGAAUGGCCACGCUGCGUAGCUGCGCCAAGCCCAGCCUCAUAGGAAAGCAUUUACAAUGCUUUCCUAUGGACGCUAGCGUGCUCUCACUGUGAUUUUCACAGUGAGAAGCACGCAAGCGCCUCUAGUGGCUGUCAAUGAGACAGCCACUAGAGGAUUAGGGGGAAGGCUUAACCCAUUCAUAAUUAUAGCAGUUUCUCUGAAACUGCUAUAAUUAUGAAAAAAUGGGUUAACCCUAGAAGGACCUGGCACCCAGACCACUUAAUUAAGCUGAAGUGGUCUGGGUGCCUAGAGUGGUCCUUUAAUAAGUGCUUCCCAUUGUUUUAAAAAGGAACUGCUCUAAAAAGGAGGCAUGAUCUAAUUUUAUCUUAUCUUUUUGUAUUAUAUUGCUUAAAUGGUUACUCCAGUUUCUUAAUUCACUUUAUUUUUCAUUUAAUCGUGUGUGUGUGUGUGUGUGUGUAUAAUAGUGACUGUACCCUUGUAGUCAGGCUGUAGCUGAAUCCAAAUGGCAGGUGCCAGUCCCAGAGGCAUAAAAAUGCAUACAAAAGGGCGGGGCCUGACAAUCAUGGCAGCUGGUUGUGUCCUUUGUUAGCUCCUGGGGACACGCUGAGCAAAUCUACUCUUCCAGCAGGCUUUCAGGGCAACCCAGAAGCCGAGCUUCAGUGAGGCCUAGAUGGUGCUGAGGAAGGGAGAGGCGGUUGAUCUCCCGGACCGGUGCAGGAGAAGUGCUAAGCAUGUUUCCGGUGCCCUGCUACCCCCCCCUCUGGACCGGUGGGGGUGAUCCCGGCCCCACCCUGACCGCUCCCAAGCACAGCGGAGGAGCCAUGGCGGAAUCGCAAUUGUAUGUGAGCAAAGUGGAAUAUCCUCUAAGAUGACGGACACCACGAGUAACCAGACUCCUUUUGGGGGAGAGGUCGGUGACUGACCGCCUGGAAGCUAUCUUCAAUGCCUUCUAGAGGCGACUGGAGAGCAGACUGACAACCAUUGACCUCUACGAGGCACCCCCUGAACCAUCUUACUGCUCUCCAAGGCGCCCGCCAGCAAACACCACAAGCCCAACAUACCUUAGGCGGAGACAGCCUAAUCGGCAUGCGGCGGCAAAAGCAGCCCACCCGCCAACUCCGAGGCAGCACAAAUCCGGAGUCACCAGGAGGAAAGCAAACAAGGACGAAGAGAUGAGAAGAGGGCAACCGCUGACCGCAGAUCUGCAGAGGUCACCCGCUACGCGACUUAUACUCCCCAAGGGAACAAGAGGCCGGGAGAGGAGGAUGAGAAGCGCGCCAGGCCUGUCUCAGCGAGCACUUCGGAUGCAAUUAGCCUCUCAGACCUGCCAACCUGUGCUACCCUGCAGGACUUUCACUUGCCCCAGGAGGGAAUAGGCUGAACAGGGACUGGUACUACUAAGGGGUAGCUCCUUAUCACGUUCCCUGCAUAAGUCGCUGUGAAGCCAACAGCUCAUUGCUAUUUUGUUCUUCUCCUCUUAUACUCUGCUUCUGUUGUUAUCUUUUAUCUUAUCACUAAUUUACUUGUCAGCUGCAAGCAUACACAGCGAAUUGUAGUCCGACCUAUCUACGUGGCCUCCCGGGUGGUUAGCUUGGGGGCAUAAAGCUCAGCCCAAGACCUACGCCUAUCCUCUGCCCGGAUCCCCACCUCUGAUGCUCGCCUCAAUCAGACUUUCACCCAGCCUCCACUCCUUCAAAAAAUCUUUGAAAACUCACUUCUUCAUUAAAGCCUAUCAAUUAAACUGUCAGCAGGUUUCUCAUCCCCCACCCCAUGACUCCGUUCCUGCACUUGUCAAAAAUGACCUACCAAGCACUCAAUAAACCCUUCUGUAACAAACUAUUUAAUUCCCCUACUUUAACCCUUUGUGUCUCUAUACCCCACUCCCUCUAGCAUGUAAGCUCAUCGAGCAGGGUCCUCAACCCCCCCUGUACGUCAGUGGUCUGAUCUCAAUUAGGCCGCCCAUUGUACAGCGCUACGGAAUUUGUUGGCGCUAUAUAAAUAAUAAAAUAAUAAAGCAACGGGAAGGUGGUUCUACUGCAGCUGUCUCAAUACUAUAUAUAAUGCAAUUCAGCCUUCCAAUACCAGACACCCCACAUUAACUUAAUUCUCACCAUGUCUAAGACUUUGCAUAGCUCAGUAUUUCUCCCUCAAAAAUUAUGCUAGACAUGUAAUGCUUAGCCUGUACUCUACACUAUACUAAAAAUUGUGCAUGUAACUGAUAUGUCUUGUUUAAUCAAUCUUUCUUGCCAGUGCUGUUGUGGCAUUGGGAAAAUGUCUGUUAAUCUCAUGCACACAAAAAAUAAAGAAUUAAUAAAAUGCAUACAAAAUUGGAAGUAGGGCUGCACUCAUGGUCUUCAAGUAGGAAAAAUCUUUAUUGGUUUAUCAUAAGGAUCAUUGUGAUCAACAUUUCAGUCCCCAACUAGGAUUUUCAUUAGGAUUAUAUAUCUCUUUAGGUCUCCCUCCCCAGUUUUUCGCAUGUAUAUCCUUUACAAAAUACUAUAAAAUCUAUUUGAAAUGCAGUGUCAGGCCAAGUUCUCCCCAAUCGGUUUCACUCAUUUGCCGUUAUCACGCCACAUUAUCUUCUGGGUCGUAGUUCAAUCAAAUGCUUCUAAUAGAGAAGCUUUGCCUUCAGUGUAUGUGUGUUGAGCGCCACUAAUACACCAGUUGGCGUUGAGGAGGGGAAGGCGAGAAGGGGUGUAGGCUGAAAAAAGGGUUGACUGCUGGUAAGUGAAGGAAAGUAGAGUAGAAAGGACACAUCAUAUAAUACAGGGAAGCGAAAUUUGGAAGGAGUAGAGUGAGAGAGGGAAUAUCUUUAGAUUGUGCACACACACAGUCCACAGAGCUUCUACUUACAAUGCCCUUACAGUGAUGCCUGCAAGGGAAGAAGCUGAUUACAUAUGUUGCUAAUGAGUAGUACGUGCUGAAGACGGACAUCAUUUUUGCACAGGACUAACAUUAAGCAGUCCAGAGCAGAGUUUUGGCCUGCCUAAAUCACGUGCCAGGGAUGCAAUUAGAACCUGGCACAAAGUGCUGAUUUUUCUAUAUUGGCAGCAUUUCAAGCAGAAGAGCUGCACAUUCAGAUUGUCUGCCCCACAACCUCUUCUAAAAGCAGGAAUGGCCAUAGAGGUUGGAGUAACCAUUUAAAAUGUACCUGAAGAAAUCAUUACUUUGAAGAGGAACUGUAACCUCUCUGGAAGAUAAGUAUUAGAUUGUUUAGUGGCAUAAACCAAGCAAGAGAUAAGUACAAUAUGCACUUACCUUAGCUACAACCCAUGAUGCUUUGGGUGUGCGCAUACAUUUUGACAGAAAUGCUUUAUUCAUGAUGACUCCGUAACAGUGAUAUAUGCACUGCGUAUGGAACUGCAGGAAUUAAACUAAUCUACAUGCUAUGCCUUAAAGGAGAUGCAAAUAAAAAAAUAAUAAAGUCCAUCUCCUCAUCUGUCGGUUAGCUUUUAUUCAGUGACAGAGUCACCACUCUGGCAUAUCUAGAACAGUUGUCCCUGAUCUAGUCCUCAAGACAAACCUAAAGGUCCAUAUUCCUGUAGGUGCACAAUUGAGAAAUGCAUAAGUCCUCUAGCUCUUUAUCACAGCAACUACAGCACACAUGCUCUAUAGUAGAUGGGAUUAUUAAGAUGCUGAUGCACUAAAGCCUGCUUAUUGGCAUCACUGGGGAGGUGCCCCCUGCUUGGGGAAGUUUCCUUGAGUGGUUUCAAUCGCUUGGUAAGGUAAAAUGGAACAAUGUGUGGGUGUUAAGGAGGAUAGUGGUAUUCACAACUGCUAAAGAAAUUUAAAUAUAUAAUGUAUCUUCAUGAUAAACUAUAUAUUCAUUGUUUUAGGAGCUAUCAGUUAAAGUGAACCUGUCCUGAACCGUUUUUACAUUACCUGAAAGGCACAUUUCACCCCUAUAAAGGCUUCAAUAACUUGUUUUUGUAAAGGUGGAACACAGAUUGUAUAGAUCGAAGUAAGGAUCUUUUCCCUUCAGCUGCUCUUUUGACAGCUGAUAGGGCCAUGGAUUAGAUGAUCUAUGGAGAGUCUUUUUGGGUCUUUCAUAUCCCUUGUGUUGUAUUCUCAUACAUACUCUAGAGCAGGCUUACCGAAUAUAUUUGUAUAAUGUUAUCAUAUCCCCUCUGAGGUGCAGUUUUUCCAAACUAAAGAGAUUUAAAUUUUUUAACCUUUCUUCGUAACUAAAAUGCUCAGUACCUUUUAUCAAUUUUGUAGCUUGUCUCUGCACUUUUUAUAGUGCCUGUGAAGAAAAUAGACUGAGUUUUGGCAUUUUCUUCUGUGUUCGUGCUUUUUUACAACAUUUCGUGUGUUUUGGAUUUAUUGGUUCGGCAGUUUAAAACUACCAAACACCGACCACCCUCCUGGCUCAUUAACUUCAAAGAGUACCGUCUAUUAAGCACUCUCUGGGCGGCCGCCGUUCGUAUAGCCGAAUGCCACGUGGAACAGAAAACGGCGGCCAUCUUGUGUGCACGAAAGGAGGCAGCGGGACUUGGUCGUCAAGUGUCUGGAACUAAAAUCGGACACUCGACUUCCCGAACCACCGCUGAAACAUACGAACGCCUGCUUCAUUUAGUUGCCGAACAGCCAGGAGAGCGCAGUUCGGUAGUUUGGUUCAUACGAACAAGGGGAGCAAUCGCUCCUAUGAGCCAGAAGAAUCCAUUUGGGACUUGAUUCGUUUUUAUGCCAUUUUCUGAAUUGACUGACCGCACGCUGAAUUCGUGGAACUGUUUUGGGCAGGAGCCUCAUGUUUGGUCAGUAACUUAUGACUUCCAUACUUUUUGAGAACCCCUGAACCGAUCUGGGUGAAGUUUGAAUAUGUUGGUCCCCCAGAUCGGGGCUAUCAGGGGAUAUAAUUUGUGGGGAUACCUGUUGUAUAAAGGGGUGUUCUAAUUUUUGGGGAAAUUGUGUGCCCUCUGCCUGGAGAUAAUUGGGUUAUUCCUUAACUUAUCUCAAUAUCUCCCAGGCACCUGUAUGCUGAUUGGUUAUUGUCUUUAUUUACUGCGGGAGGUCCUCUUUCAGGAGGAUUCUCAUAAAAGCCAGUGUGGCAUCAAUACAAGUUAUUCCUGUUACACGCUUCAUGAAGUCUAGGCACAUGCCUGGGGAAUAUUCUACUUGCUGGGGAGAAUCGUCUUGGAAGCUGCAUUCAUCUACACUAUUCCUCUACCUCCUAACUGUAGUUAUAAUCAAUUAUGCUCAGCUAUUGGGAAAGGAAUAGAAGAUCGCAGUACCAUAACCAUUGCAGGUUUUAACAGUGCCCUGAUAUCCUUCUUAAGAACGGGCGCUCAAAAUUGCAUAGCAUAUUCAAGGCGUGAGAAAAUAAAAAGUUACCUGCGCUCUCUCCUUAAUCCCUAUGUAUAUUUAGACAAAUGGAGGUCAUUUAGUUGCUUCAUGGCCAUUGGAGGGAAUGCCCGCCUGCCAACGUCAAGGCAGACAGAGAGGGGUAUUUUUUAUAUACACCCUUAUAUACUUAUUAACCCUUAAUAGGGAACACAUGGGAUGGGCGGCAGCAUUCUAACAAGGCUGUGUGAUACAAAGUAAAUACAAAUACAAAAAGAGAAGUCCUGCGCUCACUCCCAUCACUACUGGGCCGGCAGCAAUGACUACAGAACACAUCAGCCCCAAUAUAUAGUAAAAACCAAAGAAAAUAAAGUUACCUGCGCUCUCUCCUUAAUCCCUAUGUAUAUUUAGACAAAUGGAGGCCAUUUAGUUGCUCCAAUGGCCAUUGGAGGGAAUGCCCGCCUGCCAACGUCAAGGCAGACCCCCCCGAAGCGGGUCCUAACACUGACCCUUCAGCCUGCUUCCUUGAGCUUCUGGCAAAGAUAUCUCUAAUGAGACAGAGAGUUGGCAGGCGGGCAUUCCCUCCAAUGGCCAUCUAUCAGAUACUUCUGUUUUAUUUAUUUACUUACUGUUCCACCAGUACCUAGAUAUACAUAUUAUGCUUGUAUGGCUAAGUAGAUAUUUUUAAAGGGAUCAUUUCUAAUUCUGUGUCAAGACAAGAAUGAAAGUUAUUGGACUUUGUUACUGUACCAAGUCACGGACCGCCUCAAGAAUGUUUAACCCUGACAGUGCUUAAUUACCAUGGUUGCAAACCUGAAGAAGUAUACGUUUCCUUAAAAGGUUGCCAUAACUGUUUAUGCUAAAAGCAAAGUGUGCAACCUGAAACCUUAACUGUCAAAUUGGCAUUUCUAAAAGCCUCAAAGGCAUUCCCUGAGGCAAAAGUAUUGAAACAAAAAUAUUUAUUUUAUUUUUCCUGGAAAAUUACACCAUUAAAAAAAAAAAAAUCAGAUGGGUUCGCACAAAAAAAAAUAUAUAUAUAUUUUGCAGCUAAUUACAUUUUGAAUGGCAAAAUUUAGGCAAAAAUAACUCAUCUGAGCGUGACUGUUUGGGAGUGAUAUGAAUUGCUGUUUUUUGCAAUACAGGUACUUACCUACGCUCUUUAUAUUCUACAUUGAUAAAUUAGCUCAAGCUCAAAGAACUCUCAUACAUAAUUUAAGCUCCUGGAAAAGUGUCACCGGAGGCCGACCUGUUUAAACACCAUUUUUAUUUAUGCAUUUCUUUCCAUGACAUACUGACCUGAUAGCAUUGAAGCAUGUAAGAGGUCAUUCUUUCUUAAGACAUAAUUGUACUUGUAGGACGGACAAGAAGAACUUGUAAUUCUCGUCCUAUUAGAUAGAGAUGUGUUUUAUACGUGGCAAAAUAUACUUUGUAUAUUACAAGCAAAGUGUGAAAUGCAGGCAUUGUUCUCUGUAAAAACAGUGUACGGAGCCUGAAUAUUCUUUUAUAGCUUUGGCUAUACACUUGUCGACCUUUCCAUUUCAGAGAAACAACAGUGUUUACACUUUGCGAAGAACACACCUUUAGUGACUGUCAGACUGACCGUCACUAGCAGCAUUGGAUUGGUCCUGGGAUAAUCCAGACAGAUGAUCUCUCAUGGGAGUGAGAGUGGCUGUCUGUCAGAGAUUGCCAGGUGAAAUAUAUUAUUCUUUUUAAAAUAAUAUAAUAUAUAGAGUUAGAAGCUCCCAAACAUGAAUGGGGAGCAGGGACACUGGGGUAGAUAGGGAUCAGGGGCACUAUGUCAGAUGGGGAGCAGGGACACUAGGGUAGAUAAGGAGGAGGGGCACUAUGAUAGACAGGGAGUAGGGGGACUGGGGUAGAUAGGGAGCAGGGGCACCAUGAUAGAUGGGGUAGUAGAGGUAGAUAGGGAGCAGGGGCAAUGUGGUAGAUGGGGGAGCAGGGGAUGGGUAGAUAGGGAGCAGGGGCACUAUGGUAGAUGGGGUUGUAGAGGUAGAUAGGGAGCAGGGGCAAUGUGGUAGAUGGGGGAGCAGGGGCAAUGUGGUAGAUGGGGGAGCAGGGGCACUAUGGUAGAUGGGGUUGUAGGGGCACUGGGGUAGAUGGCGUUGUAAGGGCACUGGGGUAGCUCAGGAUAGUAGGGGCGAAGGGGUAGAUGGGGUAGUAGGGGCACCUGGGGUAGAUAGAUGGGGAGCAUGGACUCCUUCUAGCUUACCCCACACUUACCAGUCACCAUCUGAAGAGAUCCUGGAUCCCAGGAAAAUAAAAUCUGUCACUGCCUCCACUUCUUACCCAUCAGUUUGCCAGGAACUGAGAUUGUUGUUUGCCAUGAUCUUAGUCUUUUUAAUGCUGAGCAACAAGCCAGCUUUUGCACUCUCUUCUUUUACCCUUAUCAAUAAUCCUUUAUUUCCUCCUCACUUUUAGCCAUCAGAGUAGUAUCAUCCGCGUAUCUGAGGUUGUUAUUUCUUCCAGCGAUAUUGAUUCCGGCUUUGGAUUCAUCCAGCUUGCGCUUGAUGUAUCCAGCAUAUAAGUUGAAUAAAUAAGGUGACAAUAUGCAACCUUGUCACAAUCCUUUCCCGAUCUUGAACCAUUCUGUUCUCCCAUGUUCGGUUCUGACUGUGGCUUCUUGGUCCACAUCUGAGAUGAUCUGGUACUCCCAUCUCUUAAAGAACUUGCCACAUUUUGUUGUGAUCCACACUGUCAAAAGCUUUAGAAUAGUCUAUGAAGCAGAAGUAGAUGUUUUUCUGGAACUCUCUGGCCUUCUCUAUUAUCCAUCGUACAUUGGCAAUUUGAUCUCUCGUGCCUGGUCCUCUGUGAAACCCAGCUUGUACAUCUGGUAAUUCCUGGUCCAUAUAUUGUUUGAGUCGAGCUUGUAGGAUCUUGAGCAUUAACUUGCUGGCAUGUGGAGCACUCUUUGGCAUUGCCUUUUUUUGGUAUUGGGAUGUAGACUGACCUUUUCCAGUCUUUUGGCCACUGUUGAGUUUUCCAAAUUUGUUGGCGUAAGGCAAGCAGAAAUUUCACAGUAUCAUCUUGCAGAAUUUUGAAAAGUUCGAUUAGUUGGGAUUUCAUCAACUCCUGCAGCCUUGUUAUCUGCAAAGCAUCCUAGGGCUCAUCUCACUUCGCUCUCCAAGAUUUCUGGUUUCAGCUCAUUGGACCAACUGUUGAGCUCAUCACUGCUGUUAAGACCCUUCCUGUAUAGAUCUUCAGUGUAUUCCUGCCAUCUCUUCUUUAUCUGAUCUUCUUCUGUUAAGUCCCUGCCAUUUUUGUCUUUUAUCACACCCACUUUGGCAUGAAAGGUAACUUUUAGAUCCCCAAUUUUCUUGAAUAGAUCUCUUGACUUUCCCAUUAUGUGGUGAUCUUCUGUCUCAUUACAUUGCUCAUUGUAUAAUGUCUCCUUGUCUCUUCUUGCUAUCCUUUGGAACUCUGUAUUCAGUUGGACACAUUUUUUCCGAUCUUCACUACCUUUUUACUUUCCUUCUUUCCUGGGUUAUUUUUAAAACCUCAUCAGAUAGCCAGUUUGCCUUCUUAUAUUUCUUUCUUUUGGGGAUAUUUUUUUCUUGCGGUUUCCUGGAUAAUAUUGCAAACUUUCAUAUGAUUUUUACACUGAGCCAUACACAAACACACUGCACAUCAACAUGCACCAGCCUGACGCUCCACCUGCCAGAGAUACACCCCCUGUUGGACACCAAUGCUCCCCAAGACAGCCCUGCCAUUUGUCCGCUGCAGGGAUAAAAUAAUUUAAAAAAAACAAACAACAAAUCUCCCUGACUUAAAUUCUCUGCUUUUAUGUUUCAGUUAAAUCAUACAGUGAGCUAUAAUGAUUAUGGUGCUUGAUGCUUGGAGCGUUCCUUUAAAGGGUCAUGUAUCACUUUUAGACAGCUGUCUCAUUCAAAAGCUUUAGGAAGGUGGGGAGUUUGAAGAAACUCCCCUAUGUAAGAGGAGUGCCCUUUGACCAAGUGUAUUGUAAGUUUAUAAAUGUUUUCUACAUACUUUUCAAAGGCUUUUCUUUAAAAUUUUAAUUUUCUUUAUUUUUUUAUUAUAAAGCUCUGCCUCUGUCAAAAUGUAGAAAAAGUACAUAACACAAAGUAGUCCCUACUUUGAAUUUAUUUUCUGACUGGGUUGGAAUUUCAGUGAAAAGAUUAUUUUUGUAGUGCGGUUGGUGAUAGAUCCCCUCUAAGAUGUGGCAACCGGAUCUUCCUAUAAUAUUUUUAUUGGAAACUUUUAUUUUGUUGGAUAGAAAAGGUCAACAUUGGAAAUUAAAUUUAUAUUUGCAAAAAAAAAACUAGAAUUAGUGCUAAAUUAUUGUCAAAGAAAAUAAAAAAUGGAGACUUAGGAAUUCCAUCCUUGAUAAGAUUGGUCCAGGCUACUCUUGUAACCCAUGCUAUAUGUACUUUACAGGAUUCAUCCCAAGAGGACAGUUGGUAUACACUUGAAGCUAGGAGACAUUUAAACUUUUUUGGAGAAACUUCUGCUCUAAACCAUAUAUUGAAAAAUUGGUUCGACAUAAAACAAAAACUAGAUAUAGAAGAAAAUAAUUUCCCUUCUCUUAGAAUUUAAUUAUUAAACGAUUUAUUACCUGAUACUAACUUAAUCUCAUAGUCUGAAAAAGAUAUCAAAACCGUUGAAGAUAUAACUACAUCAAGAAAAAUUAAAACAGACGGCAUCUAGUCCCUAAAAGGAUCAACAGAAUUUUUUUCUAACCACUCCUCAGAAUUUUGGAGGUAUGGGACAAAGGAUGCAGACUACAUACAUACAUUUAUUAUUAUUAUUAUUUUAUUUAUAUAGCGCCAUCAGAUUCCGUAGGGUUGUACAAUGGGUUGAUUAACAGACAUGUAAUUGUAACCAGACAACUGGACGUACAGGAACAGAGAAGUGGAGGGCCCUGCUCAGUGAGCUUACAUUCUAGAGGGAGUGGGGUAUAGUGACACAAAGGGUAAAAGUAGGGGUACGAAGUAGAUUGUUAGAAAAGUAUUCACUGAGGGCAUAGUAGGUAAUUUUUGACAGUUGCAGGAGAGGAGUCAUGGAGGGUGGGGGAUAAAAACCUGCUAACCGUUUAAUUGAUAUGCUUUCUUGAAGUGAGUUAUCAGUGAUUUUUUUUUUUUUUGAAUGAGUGGAGACUGGGAGAAAUUCUUAUGGAGAAGGGAAGGGAGUUCCACAGAAGCGGUGCAGCCCUGGAAAAAUCUAGGAGGCGAGCGUUAGAGGUGGGAGUGUUUGUAGGUGGAGUGUUUGUAGGUUAGAGGUGGGAGUAAACGGACUUAGGAUAUACGUAGGUCUUUGGCAGAGCGUAGGGGCCUCGAUUGGACAUACUUGUGUAUUAGGGAGGAUAGGUAGGUUGGAGCAGCAUUAUGUAGGGACUUGUAAGCAAGCACCAGAAUUUUAAAUUGAGCCCUAUAUCUAACUGGAAACCACUGAGAAGAGUAGAGAGGCAGUCAGAGACACAAGUCAAGAUAGGUGGAGAGAGAUCCGUAGAGGACAGGUAGAUUUGCGUGUCAUCCGCAUAGAAAUGAUAAUGGAAGCCAAAGGAGCUGAUGAGUUUACCAAGGGAGGCAGUGUAGAUAGAUAACAGUAGGGGACCAAUGACAGAACCUUGGGGGGCGCCGACAGAGAGUGGUUGGGGGAAGAGGCAGAGUGAGAGAAAGAAACACUGAAAGAGUGCUGGGAGAGGGAGGAGCACCAGGAGAGAGCAGUAUCCUGUAGACCAAAAUUACGGAGAAUGCAAAGAAGUUGUUGAUGAUCAACAGUGUCAAAGGCAGCAGAAAGAUCAAGGAGAGUUAGUAUAGAGUAAUGGCUGCGAGAUUUAUCUACAAUUAAAUCGUUGGAUACUUUGGUCACAGCCGUUUCGACAGAAUGACCAGCACGGAAUCCAGACAUUAGGGGGUCAAGCAGAGAGUUGGUUUAGAGAAAGUCAGUCAGUCUGGUGUACACAACUCUCUCAAGGAUCUUAGAGGCAAAUGUCAAUAGCGAGAUAGGGCGGUAAUUGGAUGGGGAGUUGGGGUCAAGGCUGGGCUUUUUCAGAAUUGGGGUUACAGUUGCAUGUUUGAAGGGUGAGGGAAAUGUGUCAGAGGAAAGGGAAAUAUUUAAAAUUUUAGUGAGGGGAAGAGCAAGAGAGGGAGACAUAGUGUGGAUGAGAUAUGUAGGAAUAGGAUCGAGGGAACAGGUGGUGGGAGGACCGGAGCAGAGCAGAAACCUCUUUUGCUGUAGCCGGUGCAAAAGAGUGUAGAAUGGUGGAGGGAGUAGAGUUGGGUGAUGUAAUGGUAGAGGAAGGAGAGAAAUUAGAGAUCUCUUCUCUGAUUGUAAAGAUCUUCUCAGUGAAGUGAGAUGCAAAGUUUGUGGCGGACAAGGUGGUAGAAGGAGGAGGAUUAAAAGGGUGAAGAAGAGCAUCAAGUGUUUGGGUUGAUGGGACAGUGUACUUAUGAGGGUAUUAAAGUAAUUUACUUUUGCUGCGGAAAAUGCCAGUCUGUAGAAGCGCAGCAUAUAUUUAUAGUGGAGGAAGUCAGAUGCAAAGUGAGGCUUUCUCCAGCAGCGUUCAGCAGUUCUAGAACAUUUUUGGAGGUAACCGGUCAGCUUAGUUGUAAUUGGGGGCGCUUGCUGCGUUUAAUUGUAGGAGGUGCCAUGAUGUCGAGUUGAGAGGAGAGAGUUGAGUUGUAGAGUGAGUUAGCCGAGUUAGGGCAAGUUAGAUUUGAGAUGGGUAAAAGGAGAGUAUUGAGUUUGGUGGAGAAAUGCUGGAGAUCAAGGCAGUUGAGGUUUCUGCGAGAUUGGAGAGUUUAGGGUGGUGAAAUUUGGGUACAGGGUAUGCUGAUGUCAAAUUUUAGUAGAUGGUGGUCAGACAAAGGAAAUGGAACAGUGGAGAGUUUGGUGAAGAUGAGGUCAAGACUGUUUCCUGCUGUAUGAGUUGCUGAAGUAGACAGCUGCGUGAGGCCAAAGGAGGAGGUUACAGAGAGCAGACGGGAGGCAUCAGGGCAGUUGAGGUUGUUGAUUGGGAUGUUAAAGUCCCCAAGUAGGAGGGAGGGAGGGAAGGCUAGAGGAGAGAAAGUGGGGUAGCCAGGAAGAAAAGUGUUCAAUGAAUAGCCUAGGAUGGCUGGGGGGUGGGGGAGGGGGCGAUAGAUGAUGGCAAUUCUUAAAGGAGUAGGCUUAAAAAGGCGGACAGUGUGAACUUCAAAGGAAGUAAAGGAAAGGGCAGGGGCAGGGAGGAUAGGUUGAAAGGUACAUUGAGGGGAGAGAAGGAUGCCUACACCGCCUCCUUUACAGUCGAGUGUGGGAGAAUUGUAGUCCACCGAAACAUAAAGAUGCAGGCAUAGCGGUAUCAGAGGGGGACAGCCAGGUCUCAGUGAGUGCCAAUAUUGUGAUUGAGUUAGAGAUGACAAGGUCGUGUAUAGCUGUUGAUUUAAUAUUACUACAGAAUGAACGGGCGUUCUAGAGUGCACAUUGAAUGUUGGUAAAGGAGGAUAAACUGCAGGGCAUGUGGAUGAGGUUUGUGUGGUUUCUGGUUGUCUUAGUGUGAGCAGACGAGGUGAAGGGCCCCAGGUUGGAUGAGACAUCACCAGCUGCUAAAAGUAGGAGGAGAGAUAGUGACAGAAGGUGUGAAUGGGUUUUAUAUGAGCAGGGUCUAGGAUGAGAUUGAGUUAGAGCAGGAGAGAGAGAAUAGAGAAAUUAGUGCAGGGCUUGAGAUGAGGGGGGGGGGGAGUGAAGCAGAGAGGGAUUAAUGUUAAUAUAAUUGUGUUGAGUGAAGUGGGUGUAAGGAAAUAUUUUGAUGCUGAGGGAGAUGAGAGGAAAGGAGAAAAUAUAGCAUUGCUCCUAUGAGUAGGCACUUUGAGGAAAACGGUUAUGGUCGAAAUGCCCGAUCAUUAAAGAACUAUGACAAGAUGUCGGUAGAAAGAUAAACAAGAUAUUAAACACUAAGAUAGUGCUUAGAUCUGGUUUGAUGCUUUUACAUAUUAAUAUACCCAGUCUGAAAAAAAAAAGAAUUGAUUCUGUUACUACAUAUGCUGAUUGCUGCUAAAUUAUUCAUAGCUAGAAAUUGGGAAAAGUCCAUCAAAACCUGACUGGUGUUAAAUUAAACACCAAAUAUGUUACCAAUUGAACAUGGAAAAAUAUCCCACCUCUAAAAAUAAAAUAUAUAGAUAUAUAAUCAAUUAAAAAAUCAAUAUGCUAUAAGGAAAUCUAUAAAAUCAAGGGAAGUCUAGGAAAAAUUAUAAUAACGCUCUCCUCUCCUCCUCUACCCCCCUGAUCGAGAGCAUAAUAUUUGUUUUGUAAUUAUGUCUAUUCAUGUCUUGUGAUAGGUUUUAUAAUUUGAUUUUGUCAGGAUUACAAGUUGAGCCAGCACGCAGAACUGUGUCACACCUAGGACUAAGGAUAACGUAUAACCGGACCGUAGAAUGACCGGACUUAACGUAUCCAAGAAUACUCAAAAUACUUGCCGAGGUCAGGAACACAGAAUCAGACAUGAUUAGGGAAAGCCAAAAGUCAAGGAUACCAGAAUUCAGGGAAGUCAAAACAAUGAGGUCAGGGCAAUGAGCAAAAUACCCCUCCUGUGGAUCCGAUUGGCCGUAACCGGCCGUUGACUCUAAAAGCAAUUACCACGUUUCCAUGUGCAUGAUUGCUGCUCAGCACAAACCCUCCUGUGGAUCUGAUUGGCCAUAACCGGCCUUUGACCCAAAAAGAAAUUACCAGGUUUCCAUGUGCAUGAUUGCCGCUCAUCACAACUUUUCCUGUCAGGACGGUAAUGCUGCUCGGCACAACUUUUCCUGUCAGGACGGUAAUGCUGUUUGGCACAACUUUUCCUGUCAGGACGAUAAAUGCCAUUAACCACAUUUUUAUAUGCGGAUGAAUACGUGACAGAUUUCUGCCUUAUGUUAUUCCUUCUCGUACUAUCUAAAUUGCUCAUUUCAGAUGUAUCGUAUAUUCAGACUCUUGAUUAGGGAUUGACAAAUUAUCGGUUUUACCGAUAUUAUCGGCCGAUAUUUGGUAUUUUCAGCAAUAUCGGUAUCGGCCAAUAGAGAUACCGAUAUUGCCAAUAAUACAUAAUAGGACCCCGGCGGUCCUGGGGUGCCCGCAGAAAGCUGUUACCUCCAAGCAGCUCCCUUCAGCUCCCGUGUAAAUCUUGCGAGUCCCGUGGCCGCAAAGCGUUACCACAGGUUACCAUGGCAACGCUCCACGCAGACCACAAGAUUUACACGGAAGCUGCUGGGAGGUAAGUAACAGCUUCCUGCGGGCCCCCCUGCUGCUCAAUACAUGCCACUGGACCACCAAGGAAUGCCAUAGCUCCCCUCCCUGGCCAAGUAACAAGCAGGGACAAAAAAAUUAAAUAAAACAUAAAUAUUAAAAAUAAAAUAAAAAUAAAAAAAUGCCACCUCCCCCCCAUUUUACACAAAUCACAUCCCUUCAGAAACACACACUACACACACACACUGCAUUAUAUAUACACACACACUCUGCGUUAUAUAUACACACACACUCACACACACUCUGCAUUAUCUACACACACACACACACACACACUGCAUUCAUUAUAUAUAUACACACACACACACACACUCUGCAUUCAUUAUAUACACACUACACACACACGCACACUCUGCAUUCAUUAUAUACACACUACACACACACGCACACUCUGCAUUCAUUAUAUACACACACUACACAAACACACUGCAUUCACUAUACACACACACUCUGCAUUCAUUAUAUACACACACUACACAAACACACUGCAUUCACUAUACACACACUGCAUUCACUUUUCACACACUACAUUCACUAUACACACACUACACAAAUACACACUCUGCAUUCACUAUAUAUACACACUACACAAGCAAACCCUGCAUUCAUUAUAUACACACUACACAAAUACACAGUGCAUCCACUACACAAACACACAGCUCCCCUGUCUAAACACACUCCAUCCACUACAUGUGGCAUGUGUAGUUUGUGCAUUUAGAAAUAGUUGUAUUUUUUCAAAAUGGUAAAUAUUGGCAAGUUAUCGGCUAUCGGCCUGAAAGUUCACAGAUUAUCGGUAUCGGCUCUAAAAAAAUCACUAUCGGUCGAUCCCUAAGAACUAUGCAACUAAUCUUAUACCUAUGGCAGAACAUUUUGUAAAUGUAAUUUCUUUGUCUUUUAUAUUUAAUUCACAAAGAGAAUAAAAAAAAUAAAAAAUUUUAUAUUGGGUAAAAGCAGAAGUUGUACAGAAGCUAAGAAUAAAACCAUUGUUGAUAGUUGGAAAUAAUGAUAGCUUUAGUUUCAACUUGGAGAAGUGGUUAUUUUUUUUAAAUGACUGGUUUCCUACCUAAAAUACAAUAUUAACUUUUACUUAUUUAAAAAAAAAAAAAAAAUUAGAGGGAGGUUAUUUAGCUUGCAUUUUUUUUUCAAAGUGGAAAAUCCCAUUUUAUCGUUCUGUACUCACUGUAAAGCAACUAAUACCUGUAUGAUUAUUUCUUCCUUGCUGGCUAUGACUUUGUGCGUCUUCUGAAAUACACAAUUAUAACUCGGGUACGUAAUAUGUGGAUUACUGCUAUAACCUCCCUUUUUGUACCUAAUUAUCAUAUAUAAUGUGUUUUUCAUUUUCAUAUAGUGUAAUAAUAAACUAUACGCUCCUAGCCAAAUUGUGUGGUAGAAAAAGGCUUGAUAAAAUAUGCAGUUAUAAUCUCUAAAAAUGUUACACUAAUUUUUAUUUUGAAAAAAUGUAUAAUUUUGCUAGAUCAAUAAUCAUUGUACUUCUUACUGUAUUUUUGUAAUUUUUUUUUUUUUUUGCUUGCUCCUAAAAGUUAUCUUUUUUUUCUAAAUUAGAAAUGUAGUGUGGCUUCUUAUUAAUGUUAAAGGGACAGUCCAGGCACCAACAUAAGACCUAUGUAUUUAAUGAAAUUAUAUUUAUUGUUUUUGUUCAAUAACACAGUAAUAGUAUUUGUCAGCCCAUCACUAUGAACCUUUCUUCCAACAUGUUGAUGUUGAGUUAUUUUUUUUAUUUUUUUUGCUGCUGCUAUAGUUGCUGUUAAGAACUGUUCGUGUCAUUGUGAUGGCUCAUCUUUUCCCCCAGCCGUCACCAGUGUUUUUAGGGAGAACUAACACUUUCUGUGGAGCUUCCUCCAUAGACUUGCAUGCGUGAAUAGUGCUGAUAUCGACUCCUGGUAGCUAAAGAGGGUGCAGAGUAUUACAUGGCGGCCCCCACAAGGUUGAAAGUAGAAAACCUCCCUUUAUGGUCUAUAGUGUGCCUUAAUGUGACACUGUGUUUCACUAGUUUGUCAGGGUGUUUUUUUUUCUUCACAUUCUACAUACACAUGGCAUUUGUACCAGGAAGUUUGAAAAUCUUCUGUGUGUCAUGAUGAUUAAACCUUUUAAGUAAACCACUACACGAAUGUAUGCCAUUGCUACUAUCUUGUGAGGUUAUGGUAUCCUAUAAGAGACCUGACUAGUUUAGUUUUUACAGUUAGAAUUUUAAUAGAUGUAUUUGAUAAGCCUGUCUCAUUUUGAGGUUUUGUAGCAGUUUGACCAUUUUUGUACGAAUUUCAUUUAAAGUUUUUUUAAAACAUUUUUUGGGGUAUCAUUUUAUUUCCGUGUUUUUCUUUUUUUUUUCAAAUGGACCUUUCAGCUUAGCAGUUUAAUUUGUAAACUUGGUGUGUGUGCAACUGAAAUAAAAAUCACUAAAUUGUGCUCAGCUAUGUCCCCUGAGUACAGAAGAACCCUCUUUGCAUACUCAUGUUAACUACUACUUGCAUGCAGCUCAUCUUUGUCUGGGGCCACUAAGUCUAGUCCCAGCUGACAGAUGGAAGGCCCUGGAAUUGAGUUAUACUUGGGGUACCCUUGUUACUGGCAGGGAAACAGUUUCUUUUGGCAAAAAUACUAUAUGACGGAAUUAUUCAGUCAUGGGACUUUAAGGAAGGGAGAUCCAUAAUGGAAUAAUUCCAUCAUAUGUCCUUAAUGGGCUAAUCUAAGAACAGCAUAAUUCUAAUACAUACAGGUCCAAGUCUGCCAAAAACUGUAGUUCUACUCCCAGACAAUACUUUUUUGUUGGAGUUUCCAGAUAUGGGGCAGCAUCCAUGUCCCAGGUAAAUUGUCAAAGAGUUUGUAAGCUGUACUGGGAAUGUUCCUUUAAGGAGCAGCUGCAAAAAAGUUAAUGCUUGAGUGUGUAUAUGCAGACUGCGACAUGAGUCAUUGUAUUGUUCUUAGAUGAAAGGAAUUAAGUCCUCCCCCUCCCAAAAUAAAAUAAAAUAUCAUUGGGAAUUGUUAUAGAUAGCAAAUUAGGCAGCAAUAUGCAAUGUCAAUCUGCAGUUGCUAAGGCCAGUAAGGUUUUGUCAUGUAUAAAUAGGGGCAUAAAUUCUCGAGAUGAAAAUAUAAUUUUGCCUCUCUAUAAAUCGCUGGUAAGACCAUACCUUGAAUAUGCUGUGCAAUUUUGGGCGCCUGUUCUAAAGAAAGAUAUCAUGGCACUAGAAAAAGUCCCGAGACGAGCUACAAAAUUGAUAAAAGGAAUGGAGCAUUUUAGUUAUGAAGAAAGGUUAAAAAAUUUAAUCUGUUUAGUUUGGAAAACUGGCGCCUGAGAGGGGAUAUGAUAACUUUGUACAAAUAUAUUCGGGGCCAGUACAAAUCUUUAUCUGGAAAUCUAUUCAUAAAUAGGUCUAUACAUAGGAGACUAGGUCACACAUUUAGACUGGAAGAAAGGAGAUUUCAUCUAAGGCAAAGAAAAGGUUUUUUACAGUAAGAGCAAUAAGGAUAUGGAAUUCUCUGCCUGAAGAGGUGGUUUUGUCAGUCACUACAGAUGUUUAAACUGCAAUUGGAUAAAUACUUACAAAAACAUAACAUGCAGGGAUAUAAUUUCUAAUUAAUUGGGUAAUAGCUGCUUGAUCCAAGGAGACAUCUGACUGCUAUUUUGGGGUCAAGAAGGAUUUUUUUCCCUAGUUUGUGGCAAAAUUGGAAGCGCUUCAGGCUAGGUUUUUUGCCUUUUUUUGGAUCAACAGCAACAACAUAUGUGAGGAAGGCUGAACUUGAUGGACGCAAGUCUCUCUUUCAGCUAUGUAACUAUGUAUGUAACUAUCUCCAUAAGGAGUUAGAGUGUUACUACACAGUGCCUGGAAGAUAAAAGCAGCUCAACACUAAAAGUGGAAUACCCUUUACACACAAUAAAAUAUACAUAUACAGAAAAAGAGGUAUAAAUAUUAUACCAAACAAGUGGAGCGCUAUAAGUAAUAGAGGGAUACACUCACCCCUUUAAUACAAUGACAAUCCUGAAUAUUUAUGCUUGGAUUGUCAUUGUAUUAAAGGGGUCAGUGUAUCCCUCUAUUACUUAUAGCGCUCCACUUGUUUGGUAUAAUAUUUAUACCUCUUUUUCAGUAUACAUAUUUAUUUAUGUACAGUCCUUUCUGAUAAUAAAUUGUUAAUUUAAAUUUAUUUAUUUAAUUUUUAAAAAAUUUUUUUUUUACAUUUGCUGUGCAGAUCAGCUGCUUAACUUGUGAUGUCCUUAAAGACUAUGGAGUUUAUUUAUUUUACUUAUUGAUUGUACGUUCUGAAGUCCCAGACUAAAAAGUCCUUUCAUUACCAUUCGAGGCACCAGAAAUACCACAAAUGUUUCUGGUUAGCAACACCAUUUUAACGCCUUAAGGACCAAAGUUCUGGAAUAAAAGGGAAUCAUGACAUGUCACACAUGUCAUGUGUCCUUAAGGGGUUAAAGGGAAACCUCCCAUGGAGCAAAGAUGGAGCUCUGACGUUUGUCCAAUCUCAGCAGAUUCAGGCUCUGUCUCGACUAGAGCACAUGCACAAAAGUGCAACAUUUAUGUGGCUUCUGGCAACUGAAGAGCAGCAUGGCUGUGAGGGACUGCGUGCUGUAAGUAAAACUUUGUUCCCCUGCACUCCACCGCCACUGGACCCUCAUCAGAGCUUCCUGACAACCACUAGAGGUGUUUCUUCUUCCAGAACCAAAACUCCAUCAUGGAGUCAAGUACAGCUGAUUACAGCAGUUGAUUGGAGGAUCGCUGUGUUAUUGCCAUACAUGCUUAUUUCCCAUCCAUUGCUUCUCUAGAAUUUAUUUUUGCACCUUCAUCAUUUGUUGAAGGGAACAUAUAGUCCUAAAAUAACUGUUAUUUUUGUGACAAUAGGUUCUCUUUAAAUAUAGGGGAUUUCUAAACGCAGUAUUAAAAUGCUGAGUGAAGAUUCAAUUUAAAAGCAAUUUUUGUCUUAAUAUAUGUGAAUUGUGAUUGGAGGUAUUGCUUUACUUUCAUGUUAGGUUGGGGAAAAAAGUAUUAUGCUCUUGAAUCCUAUAUUUGUGGAAUCAUCUGUUAUGACGAAAAUUAGAAUGUGAUUUCCCAAGUAUGAUUUUUCUUUUAAAAUAAACACGGGAUGCAAAAUUAAUAAAAGGAAUGGAACAUUAUAGUGAUGAAGAAAGAUUAACAAAUGUUAAUUUUUUUAGCUUAGAAAAAUGGCGCCUCAGAGGGGAUAUGAAAACAUUAUACAAAUAUAUUCAGGGCCAAUACAAAGCAUUGUCUGGAAUCCUUUUCAUACAUGGGACACAAGAUCACACACGUUUAGACAGGAAAAAAGGAGAUUUAGUCUAAAGAAAAGUAAAAACAGUGAGAGCAAUAAGGAUAUAGAUAUCUCUCUGAAGAAAUGAUUUUAUCAGAGUCUGUACAGUUUUUUUUUUUUUUUUUUUAAAACCAACUGGAUGCUUACUUGCAAGGACAUCAUUUUAGGGAUAUCCUUUUUAAUUUGUGGGCUUAUAGCUUCUUGAUCGACGGAUAAAUCUGUUUGCCAUUCUGGGGUCAAGAAGGAUUUUUUUCCCCUAAUUUGUUGCAACACUGGAAGUACUUCAACCUGGGCUUUGUACUUUCUUUUGGAUUUACAGCAAAAAAAGAUGUGAGAAUGGCUCAACUUUAUGGACAUAUUUCUCUUCAGCCUAUGUAAACUGUAAAACUAGUGAUUAUGUCUGUUACUAGCGAACUGAUGACCGAUAUCCUUUUUUCACAAAAUGGAGAUUGGGCAGCUGGGAACAGAGUUUGACGUGCUGCGGGUGCAACUAGCUCCAGUCGCAAAAUUGUAAACAUCUCUGGAUGUGCAGUGUUUCAAGCAGAACACUACACAUACACACUCCUACCACCAUAACAAUUUAUACAAACAGAAGUGGUCAUGGUGGUUAGAGUAGCCCUUUAAGGUAGUUAAGCUGUUCAAUUCAGGUGCAAUAAGCAGUAAUACGUACUUUUCUGAAGUCUUACUUGACGUAGACAGCUAGUGAUAGUGUAAGAGCGUCAGUUAAUGCUCUCAUCCAAUCACUGUUGCUCAUGGAAAUGUUUCCACAUUUGCAAGUAGUCAGAAAAAAAUAGGUCUGACUGCUUCUGCACAUUGGAGUGGUCUGGGUUCCAACUCCCAUCACCUUUAAUCCUGCAAGUGUAAUUAUUGCAGUUUUUAUAAACUGCAAGAAUUACCUUGCACGGUUAAGUCUUCCUCUGGUGGCUGUCUAUCAGAAACUGUAACUUCGUUUGAAGCCUGCUGGUUCUCUGCCAAACAGGUGUUUAAUAGCACACAAACAUAAGAUGUCGAGAGUGGCUUCAAAUAUGAAAAGACAUGACUGAAACUACUUGGAGCAUUAAUGGAAACUUCGAACAGUCUCACUUGGCUUGCGCAGUUGCUUAUAUCAUGUUAAACCAUGGAUGAAGGAGAGGCAGCCACUGGGGGCAGACUUAGAGCUGCAGUGUAAACAUUGCAGCACUAGGUGCAAAAGGGACACUGCAGCCAGACUACUUCAAAGAGCUGAAGUGGUCUGGAUGCCUACAGUGUCCCUUUUAAUCAUGCAGUUGGAAGGUCCGCCUGUAGCUGCACAGAUUGUUGUAGCUAUGAUGAAUACGAUGAAGAUGAAACAGGACUUCUUCCUCCAUAACCUCUACAGGGAGCAUUACUAGGUAUGGCACUUGAACUGUCCCUGCACAGAAUUGUGCAAUAAUGAUGUCCCGAAUGGUUCGUCGCGGACGGCGAACAUAUGCGGUAAACUUUGACCCUGUACCUCACAGUCAGCAGACACAUUCCAGCCAAUCAGCAGCAGACCCUCCCUCCCAGAUCCUCCCACCUCCUGGACAGCAUCCAUUUUACAUUCAUUGUGAAGCUGCAUUCUUAGUGAGCUGUCCAGGAGGUGGGAGGGUCUGGGAGGUAGGGUCUGCUGCUGAUUGGCUGGAAUGUGUCUGCUGACUGUGUGGUACAGGGUCAAAGUUUACCGCAUAUGUUCGCCGUCCGUGGCAAACCGUUCGGGACAUCACUAUUGUGCAAAUUUUAGAUAGAGCUGCACAAAUACUGUUAUGAAGAUUAAAUCCUUAGGCAAUUUCUAAGGAAAGCUUUCUUCACUAAGAAAAUGUUUCUUUUUUUACAUUGUAACAUAUGACCUCUUGAAACUGUGAAAAACUGUCAAAUAUAAUGUGUAUGUCCGUCCGUCCAGUUUUACUUGCCCGAUGCCUGUCAGCAAUAGUAUACAGAUCUCCAAAUAGCACUCCAAGGUCUGGUCCAAAAAAUAAAACUUCACUUUUAUUGCUUACAAAUCAAAAGAUCAACAUUUCAGUUUGAUCUAACAAACUUUCAUCAGAAUCCUGAUCAAGAUUUAUUUUUUGGACCAGACCUUGGAGUGCUAUCUAUUUAGAGAUCUGUAUAUAAGAUUCUUAUCCACCUACCUUGCCAAAUAAAAUAUCUUUAUACAUGUGCUAUAUAUAAUCAUUUUGUUAGGGGCAGAUGAAAUAGCUCCUGCCUGGGACUUGUAGCUCCCACUAAUAUUCAGCACCAUUAGGACUGUACUUGCAGAUGUGCACAUUUAAUAUAUGGAUAAUGGGCAGCAACAAAACAAACUUGGUUAUACAGCAGUGGGAUCCAUCUUCUGCACGCAGCUUUCCUAGGAUUAUUGUAGACAAUCUGUUAAGAGUUUGUAGGUGUGUUUACGUAUACUUUGUAAAAUUUGUAUACUUAUAUUAUUAUGUUUUUUUUUUUUUUAGGUUAAGCAUUAGAACAAACAUACAAAACCAUGGGGGAGCUUUUCCGAAGUGAAGAGAUGACCCUUGCACAGCUUUUCCUCCAAUCGGAAGCUGCAUAUUGCUGUGUCAGCGAACUUGGGGAGCUGGGAAAAGUGCAAUUUCGAGAUGUAAGUGCAAUGAUAACACCCAGGACAUACUCAAUGUAUCCAUCCUGGUAAAAUAUUUUAUAAAUAAAUAUAUCUUAUGAAUAAAUGCAAACUGUACAACAUAAAGGAAAAAGUACUUUCACAAAUGCAGCCUAUUGUGUUUCAAUUUUGUAUCGCUAUACCCCACUCCCUGUAGCAUAUAAGCUCAUUGAGAAGAGCCCUCAACCCUUCCUGUGCUUCCAACUUGUCUGAUUACAAAUACGUGUCUGUUAGUCUACCCAUUGUACAGCGCUAUGAACUUUGUUGGUGCUUUAUAAAUAAUAAUUUUUAGAUUUUUGUUGUGCACGAGGUAAUCCAGGCUUGCGAUACCACGACAGUAAAGGCAAGCAAUUCAAAAACAUUUCUAGUAAAACCAUGGCAUGGUAUCAGGAACAUUUGCACAUAUUUUUAGUAUAUGAUAGCAUGGUAACAAUGAGGAUAAAUAUCAGGAUAGAUGUGUUAUGGUAAAACAAGCUUAUAUUGAAAGCCUUAUAUUCUAUGCCUAAUCACUCACUUUAAACUGCAGUGUCAGAUUAAGUAUAGGUGUCUACCUAGGUGUAUACUGCUUGAACAAAUAGGCUGGCUAUAUAACCGGAUCACUAGCGAGACUAACAGGCUAAGCUAGACAGGAAGUUUUGUGUGGUUGCAUUGUGACAUGCUCAUCGUGUGUGGGUCAUGUAUAAUAUGAUCUAGAGUAACAGGUGCCUAAAAUAACAUAUGAGUGGUAACUAGCUACGCCGAAGGUUAUUUUCACUGAGGUCUGGAGUCUUAUUGAUAAUGCAUUCUGCUCCCUAAGCAUUAUAGUCAUGGUUGUGUGAGACAGCAUGUCUAAAAUAAAAUAAUAGCUCAGUAAAAUGGUGUAGAGAGUGCUGGAGGCGUGAUACAGUGUGACUCUUUCAUCUGAUGCCCUCUGUUGGGAAACGACUGGAGCUCGCAGGUGGGCCACGUAGGGACACUGCUGCACAGGUGUCAGUGAAGGUGUCCCUCCAGCCCCAGGCUGGUGUACAGGCCUGCAUCUCAUGGCCACAAACUCAGUGACUUCUGGAGCCCAAGUUUCCAUCCUCGUGUGGGGUUUUUCGGAGGGCCUGGUGGUCUUCCGCCGCCUGCGGCGCGUAGGCCUCUGCAGAUGUGGGCGAUGCUUCUGGGUCUUCACCCUUAUGGCCUUCAGCCCGGGUGGGCUAAGUAGAGUGGGAAUGGGUGGGUGUAUCUCCCUCACGCCGCGCUCACAUGUUGUCGGUAAGUUUUGCCGCUCAGUCCGCGUGGCUCGCUGCUGCUUCCAGUGAGUCUAUCCCAGAAGCGCUUGAAUAUUGCUUCCAGUCCCUGCAUGGUUUCACUGUGGAGACGUUGGUUUGGGAGCAGGCCCUGCUUGCAUGCUGUUCCGUCAGCCGCCUUCUUAAGUGCAUUGUGUGCAGCCCUCCGGAUUCUGAUUCUCAGCGCGUCCGCUCAGCCUGGAAGCUAUGCUCCGCCCCACAUCAAUAAUAAUAAUUUAACAUUGUUUCAGUAAUGAACAAAUGUGGUAGUUAGUAAUUUUGGGACAACUCAAAGGUUUUUAGGUCCGAGCAACAAAUAAAGAUUAAAGGGGAAAAAAAAGUAAAAUAAGGGGCCUAGGGACAUUUGAGGUGACUAGGGGGGCAAUUAGAUAUAGUGUAGUCGGGAGGGGGGGGGGGUUAAAAAAAAUUAAAUCGGGUGCAGCCAUGAAAGUACAGCUUAAAAAAAAAAAAAAAAAAAAACUUUUAUGUUAAAUUAUUGAGUGAAAAGCUAUACAAUAUUCAAUGACCGGCAUUCUACAUCUGUCAAAACCUUAUGUUUGUAUAGGAUUACCCAUUUACUAAUUGUAUCUUGAUGUUGUGUGGCAUAUGUUUUACUUUAUUUCUUGUAAAGAUGGCCUGUAGUUCCCACAGCUAUAUGAAGAAAACUACAUUUAGCUUAAAGGCUUCACUACAGGUCUUUAAAAGAUUCUUAUCCACCAUACUCAAUACAUUAUCAUUAGACAUGUGUUACAUCAUGUCAAGUCUAAAAGAAAUUGGUUUGUCCUUUCACUUCAUUCUUUAGAUCAUGCUGUCACCUAAGCCAAGUGUAUAAAAUUUCACCUGUUGUUUUAGCAACCAUCCAUUUUAACUUCCAAGUCUUCUUAAUUGUAGAACUGCACGAGACUCAGAAUUAAACAGCCACUUACAGUACUGAAUGAUCUGAACUAAAAAAACAACCUGCCUUAUAAGGAGUGGACACCUGGGGAGGCCUAUAGUAAAGCUAUACCUGUAUCUUAAAGGGUUAGGUAAUUUUAAAACAUCUACUGCUUGAAUGUCUAGGUGACUUGAAAAAAACAAAAAACUAUUGAAUUUUUCUAAUGUUAAAGGACCACUAUAGUGCCAGGAAAACAUACUCGUUUUCCUGGCACUAUAGUGCCCUGAGGGUGCCCCCACCCUCAGGGACCCCCUCCUGCCCGGCUCUGGAAAGGGGAAAGGGGUUAAAACGUACCUUUUUCCAGCGCUGGGCGGAGAGCUCUCCUCCUCCGAUCCUCCUCUUCUCCUCCCCAUCGGCUGAAUGCGCACGCGCGGCAAAGCUGCGCGCAUUCAGCCAGUCACAUAGGAAAGCAUUCAUAAUGCUUUCCUAUGGACGCUGGCGUGCUCUCACUGUGAAAAUCACAGUGAGAAGCACGCAAGCGCCUCUAGCGGCUGUCAAUGAGACAGCCGCUAGAGGAAAUAGGGGAAGGCUUAACCCAUUCAUAAACAUUGCAGUUUCUCUGAAACUGCUAUGUUUAUGAAAAAAUAGGUUAACCCUAGCUGGACCUGGCACCCAGAUCACUUCAUUAAGCUGAAGUGGUCUGGGUUCCUAGAGUGGUCCUUUAAAGUGAUCCUAUGGUGAAAGGAAAACAAAACCAUUUUCCUGGUACUAUAGAUUUCUAAGGUGCCUUCCUCCCGCCGUGCUAAAGGGGUUAAAAUCCCUUCAGUCACUUACUCUAAUCCAGUGCCACCGUCCCUCGUUGCUGGGUCAGGCUCCACCCACACUCUUCCUUUGCCAAUGUUAGAUGGCGGGGGAGACCUAAUGCGCAUGCACGGCAGCUGCCGCGCUCGCACUAGGAUUUCCCCAUAGGAAAGCAUUAUUCAAUGCUUUCCUAUGGGACAAAUCUGGUGCUGGAGGUCCUCAAUUCAGGAAGCCCUCUAGUGGCUGUUUGGUAGACAGCCACUAACGGCAGACUUAGAGCUGCAUUGUAAACAUUGCAGUUCUCAGAAAUUGCAAUGUUUAACAUUGCAGCAAUAAGUGUAAUAUGGACAUGGCACCCAGACCACUUGAUUGAGCUGCCGUGGUCUGGGUGCCUACAGUGUCUCUCUAAUUUUAUUCUAAACUUUCAUUAAUCUAUUGUAUCGUGAUUAAUGAAAGCAUUGAUUCAAAAGAAAUGUAAGUACCAUUACCACCUACCAGCUGAUUGUAUUGGUUAUGGUACAGAGAAAUUUUGGGUGCUUUCCUAGUUUUAUCAAACUAUUUACAACAAUAACUGAAGCUGUCCCUUUACCUGUAGUGUGGUCACUGUGCUUCUUCUCGUGUAAUGCAGAAGUUUACUUUCUUUCGAAGAGAGGUAAAAUGAUUUAUGUCAUGUGAAUCAAUAUUUGUUGAGUAAUAAUGUAAUUGUUCUUGUGACUCCUGAUUUCCCCGGUGCUCUUUUGCAAAUUAUAUUGCCUAGAAUUAAACCGAUAUUCUUCUUGUUAAUGGAAUUCUCUAAUGUAACUAUGGAAUGGGUUGUAGACCGUUUAGCAGGAACGGUGAUGGAGUACAGGUACUCCUCACUUACCGACCUUGUUACGUUCUUAUGACCCGGUCGUAUAACGAAUUGGUCGGUAAGUGAGAAGUUGAGGAAUUCCCAGCUCUGGUGUGCUUGUUUAUGUUCAGGGAGCUUUCCCGGCACAUAGAUUAGAGGGAUUACCUGCUUUGGUGCGUUCGUCUAUGUUCGGGGAAAGUUCUCCAAACUUAUAUGAACGCAGCAGAGCAGGGAAUCCCUCUAAUCCCCACGACAGCUCGCACUUACCACCACGCUAGAAAGCUGAUCGUAAGUGUGAGCCGUCAUAAAACAGGUAGGUUGUAAAAUGAGGACCAGCUGUAAUGUGAGGGUGGAAAAAAUAAGGUAAGAGAAAAUGUAAUUUAGUAUUAUGGAAAGUUUUGUUUAAUAAAAUGUUUCUAUAUGUCCUGAAUGCUUUGGAAACUUUUUUAAAUGUCCUGCACAAAAGCCUUAGAGGGUUUCUCCAACCCUUUUUUGUUUUUCACAGAAUAAUGCCCUAUUGGCAUUUUUUUUAAUGUUUAUAAGUCCACCAAAAAAACUUUGAGGGCUUUUCAAUAAGGUUUACUUGCCUCAAUCCGUGAGAAGUCAUGGGAGUCACGCCGAGAUCCAAUUAAAGGUUUCUCGAAGAGAGGAAUUUAGCAGGCUCGGAACGCAUGCUCAGAGCUUGCAAGAGCAAGGUAAAGUGGAGGAGGCUGGACAGGGUGCGGAAAAAAUAGAGCUGAGGGAAUAGGGAUGGGUACAAUCGAUGUGGGAGAGCAAACAAGACAAACAGUUACAUCUGUCGGCAGUGUGCCCUGACGAUAGACUUAAAGUAUGCCCAGAAUUGACAGACUGUCUGGAACUCUGUCACUUGUGCUUGAGUUGAAACUAGCCCCCAGCACACAAGUGCCAAUAUUCAAGCAGAAACACUGCACAUCAAGACUCCAACCACCAUGACCACUUCAAAAAGCGGAUGUGGUCGUGGUGGUUGGAGUAACCCUUUAAGCCUAUUCAUAAAAUCAAAAACAAACCACAAAACGUUUCAGAAAGCUGAUGCUUUACGUUUGAUGAUUAUAUCUAUAUCUGGGUUUAGUAAAUGUAAUAGUCAAAAAUGAAAGUCAAUACGUAAAGGCUUUGCCAUAGAAUAAGCCAUUUGAAGAAAUUACUUUUGUCUUGAUUAUUUAAAGGGUCACUCUAAACAACAUAACUACUACAGCUCACUUUAUGUGUUAUCUUGCCUAAAGUGUCAUGGUGCCAUCCUUUAUUUAAAUAUCGCAUUGUUCAGGAACAUAUUAAUAUAAACUGUGGCUAUUCUGGCACCCAAAGGAGGUCCUCACAUCACAACUGUAUUAACAAUGUCAAUUUGUUGGAGAAAUUGGACAGCAGUCUUUGCCAAUCAAUGCUGCAACUGCAGAGUUGGACAAAGUUGGCAUCGAUAGUGCAGAAGUGUCUCCAUGUGCUUGGAAGAGUACUUGUAUGUGUUGCUACGCCACUCUAGCCAUUAGAAUCUCUACAGCAAGCUUGUAGAAGUUAUGGUGCUUAGAGUUUUUAUUUGAUUACACCACUUAUAUUUAUUUCCUCUGAAGUGUGCAGUUCACUGUAACUUUGUUCGACUAGUCACAUAUUUGCUGUAUCACCUUUUAGCCAACAUGCAAUUGUAAUAUGAGCUGGAUAAUUUUGUUUUGUCAAAUCAGAUAUUAAAUAUGAACCCCUCUUUUUGCCAUUUUCUUUUUAAGAAUAACACUUUAGGUACCAUAAUUACUUUAUCUCACUGAAAUGGUAAGCUCUCUGAGUUCUCUGAUGCCAUUGCUAAAAUUUGCAAUUUAGUGAAUAACCCUGAAAGAGUUAGUUAGCCAUUGAAUGUGAAGAGUGACUUUUAAAGCAGAGCUUGACAAAGUCCUCAAAACUUUAGGAGCCAGAAUCACAGGUUACGAUCCAAGUAAACUAUUAAUUGUUAAAUGGGCACUGAUAUCUAGCUGGGAGAAGGCUCUCUCUGCUGUCUCUUUUGUUUGUCUCACUUUUAUGUUGUUUCUGUAAUGGCUUUACCAGUCAAGCUUCCUAUUGUGCUUUAUUAUUAUUAUUAUUUUAUUAUUUAUAUAGCGCCAACAAAUUCCGUAGCGCUGUACAAUGGGGCUUUCAAACCUUGUACACUUUUAUGUUUGUUUCUUAAACGUUCUCUGAAAAACAUAGUGCUCAUUAAAAUGUGUUAAUGAUUGCACCUUUAUUUUAUUUGGCUCUUGCAGUUAAAUCCAGAUGUCAACGUUUUCCAGCGAAAAUUUGUUAAUGAAGUACGAAGAUGUGAAGAAAUGGACCGUAAAUUGCGUAUGUAUCCUUUGGGAUUUACCAUUAACAGAGAUUGUCAUAUUGUAGAAUUGUUUUGCUUCAUUUGUCAAAGAGACAUAAAACACUCCUGUUAUUAGAAUUUUGUCUAUGUAAUAUUUUAUCUUAUUGCAGGCUUUGUGGAAAAGGAGAUUAAAAAAGCCGGUAUCCCUAUUCUUGACACAGGGGAAAACCCUGAAGUUCCCUUCCCCCGAGACAUGAUUGACCUUGAGGUAAGAUUGGAGGUCGUUGCUUCCUCUCAUUUUGGCCAUUCUUAAAGAGGAACUGUCACUAACUAAAAAGUAAAAGUUAGCUAUAGUCAAUAUUAGAAUUAUUUUAAAAUUCUCUGUAGUAUUUUCGUUUAUGUACUUUGCUAAGCAAAGUCUAGCAAACUGUGCAAAAAACAAUCACAGUGCACAUAGUCUAACGUCCCUCCUGGAGGCACAGUGUUUCUACAAAAGUGACCCAAGCACACACAUGUGCCUAAAGGCAACGUGAGAUGGCAAACUCUCCACAACACAAGUGCAGCGGAAGUAGUUUUUUUUUUUUUCUUGCUUCCGCCGGUCUGUUCACUCCCAGUAACUUCUGAAAAGGUGUUUACUUAGGUGAAGGAACGAGGAAUUUUUAGUUCCACUUUAAAGCGUCCCUGUCGUUACCAAGUGUUUCAUAAAAAUAUAUGAUAAUAAGCCAGGGGUUGACAGAAGGCAGAGCUCCACUGACAACUCUUGUCCAAUCCCAGCAGCCAUCACAAGUGGCUGUGGGAUUUGGGCAUUGUUUUUCUCAACGCAAGACAUGAUCUAUGGAAAUUCCCGAGGUCUCGUGGGUCCUCCAUAGAGCUCAGUGUUGCACUCUUGUUGCUCCUGGCAGGUGAAAUGUCUGCAGAAAAAAGAUGGUGGCAGCCACGAGAGACAACCUACCUUUUACUGCACCCCAUGGCUACCGUACCCUAACCAGAGAUGCCACCUUCAGGGCUUUUUGCAAAAUAUGUCCCGUGAAAGUGGCACAUCCACAUUAAAUGAAUCCUUAUUUAUAAAAUUAGAGAAUAAUUGCCCUUCAGGUGGACAUACUCUUAAUACGGAGAGCAAAAAACGUGUCGCAAGAGUAUUCUGAGAACGGAUAGCAGCUGAAAUAGCCUGCCCACAGAAGGGCAGGCUAUUUUAAGUGCUGUUCGUUUUCAGAAUACUCUUGCGACCCAUUUUUUGCUCUCCAUUAGCUUAAAGGGUAGUCCAGACGUGGACCCCUAGCUCACGGUGCCUAGAGAGAUAUCAGCUAUGCCUCACUGAUGAUGCCUAACAAGGCUGAAACGAUCGUCUGGGGUUGCUGUAUCUCUCGUGCAGAGAGAACUUGCUGGCAUUUUGGAUCUGGACUGCUCAUAUGGGUGGGACCAGUCUGAUAUGCUUCAGAUAUGUUCUCUCUGUAAUGGCACAAGUUGAGCUAAAACCAGCUUGAGUUCUGAGCGGGGACCCACCGAAGGGCAGGCUAUUUUAGCUGCUGUCCGCUCUCAGAAUACUCUUGCGACCCAUUUUUUGCUACUCUUAAUAUGUGCUAGUAAAUAUAUGAAUUGAAAGAUAUCCCUCUCUGAACUCUGCCUCUGCCAGUUGCAUGAUAACUCCUAUAACUAUAAUACAUUUUAAAAAGUUACAGCUUUAUAUCCAUUCAUCCCUACUCUGUGUCUAAUAUAGACCCUUCUAUAGCAUUGAGAGUGUAAGGAAGCUGUGUAUUUGCACUUGCGAGGGUAGUUGCUAGAAGGUAUUAUGAAGGUGUAGUUAUUAGAAGAUAUUAUGUAAGCUAAUCAAAGCUCCCAUUGAAAACCAAUAGUUGACCAAGACUGAUUUAGCCAUUUAUUGGGGAUAACCAGAGGUGCCUGUGUUUCUAUUUAUUUAUUUUUCUUUAUUUUGAGUUUUCUUGUUUCCUCCGUCAUUACUUUAUUCUAAUCUUUUAAACAAAAUGAUCAUAACGUAAUAGGUUUCUCAUCAGGUAGCUGGUGUCUAUUAGAAAUAGAUUGGACUACCUUUUAAUGUCUCUCAUUUUUAUUGGUUUUCACCACAUAGUUUUUCAUUUCCUGAUAUUUUGAAAUGUAUUCUCCUACUUCCUUCUCACUUCAUAAGCCAUUUUUUUUAUAAUUGGUUCUACACAUUUAAUUAACCAUAGAUCUUUAUCACAUGUAAUUUCUCGACUGAUCUCUGUUUAUUUUGAAACUUUGCAAACAGGCAAAUUUUGAGAAGAUUGAGAAUGAAUUGAAAGAAAUAAACACCAAUCAGGAAGCACUGAAGAGGAACUUUCUUGAGCUCACGGAGUUGAAAUACAUUCUGCGCAAAACUCAGCAGUUUUUUGAUGAGGUCAGAGUUUCUAUGCUCCUUGAUUCCAGUACUUUGUUGAAGGAGAAUAAUUCCCAAAAAAUAAUGAUGGGUUAUCAUUUACAUAAUUGUGUUUUCUACUGUUUGCAGUUCUUUUUCAUGUGUAGAUUUGCAAUGAUACAUGCAGUUGCAGAUCUAUAAAUAUAUACCUUUUUUCUUUUUGCGUUUUAGUUUCAUAGCUAGCCUUGAAAUAUAAAAAUUUAUUUUGUUUUUGGAAUUGGGAGUAAACUGUUUGUUCUCCCCUUCAAUCAUUCAAACUUUUUAUAUAAACAAAUGUAGAUGUGAAAAAUGAUGUGAAGAAUGUUCAUACAAAUGUUCAUACAAAAAAGUUCCAAAAUAUUUUUGUUGCUAAAAUGCUGUCCUGUAACGGUUUACAUUUGUGUAGACCUUAGCAGUGCCCCUCAUAGGAACAACCUUGUAAACCAAGCAAUGGGAUUUAUUGAUCCCUUUAAAUACAAUAAACUAUUUACUUUUCCUCCAGGGUAAGUCGUUACUAGCCACUUAAAAGGACACUACAAUAUCCAAAAAAAAUAAAAUAAAUAAAACUAGCUGUUUAGUACAAAUGCCCCAAAUAACACAUGCAUGCAUGCAUUUAUUUAUGCAUUUUUUGCAUUUGGUGUAUAUUUCAAACCAAUCUGCAAGAGCAGCAGGUCUCUUGUCUGAAGCCUUUGCAAGCCCUCCUUUUCUAACCCCGCCCAGACUUAAUGUGCUUGUUCAAUCACAGACUUCCCAAUGCUUCUCAGUGAGAAGUCUUUGCAAGGCAGGUGCACUUGGCAAUUGCCUGGCUCUUGAGCUUAGCUCCACUGAGCUAAACAACCCAGUAAGAAAUAUGUUGUCUUAUUGACAGCCAGGGGUGUAACAAGGCUAAUUUACAAAAGUAACAAUUUCUUUGAAAUAUGCACUUUUUUAGUUUGGGGGGUUGGGCUUUAGGGGUCAAGAGUUUCCCUUUAAAAUUGUAUUGUGUGACUGUAUUAAGUACUAUGAGGUUUUUAAGAUAGGAUUGGGAAGUAGCCUUGUGGUUAUGAAAAAACAUGAUAAUUCCCAAACUUAAUGUUCUCUGCCUUAAUCAGGGUUCAACUACUGGUGAAGCAGAUAGUUGUCCAUUGAGUAUGGAUUUUAACUAAUACAAUUAUUAGAAAAUAACAUAAAAAAGAAGCAUCAUUAAAAUCGUUCAGACUAUAUCUACAUUCUCUCCAUUGUAAGGUUCUAUAAAAUUUAUGGUUUAAACAAUCAACUUUUUGAUUUUUCUUCCUAUGACCUUCCACUUCUGAAGGAUCUAUAUGAUGUGUGCUGGCUUUAUAAGCCAAAAUGAAAUUUAUGAUAACACCAAGAAUUGGCUUAAAUUUAGCAGUGUGUCCUUAGAUUUUACCUCGUUUUUCAAGAAAAAAGUAAACAAAGUAGUCAGGACAGUUGUGCCUUGUUUACUGCACCUACAGGGGUAAUGGUCAUUGAUAAGGCCCCAAGGAGGCCAAAAUGAUUUUCCAGGUUUUAUCUUGCAGAAGAGGCCUAUGUGUAUUUCAGUUCUGGACUGUCCAUUUGGGAUAGAUCCAUCAUAUGCAUGUGUCAUAGAUUCCCCUCUGUAAGACACAAGUGAGCUCAAUCAAGCUUAUUAAAAACCUGGGAAAGGACAAACUGAGUGGUGAGCUACUGAGUUUUUGUUAAUUUUCAUAAAUAUUUUGUCAGGUAUCAUAUCCAGUGUUGUUUUUCAGAUUUUACCUGAGCAAUAUGCAUAAUCUGUUAAAGACCACUUGAACUAGCAUUAUUUUAUCAGGAGACCAUGAGUUGGUAUUCAGGUAGUAGCACUUUGCCUGUUUUACCAGUAUAUUUAUUUAUUUUAUUAGGUCGAGAGCAAUUGUACACAUGAAAAAAUUCUGAUGGUAGAAAACACGUUUUAGCAAUGUAAAUUGUGGGUAUGGUUUAUCCCCACUUUGUAUGUGGUAUUUGGAACUAAAUGUAAUUAUUUGUGUAUAUGUGUGUUUAAAAGACGGCUUGCACUGCAUAUUUAAACUAUAGUGUGUAUUAAAGUGUUAAAACAUACACUCAUGAGGUAGUGCACUACAGGAAAUAGGGAAAUUUUGCUUCAAGUUAUUUAGAAAGAAAAAUAGGAAGAUACGCCUCUGUCAGUGUGUUUGCGUUGCAUGGCACAUUAUUCUCGAUAAUGAGCAAUCCCCACCAAGUGAGCAAUGUUAAAGGUGAUCAGUCCGAGUACCCAUAUUUUAACAACCCCCCUUCUUCCAAACGAAGCAUUGGAAACAUUCAAUAGGCUAUUUUCUUCUCAAACAUGUAGAUUCUUAAUUUGCCUUAAAAAACAAAAACAAAAAAAAACACUAACAAAAGUGUACUAUCCUCUGUAAUGGGCUUAGUUCCUCUGCCUUUUGAUGCAUCAUCACUCAAUUUCUGUUAUUUUCAUUAUGACUCAUUUUCUCUCUUCAUGUUUUCCAAACUUUCUAACUGCCUUGACAUAUCUAUUUUCCAUGCUUUGCUAUUUUCCAUUUUUUAUUUUUCUUUUUUUGUUCCACAUACCUUACCUUAACUGUCCCUAGCUUUUGAACCAGCCAUAACUCAAGAGGCCUUACAUUCAUAGGAUAGUAUUGUCAGUUAAUCUUCUUUUUUUAGUUAGUGUGUUCUAGGAACAGUUUAGAUGGUCCAUUCAUUAUAUUAGGAAAAAUAAUGAAAAAUACAUCAAUCAUUAUUAGUAAAUCUUAAAGUCGAUGAAAAACUGAAACAUGAUUCCACACCUACUCCAUUGGUUGCACCACGUGCUUAGUUUAGAGCCUCAACAUACAGAUAUUCAUUUUUCGUUUUCUAAUUUACAUGCAGAUCUGUGUAUGUGUGUGCAUAUAUGUAUAAAUGUUUCUGAUAUGUUAAAAUGCCUAGUGGUUCUUAAAUAUGAAAAAAAAAAGACUAAUUAUUGUGACGUGAUUUUCUAUUCCUGAGAGUUAACGUUUUUCUUUGGAAUGACGAGGAUAAAGCAGUUUCCAAGCAUACAGUAAUAUUCUUAGAUGGUAUAUAGGGGGAUUUAAAAUAGUGGGUGCAUUGUAACUUCAGAGUAAUUAAGGUAAGUGCAGGGUGAGCCCCACCACCAGUUCUCUGGCUUUACUGAGUUUACUGGGAGGUAGGAGUGUUUAAGCCAAUGCUGUUUAUUCUUUGAAUUGUUUGCUGUACUGAAAAAGGCCCUGUUAUGUUCCAUCAAAACAGGUAACUAUUCUGAUUGGUGCUGAGGCUUUAUUUCAUAAUCCAAUCAGAAUAGCCAGAGUUAUUCAUAUGGAAAGGGUUAAUGGCAUGCAGGCGGUAUCCUGGCUUCUUCCUCCAACACGACUUCUUUACACGACUUCUUUACAGCCCCUUCUGUCUAUGUUUCCUCUAUGUCGUUCUAACCAACAAGCAGGCUGUAUCCUUUAACCAAUUAGACCAGGACUGUUACCGAACACAAAUCCACGUAAUUAAAAAAUCUAAAUAUGUAGACUUGCUCACAGUUACAAGAAAUAAAAUGUACUGUUGCACAUGCCAUCCAUUGCCCAUUAAGAAACUAUUUUCCUAGGUUGGGCUGAUUAGCUCUCAGUGUGAUACUGCAGUGGGUGGACAUGCAUAGCUAGAUCUGGCUGACUGUGUAAUGAACUGGAUGUGUAAAGAGAAACCUCAAAACACCCAAAUUAAAAAAUUUUUAAAGAAUUUUAUCAAGGGAAUAAGCAGAACAGAUUUAAAAAUGAUCAACAGAAAGAGUAAGUAGAUUUUCAAGUGAUGAAAUCUACUGAUCACAAAGCCACUAUAUUCUGAGAAUUAAACAUGGCCUUUGCCUUUUACGUGUUUAGGCAGCUCUUUCUAAAAAAAUAAAAUUAAAUUAAAAAAAAUGCAUUGCUUGAAGAUCUAAUGAUACUAACUUGACAUUGCCAAGUAGAGCAGCACUGUUAUUAAAAUGUUCUUUACCAAGUGCCUCCCCAACUGCUGAUCACCCUUUAUGACUCUUUACCACCUUGAAGCACGUACAGUAUAUGAAGAGGUACUUUUGGUCACCUCUAGUAUAAAUUAAUAAUCAUAGCAUAUUAAUAUAUAUUUUUUCUUCUAUUAAGCAGGCUAUAGAAUGUUUUUAGAUGCAAUUAGCAUUUGUUUGUGUUACGGUUUUCAGUAUAGAGGUGGUAAUUUUUUCAAACCACCCCCCCUCCCCUAUCCCACCCCCAAAAUAAUUUUUUUUUUUUUAGAGCAUAAAUAUCAAAACUAUAUGCCAGCAUUAAGAGGGGGUAUAACUUACUUGUAACUCUUUUUACCUUUGUUGUGUGAUGAAUCAUGGUCUUGUCCCAAAAUUAUACUAAAAAUACCUCCAGGCCUCCCCAUAUAUGUUAUUAAAAAAAACUAAAAAAAACAUACAGAUGGGUGGUUGGGGGGGUUGGGGGGAGGAGGGGUGGCAUGUUUAACACUUAAAGUUCUUUCUAAACUUUGAAAACCAAAGAAAAAAGUUACUUGCGAUUACUGACUGCUUUCUUUAAUGCUCACGUUAGAUGGGAUACAGCCUUCUUAUUAUGGCCAUAGUGAUCUGUGUUUUGUGGCUUUUAUAUGAAAUGCAUGCCCUCAUAUUUCCAUUAAAAUUAUUUAAUUUCCCCAAUUUGUCAUUUAAAUUUUUUAUUUUUUUACCUUUGUUUUGUCAAUUUUGGCGAAGUUGAAGUUUUAUUGUAAACACAUCGUCUGUCCUCCUUCUGUUUAUUCCAUAGCAGUUAUUCUCCACUGUCUCCCAGUCAGUGUUUGUAAAUUAUAGUGCUCUCUUAUUACUACCCUCGUUUUUUUUGUUUUUUUUUUUAGAUGCCCAGGCAUUUAAUAUUAAGGUCUCCAGACACAUUUGAUUUGGCUUUAUUUAAGAUUCAUUUCAUGCAGGCUGCCAUAUUUUAUAGCUUCCUUUGUUCAAGGAUCUCUAAUUUGGGGUAAUUAAAGCGACACUCCACUGCCCAAACACGGUUUAGUAGAUCUACUCUUAAUGGAAGCAUGCAUCCAUUUUUUUCAUUGGGGGUAUAUCUAAUACAGCUUGCAAACGUUGCAGAUCUCUUGUCUGAAGCCUUUGAAAGCCCCCCUGUUCUAUCCCAGCACAGACGAUCUGUAGCUGCCCAAACAAAGCCUUCCCAAUUCAGCUCAAUGAGAAGUCUACUCAAGGCAGAUGCUCUGAGAAAAAGCCUGACUCCACUGAGCUAAGCAACCAGGAAGUAACCGGACUGGUUGUCUGGCAGCAAGAUGUAACACGGUUUAUUUAUAAAAAAAAAAGUGUUUUGUUUUUUUUAAAUGCACUUUUUCUAAAAUAAAAAAGGACACAUUUUUUACACAUGAAGUGCUUCAAAAUGUUUAAGUAUUUUAGGGGUCUGGAGUGUCCCUUUAAGUUGGGUAAGGAUAAUCAAUUUGCAGUAGUUUUGUGACUAUAGGCAACAAUAAAAAUAGCUUUUUCCCACUAGUGUUUAAAGCAGUUCACACUUUAAAUUGCAUAAAUCUGUUUAUAUCAGUUGAAAAUUUUACUCUUUAGUUACUGAAUUAAAAUAACUAUUUUUUUUCCAAGAUAUAAAACUACAUAAAUAGUUUGUAGGUGAAUUUUUGGAUACACUUUAAAUGGAAUAAUUUUUUUGAAGCACUAGACUACGUUUAGAUUUUUUUAAAUGAAAAUUUGUUUAGGGAGAUCAAAAUUUGCACAGAAUGUGGAGAGGAAUUUGAAGAUACAUUUAAAUGUACAUCAAAUAUGAAUUUGCUAUUGGUAAAAAUAUAAAUCCUGGAUUCCUUAAUUUUAAUUGUCGCUUCAUUUUAUUUAAUGGAAAUCUGUGUCUAUGUUGUCUAAUUUCUACUUAUCCCAUGAUGGAAAUAUUUUCUUUUUACGGGGCUCAAAUAUAUAAUGAGAUGUCUGUUUCGUGUAUAUUGAGCAAAAAAAAAAAAAAGAAAUUUCCAUGCUAUAUUAUGUUUUAAAGCAGUUUCUUGAUGUUGUGAAUAGCUUUUUGGAGAGAGAAAGUCUUGCUGCAAAAUCCUUAUAAUUUGCAGCUAGGAUGAAUCCAGAAAGAUUGUGUUCUUAUUUUGAGGCUGCACCCAGAACCCUUUGCUGUCAACCCUCCCAUUUUUCUCUAAUAGUCUACAAAGUACCUCCUUUCAGGAUCUAUGUAUUAAGGUGCAUUUGUUUUGGGGAUUUUUCCCCCAUGUUAUGUCUUGCAAUUUUGUUCCCCAUUUUUAAACCUUUUGUGUUGAACAUUUAACACCUAUGUUACGAAGAUCUUCAUAUCAGAUCUGCUAGGAAAAAUGUGGAGAACGCAUUGUAUAGGCUAUCCAAAAUCCCACUAAAUAUUAUGCAAAAAAUGUUCAUAAUAUGAACAAAAAAGCUGAUCAAUUUUUAGACCUUAAAACCAGUUGACUUGUCAGGUUUAGAGCACAUGGUCUCCACUAUGAUUUCUGUGGAAGGCCAUCUUGCCAGUUAAUCUGUCCAUGUCGAACAUCUAAAUGUUUUUAAAUGUAAACCCUAUUCACAAUUUCUUCUUUAAUGUCUACUAACUUAGGGAAAGUGAAGGGAGUUGGUUUUUUAUUUAGUGUGCUUUCCAUAAUACAUAGAUCCUUCUCUCUUGAUCUGUAUUCCAUCUCUACCUAAUUUUCUUGCCUGCCCCAUGAGGCCCCUGCAUGCCACUAACUGGUUUGAUUAGUUAUUAAUUGGUUUGUGAAUUCAGGCUCAAUUGCAUCAUCAUCAGCAGAUGGCGGAUCCGGAUCUACUGGAAGAAUCCUCCUCACUCUUGGAACCAAGCGAGAUUGGAAGAGGAACCCCACUGAGACUUGGGUAUGUACAAGAACUGCCACUCUCAUUAUAUCUGACGUUUCUUGACAUAUUAGUCAUAUUUCUACCCAGAAAAGACAUAGUAGCUAUGGCCCAUUGCAUCAUCUUAAGGCUAUAGAGAGGUUCACUCUUCUCAUUAGUGCAGAUUUGAUUUAAAUUACAAAUCAUUAAAAUGUGAUUUCAAUCAUAUCUUUUUGUAAAACACAAAUGUAAAGCCUCAUUCUUGCUGGUUGUUAUAAUGACAUUUGCAAUCAGAUGAAUGUUUAAUAUUUAGAAUAUUAACUUUUUAGAUUAUUUUAAGUUAUAUCCAAACUGGUUUUAUGUCCCAUUAUAAAUACAUAUAUCAUGAUAAAAUUAUUGCAAGAUGAACUAUCUCCAGUUUAAUAGGUUAAAGGAACACUAUAGGAUCUGGAAUACAAACAUGUAUUCCUGACCCUAUAGUGUUUAAUCCACCAUUGAGAUGGAUUGUCCUUCCUUAGCCUGUUUAGAAAAUGCUAAAACCUAAUUUCCAGUGUCGUGCAGGUCUGUCGACGUUGGCCUCGCCCUCAAUCCACCUCCUUGAUGACAUCAUCAGAAUUUCCGAUUUUAGGCCAAUCCAAUACUUUCCCAUAGGGAAAGCAUCUAAUUGGCUGAAAUCGGCAAGGAGGCGGGAUAGUGGUGGGGCCAAACACCAUUUUGGCCUAUAAGCACCUCCUCAUAGAGAUGCAUUGAAUCAGUGCAUCUCUAUGAGGAAAAUUCAGUGUCUACAUGCAGAGCGUGGAGACACUGAACGGCAGUGCUGCCUACUGUUUAGCACUGCCCCAGGAAGCACCUCCAGUGGCAAUCUGAGUGGCUCCUAACACUGCCUUUCCUCUGAAAAUCCAGUGUCUGCAUGAAAAUGCCUAAAGGCAAGGAUUAUACUAACCAGAACAACUACAUUAAGUUGUAGUUGUUCUGGUGACUAUAGUGUCCCUUUAAUCACUAAUAUGUGGAGAACAACUUAAAUAGCUUUAUUAUAUUAAUGACACUGUCUGAGAUGGAUUUCCAUUCUUCUCCAACAUCUGACAGCUCUAUAAAAUAUCACCAAAUGUGCAGAGUUUCAUUUUGAAAAGCUGCACAUGCAGACUCCAAACAACGCGACCAUGUCAAAUCACUGAUGUGUUCUUGGUACUUGAAAUUAAAUUUUAAGGUAAGGUGUUUUAUAUCGCCCAAUGCACGGGACUGCAGUAGACCACCAGACAUGGGGAGAUGCGACGAGCAGCAGCUGCUCCUCACGAUGCACAGAGCUUAUGGCUGCUGGGAUGCAGCAUGAUGAUUGAUAUUAUCACAUUAGUCCCUUAGUAGAUUUUUAUUUUUAUUUUAUCUACACCCCUAGUGUGUGUGUAUGUGUAUAGAUAUAUAUAUAUAUAUUUGCAGAAUAACAAUGGUAUCAAGGUCUUUUUGCAGUGAAAAGGUGCAUGUUAUCUCUGGAGAUAUAAAUUGACUUAACUUAGAUUAAUUGAAUUAAUUUACAAAAAAUAUAAAUAUAGCAUGAAUGCCUUAUGUUACAUAACUGAUCCAUAUUUCGUAAUGUAUUACCUUUGGACUAUAAUAUAUCUUAAAUAGAAAAGUAUCCUAGAUAGAUUUAUUUUUUUCCAUUCACAAACAUUUUUUUUUUUUUUAAAACUCUGAUAUUAAAAAAUAAUUUAAUUUUUUUUUUUUUAAUCCACCCUGAUACUUAUCUAUUCAAAUACAUGCAUGUGAAGAACUGGUAUACAAUAUAUUUCAUUACCAAAGUUAUUGUUGCUACUGAACGUAACCGUUAAAUGCAUACAAAAUACAUGGUAGGAAAAAAUGUGUUAUUUCUCUUAAGAAUGCAUUAACAUCAUUAUGUUCCUGAGAUUUGACCAUUUAAACAGAAGCUACACCUUAUUAUACACACUAUACUAUCUGCUUGUCCAUGUCAUUCAACUGAUCUUUAUCUUGUGAUGCUAUUUCAGUUUCGUGGCAGGAGUAAUUAACCGGGAGAGGAUACCAACUUUCGAGAGGAUGUUAUGGCGAGUUUGCCGUGGCAAUGUCUUUUUGCGUCAGGCAGAGAUAGAAAAUCCACUGGAAGAUCCAGUCACGGUAAGAAAACACUUGUUUUUUUUUUUUGUAGGGGUGAUCAGUGAUUUGGGAUUUUUUGCAUUGUGUAAUGUAUAAUUCUUAGAAAAUAUUGUGAGAUGAGACAAAUAUAAAAUAAAAUCAUGUAUUUCCAAGUUGGAAUUUAUGUCUUUUAAAAGAAAAAAUAAAUAAAUUGGGCUGUCAUUUUCCCUGACAAAUGUUACUGGUCAGGCAUCAUACAUAAUAAACUGACAUGGAGAUUAAUUUAAAAUUGUAUACCACAAUAUUCAAAUUAGAAAAACGCUCUACUUAAAAGGACACUAUAGGCACCCAGACCACUUCAGCUCAUUGAAGUGGUCUGGUUGUAGUGCCCCUGUUCAACUUAGAGGCGCUUUCGGGCUAUGAGUCCCUUAAAUAAUGCUGGAUGUCUUCAUGCUCUGCAUGAGGACCUUCACCGUCACUGAAAUCCCCAUAGGAAAGCAUUGAUUCAAAGGGGAAGGCCUUAUGCGGAAAUUGGUGCUGGAAUAGGGUGAGUAAAAUAAAGGGUUUCAUGUGCCGGAGUGGAGGGAAGGAAGGGACCAGAAGGCACCAUAUUGUCAUGAAUAACUGUCAUACAAACACUUAUGAUUCCCUUUAAGAUAUGUUUUCAUUUUGGCUUUUGUGAUUGCUGGUCUUCAACAGAACAAACUGCCCUGAGCAAAUUAUUUUCUCUCCGGAAAAGCAUAUUAUAUGAAAAAUGUAAAUAAAUGAAAACUGAAAUUUGAUUACUUAUUCCAAAAAAAAUAAAAAAAUAAAAUAAAAUAUAUAUAUAUAUAUAUAUAUAUAUAUAUAUAUAUAUAUAUAUAUAUAUAUAUAUAUAUAUAUAUAUAUAUAUAUAUAUAUAUAUAGAGAGAGAUAUCUCUCUUUCUAUAUAUAUAUCUAACAAACUGAAAAGUAUGUGGAGAAUAAUAUGUAUGCAUACAGAUUUGUGUUUGGUAUAGUUUGCAUGUUGUAAUAAACUAUGUUUUAAAAGAUGGGAAAAACAGCCCCCACCUCAGCACAUGUAUUUGUUCACAUAACCUUUAAGUGACUUAACGGAUUACUAUAACCUUUUUCUCGACAACGUUCGAUUAGUUUUAUUAUGCCUUUUAGGAACUUUUGAUCUUGUCCGCCUGCCUUAUUUAAUUAAAUAGAUUAAAAUACCUUGAACCCAAUGCUGGGCGAGGAACUCUUUGCUUUGUUUCCAUGCACCAUGCUUCGUGAUGUAUUUAGACAGCUUCUCGUAGAGAAUAAUUUAAUUGGACCGUUUUACCGGCUCAGAGCACAAGCAAAGUUCUCUAGACCAGUGAGGGAGGACCUUUUGUAAAUAUUGAAAAUGGAUGGAGGCAGAGAAGGCUGGGAGGGAGUGCAGGAAGGGAGAGGGGGAACAUUAAAGCUUUUCCUUGCAGGUGUGCUGCCUGCAAAAGAGACGCUCAGUACAUCUGUCACCAGUGCACGCUUCUACCACAAUGACCACCUUGGAGUAAAUUUUAAACCGCAUUCUUAUGAGUCCAUAAAAUUUUACUAAAAGGAGAAUUUAAAGUGAAUUUCAAAUUUUGGGACAAAGGCAUCGAACUUGUAGCAGAACUGACUAAGAGGAUUUUUCCAAUUCAGCUAUUUUAGUCUUAAGUUUAAAAUUCAAUUUACAUUUUCACUUUACUAAAUAAACCCAUUUAGAUGUUUUUGUGUAUAGUGUUGUUUUAUUCUGGUAACAUUUUGUAAUCAUCUCAUUUAUUGUUAAAUUUCCCCCUUUAUAAUAUUGUAAAGCGCUGCAGAAUAAGUUGACACUUUUUAAAUGCUGAUAAUGUGGAGGAGGUAAAAGUUGCGUAUUAUGAUAAAGUGGUUGGUUUGCAUUACAAUGUCUCUGCACUUGAAUUUGUUCAGUGGUAAAUGUCCCAGAUAGCAGAGUAUCAGAAAGUAGUGUUCAGGUGUAUUUAUGUUUGUAUUCUUUUAGGUCUGUGAGAAAUGGAGCUGCUUAUUCUAUUUAGCUAUUUGAAGAAGAGGCAGAAUUUGCAACAAGAAAUUAUAUAUAGAUAGAGAUAAAUAUAUGUAAAUUCAGAUAUAUGGGUAUAACUCUAUCCAAAACAGGCAAGAGAUUAAAUCACUAAAUGGAAAUAAUUAUAUCACUAUCAAGUAAUUUUUUAUAUUUAUAUUAGCUAUCAUAUUAUAUUGGUAUUAACUAUAUUUAUAUUUGCUAGCAAGCAAUUGACAUCAUGAACAUAACUGACUACAUUACAGUGACACUCUGUGUGGAGUACCUGGGCACUGUCCUUCCUUUCAGUGUUAAACCAUUUUUGAUAGUUUAAUGCUAAACUAAAGUUCUUAGCACCCUAUCCCUUCUGUGCUUCUCAAGCUAAUGACAAAGUGUCAGCUGACUGCUCUUAGCCUAUCAUAGAAACCCAUUGCUGAUAUGAAUUGAUAUGGCUUAAGAAAUGCUUAUAAUUUCUGCCAUCGCCAUACCUCCUGUGGAGUCUGGAUUGUGGGCAGCCAGUGACACUCAUUCAGUGUUAAAGUGAUUGAAAAUGGUUUAAUACUAAAUGGAGGGAUAGCGCAAUGGGAUUCCAGGCAUUAUAGGUAAUUCCGUGAGGUUAAAUAUUUAUAAUGCAUAAAGUGUCCCUUUAAGGAAGGUUCCAUUUUGGCAAGUAAUGGUUGUAGAAGUGCUAGACACCAAUAUAAGGAAAUGGCCUGGCAAAAUGUAAGACAUUCUUCAACAAGUUUAAUCUACCCUAGGAGCCUAGGAGAGUAUUAUAAAAGUGGCCUAAUGUAUUCUUGUUGCACAACUAUUUCUGUUGUGGAGACAUCCAUGAGAACUAGAUUUGCACCCCCAUUAUGAAACCUGCUUAUGGCAAGAGUUGAAAAUUUCCUCUUAUCCAAUUGUGACAUCGAACCCCAGGCCAACUUCCCCUACUAAUGACAUCCUGAUAAUUUGGACAAUGGGGCCGUCUUCUUGAGUUCUAUAAUCCAUUGUACCCCACAAUCAAACUGCCUCAACCACUUCACCUUUUGGAUAUCCCCAUUUGUAUAAAAUACUGUACAAUACUAUCUCAAACCUUCUGACAGAACUUCAUUUUUCAAACCUGACUGCUUCAUCCCAAACACUACAUUAUUUACAGUGGUAGGAUACAGCCAAAUCUACCUUCAAAACGUUGACAUGAAUGAAAACCUCCAGACACCAAAAAGGAUAUUAUUAAAGUAAGGUUAGGCAUCGAGAAAUCUAAAGAAACAAAUUCAGAGCUCCCAUAAUAACUCCUGGAAUAAAAAAAACAAAAAAAAACACAAAAAUGAAAAGCUAUAUAAUAGCGUUCUCCUUAUUAUGACAUACAAUCCACAAUAAGAUGUGUUAAUGUCAGUAAUGCUAUUCAUGCUGGAUGCCAUUGAUACUGGUCACAAUUGCCAAUACUGCUGGAGGGAGGUUUUUUAAUCCCCAAAUGGGUGACUCAACCCAUGACAUGAUCCACAGUCCGUUAGCAACAUAACCAUUGCACCGAUCUGUAUUGCUUUUUGUGCUUUGUCCUUUUUAAAGCCGUGUAAAAACUCCCAUUUCAUAUGAACUCUAUGGUAAAUCUGUAAAUCCAUCUAACUAUAUGCUUUGCCAUCAUCCCAAAGCUUAUGUCCAUUUAGUGAAUCUUCCCUAGAUCGUUAAUUUCCUCUCUUUUACUAUAAAGGGGGCGAUCCUUCAUCAUGCAGACAAGGAAGUGUUUGCAGGGUGAGAUCAGUCCUUUCUAAUUGUCAAAAAUGACUUCCUUAAACAUAUCACAAUAUCCAACACACAAACACAGGAAGGUCUUUGGUCAGUUCGUAUUCUGGCAGUGCUGUUAACUAGUGCACUCCUCUCCUGUCCUGUACUUCCCCACUUGGGGCUAAUCCAGUCAUAUUCCCUGGAAUUCUUUCAGAUUUUCUCUGGACAAAAAACAUUUAACGAACAAAACACAAACAUUAUCAGCCAAGCCUCUCUGUGAUAUGCAUUAUAACAUCAUUUAAAAAAAUUAUAUAAAAGGUCACAAAGGAACAGCUUUGGUGAUUGUGAGUCUGGAUAAGUACCAGGAUAUCCUGUGCUCGAACCCUAAAUUUUAUAAAUCCUAAAGAAAUAGGGUGUCAUAAUUAAAUGGUAAUGAAAAUCCCACAGCAAAAUGUCCAUAUUCCAUGUAGGACUGAAUAAAUUGAUGACUAAAAGUAGUAUGUGUAAAGUAGCCAAAAAGUAUCUACCGUACAUUGUAAUGAUUUCAAUGUACAAUCUGGCUUUAUUUAGACCUGCCCAAAGUACAUCUAUACACAUUGUGGCUACUUCAUAAUGAACAUAGUUCUUUACCUUUAGGAAGGAAGAGGUGAGGGUACUAACACGGAGCAGUGUGGAGACUAAUAUCCUCUAUGUAUUUGUGUAUAAACAUCUCCAGUGUGCUGUCAAGCUUAAAGGACCACUAUAGUGCCAGGAAAACAAACUUGUUUUCCUAGCACUAUAUAGUCCUUAGGUCCCCCCCACCCUGAUAAUUGAUAAUUCCCCAGAAUAGUUAAAACCCCUUCAGCCACUUACCUUAAUCCAGCGUUGGUGCUGGUAACCUCUCAUAACCUCUCCUCCCCCUCCGACGUCAACUCCCGAGUGGAGCCGAAUGCGCUUGCGCGGCCAGAGCAGCGCGUGCAUUUAAACCGCCCAUAGGAAAGCAUUACUCAAUGCUUUGGACGUUCUGCAUGCUCAAUGCAACUUUCGCAUUGAGCGUCGUGGAAGCGCCUCUAGCGGCUGUCAGGAAGACAGCCACAAGAGGAUGGAUUAACCCUGCAAUGUAAACAUAGCAGUUUCUAUGAAACUGCUAUGUUUACAGCUGCAGGGUUAAAACCUGGGGGACCUGGCACCCAGUCCACUUCAUUGAGCUGAAGUGGUCUGGGUGACUAUAGUGGUCCUUUAAUAAUCUUGUCCACAGCACACACCUAAUGCUAGCCACUAUUCAAUGCUAGUCCCUGGCUGAAUCUUAUAAUAACUCUUAUAUGAUGUUUGGCCGGUCAAAUCACAUUAAUAGCUCUAAAUUGCUAGACGGUCUAGAUCAGGGGUAGGUUACCAUCGGCACUCUAGAUGCUGUGGACUACAUCUCCCAUAAUGCAUUUACACCCAUAAUGCUGGCAAAGCAUCAUGGGAUAUGUAGUCCAAAACAUCUGGAGUGCCGAAGGUUGCAUAUGCCUGGUCUAGAUCAUGCAUGUAUAGAUUCCUAUCCUUUGUAGGAGGAGAUAACCUAAAUGUAAGUGUGCUAACUCCUAUCUCACUUAGCCAGCAGUUUCACAGGAAUAGCACACAAGAGUUAAACAAGGAUCAAGUUAAAUGUAAUGUUAAUCAUCCUGUCAUAGUGGUACCCCAUUCAUCUGUAAAUAUGAGAGAUUACACAAAUAAACUCUUAUUAAACACCCCCCCCGCCCCUUGUAGAUUCUCCCCAUCGUAAACCAUAGAGAUCUAAAUAAUAAUGAGAGGAAUACAUCUAAAAGUACCUCAGUUAUCCCCUGCGGUGGAACAUCCGUUCUAUACUCUUCUAUGUAAAAUCACACUACCAUAAAGUGCUAAAGCACGUGUGUUUUGGUGCAUUGUGGCACCUGUUAGACGCGAAUGGCAGCUGAAACUGUUCAGGUUUAUAAGGGGAUCCAGGUCCCUCUUACUUCCAUACUCCACCAAUCAACUAUUAUGGAACGCCUACUACCACCUCCAAUGUUCAAGGUAACACCUGUGGUGUUGGAGUCAACGAUUCAUAUUUGCUCGUUCUACUCCGAGGCGUGGAUACCCUACCAUUAUACCUCCCAAAGUAUUGAUAGACCAUUUGGGUUGUCACUUAGCUGGCUGUAAGCCCAGCACACCAAGAGUAGUGGCUAAGCAGGACCGAAUGACUCCUAUACGAGUCGUGGGAAUAAAUCUUAGGUUAGUUUGUUUGUAAAGUACUCCCUACGUUGUAGGUGGGGAAAUAAUCCACAUCAAUAUGCUCCCAGAACAUCUGCUUCCAAUAACCCAUGACACCAUCAAGUCAGUCUUCCGAAACCGCUCCCACACUAAAGAAGAGGGACUCCUAUCUGCUGCCAGCUCCAACCCCACACCCUACAAAGGAUGCUGCCAACACCGUGAAUAUGAAAUAAUUAAGUGUCACCGUCCCAUCCAAAGGGGAACCGCACAAACUCCAAUAAGUGAUAAUUCCCCAGAAUAGUUAAAAAGAACCCGAUCAUGCUCUUAACAUGGCGUAUUUGCAACACACGAUCAUUCGGUUAUAUAUAUAAGCUUGUAGAAAUCUUCCACACUCUGUAAAUGGCUAACCUAGAUUACCUUCAGUCUUAAAAGGAUAACCCAAUUGGAAAAAGGGGGUCCUAAUUUUACCAAGAUGGAAGCUGAAAGCUACAUGGACCCAUAAAGGUAAGUAUAUUUCUCAGAUUCGUAUAUUGAUCAAAUGUAGUCUCUAAUCCCACGUCAAAAGAAACCAGGUUUUAUGAUUCAAGGCUUCAACUAGUCAUCUGCAUUAUUCUGAAGCUACAAUAUAACUCCACUGGCCACUCCCCAGAUGGCUACUAGAGGUGCUUUUUUGGGGCAGUGCUGCACACUGUGCAGUACUGCCAUUCGGUGUCUCCACCCUCUGCAUGGAGACACUGAACUUUUCUCAUAAUGCAUUAAGGAGAUACUGAUUGGUCAGGGUUGUGUUUGGCUUGUGCUGGCUCUGCACCUGAUCUGCCUCCUUGACAGUUUCAGCCAAUCCUAUGGGAAAGCAUUGUGAUUUCCCAUAGGCAGAUCAGGGGCAGAGGCUGCAGACUUGAAUGCAAGUAAGAUUUUACUAUAUUUAGGUAUGCAAGGUUGGGGCCAGGGGGGCUAGAUGGUGGUUUUAACACUAUAGGGUCAGGAAUACAUAUGUGUUCCUGACUCUAUAGUGUUCCUUUAAGCUGCAAUUAGUGGUGGAGGGCAAAUGCCCGAUGGGCCGCGAUGGCUAUGGGAUGAGGCCAGCUGGGGAGAUCACAGGAUCUCUCCGGCUAGUCCAUGCAGGGCCGACACUAUCAGAGUACCUGCCCUGCUCUGUGCCUUCAUGGGCCGGUGGGGAGAUCAAAGAUCUCCCUCACCAGCCCACUAGCACUAACAAGCAGCCGCUGGCUGGGGAGGGAGAGGAGGACCCUAGCAAGCAGCUCUGCCAGGUUCCUCUUGCGAGGUCGGAGCGUUGCCGCGGUUACCAUGGCAACGCUCCGAUCUCGCAACAAUCAACUCACCACUGCGACCACCAGAGAUUCAAGGGAUUCACCUCCCUUCUUGCCUUUGCCUGGGAGGGGGACACACUGCACCCUUCACACAGACACACACCUACAUACAGCACCUUUCAUACACACUGCACCAUCCACACAGACACACACAUACACACUGCUCCCUUUAUACACACACUGCACACCUCUCACACACAGCCUUAAAAUGCACCCCUCACACACACACUGCACCGUUCACACAAACUGCACUCACACACUGAACUCUUCACACACACACACACACACACACACUGCAGCCUACACACACACUGGACUCAUCUUCCCCCUCCACUGCACACCAAACACACACACACACACACACACACCCUUCACACACUGCACUCCUCACACAUUGCACCCUUCAUCCACACACACACACUGCACCCUUCAUACAGAUACAUACACACUGCACCCUUCAUUCAGACACACACACACUGCACCUUUUAUACACACACUGCACCUUUCAUACACACUCAGUGGGCCGCUGUGAGUCGAAAAUGCCCGGGCUGAAUUUCUUUCCCAGUUUGGCCCUGUAUCCUAUAGAGAGGCAACAAUCCUUUUGCUAUAGGUCUGAUGGUUUAAGGCAGUGUCCUUAUUCUGGGAACCCCAUUAACAAAAAAAGAUUUAUUUUUCUUAUAUUAACACCAUGCCUUGGUGUACUUUUAGUUAUUAGUUUAUACAGUCCUACAUGGAAUACUGACAUUUGGCUGUGUGAUUUUUCUUUUUAGUUAUAAGACACCCCUUUAUUUAUACAGUAUAAUAUCACCCAUCAGUUUUCCCGAGUUUUAAUUUGGAGGGACACAUACUCUUAUGAACAGUGCAUAUAGGGUGUCAUAACUAAAUGAACAAUGUAGUGAAAUGGAACAGAACAUGUUUUCUGGCAGACUGGUGGCUGCGCGAAGCAUUCUGUAGGAUUUUCAUCUGCACUCUUUUUAUCCUUUUUUGAUGCUAUACAUUUUUUACUAAUCAAUUCAUCUCGCUCCUCUUACUGCCUAUUAUUGGCAGAUGUUGUUUAGAUCUUCUCUCUCUCUCUCUCUACCAUCUCACUUGACCUUUAUCCCUCCCACCUCUUUGUCAAAUUCUUAUAAAAUAUCUAUCUGCUUAUGCAGCCUCUCUAAUAUUAGAAACACCACCAAUUCAUCUUGCUCUCUACUCUUCAUGUUUACUAGGCUUGACUACUGCAAAUCCCUUUAACUUGGCUUUAACCACUUCAUGAUACAGUGUCCGAUAAGUCAUAUUACAUCUUCACAGUCCUGGGAUGACCCAAGUCAUGAAAGGAUUACAUUUGAAGUUCAAAAUAGCACUGGAGUCUGUGUCCUCCCCAACAUAUUUAACCCUUACUGUAAAAAUUCCAUUUGGGUUGGGGUUAUAUUAGAGCACAUUUUUACAGCGCUUAAGCAAAAGGUAUAAAGGCAUGAUAGCCCUGCGUCUUAGGGUGUCCGGUACCCACAAGCCCUAUGGAUAGACCUUCCAACCAUUGCUUCCCAAAACAAUCUUCGAGCUAGAGAAGAAUAUUAGGUUUUAGGCUUUUUCCAAUUCUCUUUCAGCUGGGAUACUGACAAACCUGGACCACUGGUUUGCCUUGAGGAAUGAGUUGAGAACCAUUGUCUUAACCUAAAGUAUUUAGAAGGGAUGCUGUGGACCGUAAUGCCCUUCACACUCGGCUAGGAUUUAUUUUGCUUGAGAAGGAUUUGUGUCAUCAUAAACUGGAUCUUGAGUGUUGUUGGUGUGUUUCCUAACCUAAUGGGUAGUGAAACUUGUGCAGUGGGAUGAGUUGGUACCGCAAACUCCUUUGUUCAGGAGGGCCAGAUUUUACAAUGAAAUCGGUAUUAAAGGCCGAAUGCAUACAAUUUAUACACACACACACUUGUAAACAAGAAAAAAGCAGACACAAAGAACAACUUCGCAUAAUGCCAUAAAUGUAAUGUCCAUCCUUCUUCCAUGCUUUUUUUGCUAGAUUUAAAUAGGAAUAGUGCUCUGGUUUUAAUGUGAUCAGAAUUCUAUAUGACUAGAUCAUCUGAAAUCUUUCAUCAUUCUCAAAAACGUACAGACCAUUUCCAAAGCUACAAGUUCUCAUAUUUAUUAUGGACUGGCUAGAACCAUAUAAAGGUGAAAAGUCUGAUUUUGUAAUAUUUGUGGAAAGUCUAUCUGCAGAUACAUCUAGUUUUUACUUUUAUUUAUUUUUUUUCUUUUUGAGCUGAAUCGUGUGAUAAAGUAUAACGCAGAGUCUGGCAAGUAAUCCAGAUAUUCUGUGCAUGAGUCAUUGUUGUUAGGCUGCUUAUCUACAAAGAACAUUUGGCGGGCAGUGCCCCAGAAAUGUGAGAUCAAAGAUGUAUGCUUUAUGCGCUGGACUGCCUGUCUCUGAAGAUAAGCAAUUAAGUGGUGCCUUGCCUGGCUAAUAUGUUAAAGACCCCCUCUACAUGGUCAGUGCAUCAGAUUACGUCUAUGCUCAAAGCAGAUACGCAGAUCAUGUGUUUGCUUAAAGGAACACUAUAGCGUUAGGAAUACAAAACUGAGGAGUUGUCCUAAAUCUUUUGUCCAGCCCAUCACCCAGUGAUUGAAGGGUUAAAAACAAAAAAAACCUUUAAACACUUAACCUCUUUCCAGCGCAGAGGUCCCUCAGCACUGACUCCAUCUCCACUUCCUACAAUGGGGGGGACUUAAAGCACUUGCACUGUGAGCACUGCUCACUCCUUGGCUCUUUCUCAUGGGAAAGCAUUGCAUCAUCACUUUCCUGUGUGGUUUUCAAGAUGCUGGAUGUCCUCAUGCAGGAAGCGCCUCUAUUAACUGUGUGGUAGACUGCCACUAGAGCAGGCAUAGGCAACCUUCGGCUCUUCAAAUGUCUUGGACUAUACCUCCUGUUGGGUAAUCUAAGGUUUUAUAUGUAUGGAAUAUAGAUAAAAUAUUAUCUGAUGAUAUUCACACACACAGAACCUCCAGGGACCCUGUAGUUCUUUGUUUUAGGCGGUGAUAUAAACACUUAUGAAUGUCAGAUGGCAAAUAAACAGACUUUGCUUAAAAUAUAUAUAAGUUUAAUUAUACACACUAUACAAUGCAAAGCAACAAAACAAUUCAAUGAUAAUCAAUUGGCUAUACAAUACAGGAUUUCAAAUCAACAAGUCCAUUAAUUCACUUGACAAGCCUAAAAGUCAACAUUACACCUCAUUUCAUCUACAAGCUUAUCCGCAAAGGACAAUAAAACAUAUACAAACUUCACAACAGAAUUAAUAAUAUGGUACCAUUAUUGGUAUAUUAAUUAGUUUGAAUAUCAACCAACCCUGCCAAGUAUAUACCAUCAAUUUAAAGGACCACUCUAGGCACCCAGACCACUUCAGUUUAAUGAAGUGGUCUGGGUGCCAGGUCCAGCUAGGGUUAACCCAUUCUUUCAUAAACAUAGCAGUUUCAGAGAAACUGCUAUGUUUAUGAAUGGGUUAAGCCUUCCCCCUGUUUCCUCUAGUGGCUGUCUCAUUGAUUUUCACAGUGAGAGCACGCAAGCGUCCAUAGGAAAGCAUUGUAAAUGCUUUCCUAUGCGACGGGCUGAAUGCGCGCGCAGCUCUUGCCGCGCGUGCGCAUUCAGCCCAGGAGGAGGAGAGAAGGAGGAGAGGAGGCAGAGAGCUCCCCGCCCAGCGCUGGAAAAAGGUAAGUUUUUAACCCUUUCCCCCUUCCAGAGCCGGGCGGGAGGGGGACCCUGAGGAUGGGGGCACCCUCAAGGCACUAUAGUGCCAGGAAAACGAGUAUGUUUUCCUGGCACUAUAGUGGUCCUUUAACUACAAUAACCUGAAAUAUAUCAAGUUUCUGAUAGCCUUAGUAUUAAACUGAUAUACAUCUAAAGAAGGAAUCAAAAAUGCUUCAACUUAAUAAGUUAUAUCCGACUCAGACUGCAGGUAGAAUGAGAUAUAACUGUUCUAUCAAUAGGAUGGGAUCAGUUCACAGCAUGGACACAUAGGGAAUUUAAUAGUCAAGUUUAAUUUUAAAUUUAAAGGACCACUAUAGUGCAAGGAAAACAUACUCGUGCCCUCACCCUCAGGGACCCCCUCCCGCCGGGCUCUGGGGAGAGGAAGGGGUUAAAAGCUCACCUUUCUCCAGCGCCGGGCGGGGAGCUCUCCUCCUCUUCGGCUGAAUGCGAAUGCGCGGCAGGAGCUGCGCUCGCAUUCAGCCAGUCUCAUAGGAAAGCAUUCAUAAUGCUUUCCUAUGGACGCUUGCGUCUUCUCACUGUGAUUUUCACAGUGAGAAGCACGCAAACGCCUCUAGCGGCUGUCAAUGAGACAGCCUUUAGAGGCUGGAUUAACCCAUUUAUAAAAAUAGCAGUUUCUCUGAAACUGCUAUGUUUAUGAAAAAAUGGGUUAACCCUAGCUGGACCAGGCACCCAGACCACUUCAUUAAGCUGAAGUGGUCUGGGUGCCUAGAGUGGUCCUUUAAAACUAGAGAGACAUUACCAAACGUUUAUGAUGAAUGAAUUCAAUUUGGUAUUCUCCUCUCUGGGUGCUCUGGUCUGUAACUCAGUUUAUCGCCCUUAUUCAGUCAAUCUCCUGAUCUCUUAGCCCUAUGGAUCUCCUUUGAUCUUUAAAGAUGAUCUGAAGCUCUUGAAUCUCCCUUCUCUUAUUUUUCUCCCUAUUUAACCAUUAUUUUUAGGGUAAUUUGUAGAUCAUGCAUGGUUCCAGUAUAUUUAAUCACGUUCUAUUGCUUAAAAUUUGAAAGCGACCUCAGAUUUUGGGUCUUGUGGCUGGCUGACAAACACUCUGGAUUGCUUGUGAUGUUUAUGCACAAACCAUUGCAUGGUUUGUAUACCCAUUUGAAGCUCUGUGAGUUUAAGUAUCUCGGAUUGUAAAGUCCAGUUUAGUAAUUGUUAACUUGUUAACCUUAUACACAUAUAUCUCACAAAUUAAACUGUAGAUAAGUAUUUCUUCGGUUUACUUCUUAGGGUCACUAAAUACAAGGCUAUUUUGACCUUUGUUGAAAUAGUAUUACGUAAUGUCCAGGCCAAUCUACCUGCAUCCAUUUUGUUUUCUGAAUAUUAGAAAUUAUACCGCACCAAAGAGCACAACACUCAGAUGAUGCUUUGCCAGCAUAAUGGGUGUAAGAGCAUUAUGGGGGAUGUAGUCCACAACAUCUGCAGUGCCGCAGGUUGCCUAUCCCUGCACUAGAGGCAGCCUUAACCCUGCAAUGUAAACAUUGCAGUUUCUCUAAAACUGCUAUAUUUUACAUUGCAGUGUUAAAGUAACCAGACCACGUCAAGGAAUUAAUGUGGUCUGGGUGCCUAUAAUUUCCCUUUAAGGUCUUUGCACGUGAUCUUAAAACUUAUGUGUGACCUCUGCAUACAUGCUGCUUCAGCUUCUCACAUAUUUGUUACAUCAACAAGAGAGAAGAUUUUGGCUUAGCAAUUGCUUCAAAAAUGUGCAUGAUUUGUUGCUUUGCGAGAUCAUAUAGACACUUACUUUGAGCAGUAAUCUUGGCACACAUUUUUUUUUUAAAGGGAAGAUAAUGUGCAACUUUUUUAUAAAAACAAACAAAAAAAACCCAAAGAUAAGAUUUGUGCACUGUCACAUGGAAUGAGAUCUGGAGUACCUUGGGAACAGUGGCUGUGAUUGCAUACAUGUCGUGGACCGUGCGUCAAUAACCCAUGAAAAUAUGCAGUGACUAACACAUGCAGUAGUGUGGUUGAGUCCUAUAACAUAAUUUGCCAUUAGCAGUUUGUCGGCUAUUGAAGGUCUUGAAAGCAUUCACAGUUAGCAUGUUGAUAUGUACUUUUUCAAGACAACAUGGGCAGCUUAUUUGGUUCUGUAGUGGUUAGGUGGUUGAUGCCUAAAUUACAAAUACCUAAGACAAAAAAGGAAGAUUUUUUUUGUUGUCAUGAGGAACUGUCUGAAAUAAUCUCAACCACUCUUGGAAAACCGCCUUGAGAAAGAGGAUCACAAAGUCAAAGCUUCACGACAUGAACCUCACUAACUUUUUGCUAAUGCAGAAAAAUGUAGAACUGAAUCAGCACGUCAAUAACUCAUUCUCAACAAAAUCAGACACUUCAAAGACAGAGCACGUGUUCAACCCACAAGAUCUGUUGCCAAACAUAGCGGGGGGUUCCAUACUGUUUGAUUAUUCAUCUUAUAGUAAUUAAGUCUGAUUAUUGUUCCGCAUGGAAUGUGAAAUUUUAUUCUUGGUUUUUGUGUUAUAGAUCUGGUUUCUUUUUUUAGUCCAAAUAGACUUUGUGUAGCAUUGUUAUUAGGCAAACGUACAAACAUUAAAGAAAUGGCAUGUGAUCAUCUGAUAGAAAUACAUAGUAAAAACAAAGAGAACAUUACCUGCGCUCUGGCCUUAAUCCCCAUGUACAUUUAAACAAAAUGGAGGCUCUUUAGUUUUAUUCCAAUGGCCAUUUGAAUAUAUAAGCUCACCUGCCACAUCAAGGCAAGCCUCAAUAGGUGAGUUCCUACACUAGCCAUUAGAUAUGCUAAUAUCAGCCAAGAAUCUCCAGUAUUUAAAUCAAACGCCUGCAGUCUCACUGCUCAAUUCGUCAUUUAGGAGUUAAAUCACUUUGUAAUUCAAAGGCAGAGAAGAUAUGGAUAGGGCUGCAUAAACAAUCUCCCUGCACACUUCCUGUAAUUGCACAGUGUGUUUACUUUAGAAUUUCUUAACUUCUGCUUUAAUUGCCUGCUAUAGAGAAUUAACUGAAAAUUAUUAUUUUUGUCCAUGUUGUCUGUGUAACUCCUAAAUGGCAGAGAAUUGAGAUAGCAGGAGCAUGAUUUACAAACUCAAACUGCUUCAUUAAAGAAGUACUAAAGGUACCCACACCACUUUAUCUUAAUGUCCCCCUUGUUUUAACCCUUCAAUGUGUACAUUGCAGGGUUUAAAUUCAUAAAGGUACUUCCGCAGAAAGUGUAAAACUCAGCCAUUUCUAUCAGAUACAAACACAAAGAUAAAGCACUGCGCUUACAGGAGCAGUAGUUUAGUAUCCAACAGCUUAAAAUUGAUCUAAAUACCAAAACCACUUAUUCAAAUUAAUAACCAUUCACUAAUAAUAAUAAGUAGACCCUGAGAUUGCCCCAGAAAUGAUUGACACAACCACUGCUUGAGGAGAAGUAUCAAUAAUGGCAAGCUUUUGAAUACAUUGUGACAGGCCCAGACUUGCAACAGCAAGGAACGGAAGGAUUUUGAUACAUACAAUGCAAUGAGUAGGGGGUGGGAUAAAUGACCCGUAACACAUUCUAUAACACCUGGAGUCAGCAUAAUUAUGCAUUAUACUUAAGAAGAGCAACAUAUGAUCUUAAAAACACACUAAAUUGCACUUUUUUAUUUUUAUUUUCUGUGGUGCUGAGAAGACUGAUUUUUAGUCUACAUGGGGAAAACACCCAGAGCAGGACUACCUCUACAGCGACAUAUGCGGUUGCCCAGGGCUUUGGAUCAGACAGGGGCCAAGAGCUCCAGUUCUCUCUGUGAAUUGACCCUCCCUGAGCCAUCAGGGAGAUCAUAAGUUCUCAAUUUGGAGUUGUGUGGUGUGCACCUCAGGUGCAUAUUACUUUAAGAGUUCCCUCACAGUUCAGGUGCUUCUGAAUGACUUGGAGAGUGUCAGGCAGCAUUCAGAGUCAUUUACGGAGUGCCAGCACUGCAAAGCUCUCACCCUCCUCCACGCAUUACACUUAGCCAUUACACUCAAACAGCACAUAAAACAUUCAGCCAUCCUAUUCACACAACAGAGCCCAAGGCAUCGCCAUGGCGAGUUAUAUUGGAGGUUUGAAACCACCACAUAGUAUUUCUUGUGGUUCAAGAUUUUUAUGGUUGGGAGACAAGUCUGCCCAAUUUGUGUGUCUUCACAUUCAAGGGCACUUGUAGGCAACCUGUUACCUUCCAAGGGCACUUGUGGGCAACCUGAUGGUACCCAAACCAGUCCUCGACGCACCCCUACCAGCCCAGGAUUUAUGGUUUAUCCAGCUGUAUGUAAGGUGUUUUGUUUUUGUUUUUUUCUAAAAACAACUUGGACACAACGGAGUAUCCCUAAAUCCUGGACUGGUAGGUAUGCUUUGAGGACUGGUUUGGGACUACAGCGUCUGUUGCGUUAACAGCUGGAAGGUUGGUUGGUCCUCUUCCAGUACCUGGUUCUUAUUUGCCUGGAAAGCAAUGGGCAAAGUGUUUCAUCACAAUUUGUUUUACAUUUUGCAGGGGGACAGUGUUCACAAGUCUGUUUUCAUAAUUUUCUUCCAAGGAGACCAGCUGAAGAACAGGGUUAAGAAAAUCUGUGAGGGGUAAGUAAUUUAAAAACAAAUAUAUUGUUAACACGUAAUGCACAUUGACAAAAAAUUAAAAUAAAAGAACACCAACUUUUGAAAUACCAGAUGCUGCUUGUAGACAGGCAGAUAGCUGCAGAAAAGAGCCCCUCAUAGAGUGAAAGAGGGUCCACCAACCAGGAGGUUAUCUAAUUCUGUUGAAUAGUGUCUGAUCUUAUCCCGUAAACUCUCCAGAUAGAGGCUAUGGGAUAUUAAGUUUAGCCAGAGGUAUAGUUCCAUUACUCAUUGUAAUUAACAGUAUAAGUGUACGGCUAUUUUGAAGGUGACUGUACCUUCAUUUAUCAAUUAGACAAAUUUUUUCUCCCUCCUAAAUAGGUUUCGAGCUUCUCUCUACCCUUGUCCAGAGACUCCACAAGAGCGGAAAGAAAUGGCAGCUGGUGUGAAUACACGAAUUGAUGACUUACAAAUGGUAAUACUUUGAGGCGCACUUUGUAAUGGAAAUGAACUAAAACCUUUCAUAUUCAGAUAAGCUAAAUAGUGGUUAUUACUGACCAAACCAUUUUAUCUUUUUUUUUUAACCAAGGUGCUGAACCAAACAGAAGACCACCGUCAGCGUGUUCUGCAGGCUGCUGCCAAGACAAUCAGAGUGUGGUUUAUUAAAGUGCGAAAAAUGAAGGCCAUCUACCACACACUGAAUCUGUGUAAUAUUGAUGUAACUCAGAAAUGUCUGAUUGCUGAAGUCUGGUGUCCAGUGGUUGACCUUGAUUCCAUCCAGUUUGCCCUUAGAAGGGGAACUGUGAGUAUUUAUUUUAGCCUGCUUAUUCAUUAUUUUUUUAUUAAGUGUCCUGUGGUAAAGGAGGCUCAGCUUAAAGCAGCCCUGUCACCUUCUGGAGUCUUUACUUAUUUGGUGACAUGAGGUGUGAUGUCAUGUGGGUUCCAUGCAGAUGCAGUUAUGAGCAUGUCUUAAAGAGAUUUAAAAUUGUCAAAAAAGGGUUUCUAUGUGACAGAGAUGCUUUAAGUGAGGGAAUGUAAAAUAUAAACUUAAAGGGAUACUAUAGGCAUCAAAACAACUUUAGCUGCAUCAAAACAACUUUAGCUUAAUGAAGCAGUUUUUGUGUAUAGAACAUGCCCCUGAAGUGUCACUGCUCAAUUCUCUGCCAUUUAGGAGUUAAAUCACUUUUGUUUCUGUUUAUGCAGCCCUAGCCACACCACCCCCGGCUGUGACUCACACAGCCUGCAUAAAAAAUUGUUUCAUUUUCAAUCAGAUGUUAAAUUGCUUUAGCAGUUUUUAUCUCCUGCUCUGUAAAUUGAAAUGUAUUCACACACAUGCAGGGUCUAAGAGACUAUUAACAGAGCAGGAGAUAAGACAUUUUAAAUUAAACCAACUAUUAAAUACAGGAACCUAAAAUAUGUUCAUUUUCAGAAAGUGUUUAGGAAAGCUGUGCAAGUCACACGCAGGGAGGUGUGACUAGAACUUACAUACAGGGGCAUGAUGUAUACAACAAAACUGCUUCAUUAAGCUAAAGUUGUUUUGGUGACUAUUGUGACCCUUUAACUACAUGUCUGUCUUCUUUAACAUGUGCACCAAGUUUACUAGCACGUUAGGCAUUAGUUGCUUUGUACUAUGUCUAAUUAUUCUUACAGUAAUUCUAAUUCUAGUCCUGUCGAGGCAAUCUGGACUGGAAUUAUCUCUCUCUGUUGCUGCAUACCAAAUGUUGUAGUUAGGUGGUAAAGCCAGCAGCAAAUUCCUCUAUUCUGAACAAACCAGGAAAAAUACACGCCCAUUACACUUGGCAUGCCAAUGCUGUCUGGGACUGGGUUGCACAAAAUUAAUAUUUUUAAUGGAGGAGUGUAAAUUCCUAAUUAUCAAGGGAGCAGGAGAGCGUGUUGUUUCCGGAUACCAUAAAGAAUGUUCCACUCCCAAAACAGUUUGACAAAAAAAGUGGAUGAUGCGGUCCAUAGACUCUUGGGAAUAUAACCACUACUACGAGCUGUAUUUCUUAAUUUGAUUGUUAUUGGGUACUCAUGAAAGCCUUUGAGAAUUAAAGGAUUAUAAUUUAACGCAAAAAGACACAUUAAUGACCAAAAAGAGUAAUCCCCAUCAAAUUAAAAACUGGCAGCAAUGUUUUGGUCUUGUGCUAACAGUGUGCAAUAACUUGGGUGAUUUUCAGAAAGCCCAGCUGUGCCAGAUGUUUUAUACAGUUUCCUCACAUGUUAAUUUUCCUUUAAUAUUUUCGGUACCAUAUGGAUAUAUUCCUUCCUUCUGUAAUAUAAAGCUAGUGAGAAAUAACCUGUAUUUUAAAGUCCUGAUAACUAAUCCGACCAACUUUUUAAUGCAUUAUAACUAUUAAACCAAAAUGUACACUGACCCCUUAUGUCCCCUGUAAUGAAAGAUCAUUACUUCACAUAUAUGUGUAAACAAAAUCUUGUUUUCAAGAUGUUCUUACAUAGAAUUUUGUGCAAGAUUGUAGAGCCUCAAAUAUAAAUUGUGGUUUUGAUUUCUCUGCAAUAUCUUACACUGCAAAUGUACUAAAACAUGAAUGUGUGUUUCAUUUAGGAACACAGUGGAUCAACUGUCCCUUCAAUUCUAAACCGAAUGCAGACCAACCAAACACCACCAACGUACAACAAGACCAACAAGUUUACUUAUGGCUUCCAGAACAUUGUGGAUGCUUAUGGCAUUAGUAGUUACCGUGAGAUAAACCCAGGUAAAAUCAGACGCACUGAAUGUAUGUCUAUAUAAACAUAGAAUGUGACAGCAUAUAAGAACCAUUUGGCCCCUCUAGUCUACCCAAUUUUCUAAAUACUUUCAUUAGUGCCUGGCCUUAUGCCUCUCCCACACAUGCGCAAACUCCUUCACUGUGUUAACCUCUAGCACUUCAGCUGGAAGGCUAUUCCAUGCAUCCACUACCCUCUCAGUAAAGUAAUACUUAAAGAUAUUAUUUUUGAACCUUUGCCACUCUAAUUUAAGACUAUAUCCUCUUGUUGUGGUAGUUUUUCUUCUUUUAAAUAUAGUCUCCUCCUUUACUGUGUUGAUUCCCUUUAUGUAUUUAAAUGUUUCUAUCAUAUCCCCCCUGUCUCGUCUUUCCUCCAAGCUAUACAUGUUAAGAUCCUUUAACCUUUCCUUGUAAGUUUUAUCCUGUAAUCCAUGAACCAGUUUAGUAGCCCUUCUCUGAACUCUCUCUAAUGUAUCAACAUCCUUCUCAAAAUACUGUCUCCAGUACUAGGUACAAUACUCCAAGUGAGGUCUCACUAGUGUUCUGUACAAUGGCAUGAGCACUUCCCUCUUUCUACUGCUAAUACCUCUCCCUAUUCAACCAAGCAUUCUGCUAGCAUUUCCUGCUAUUCUAUCACAUUGUCUGCCUACCUUUAAGUCAUCUGAAAUAAUAACACAUAAAAUCCCUUUCCUCAGAUGUUGAGGUUAGCACUCUAUCAAAUAUUCUGUACUCUGCCCUUGGGUUAUUACGUCCAAGAUGCAUUAUCUUGCACUUAUCCACCUUAAAUAUCAGCUGCCACAACUCUGACCAUUUUUCUAGUUUACCUAAAUAAUUUGCCAUUUGACUUAUCUUUCCUGGAACUUUACCUCUGUUACAAAUCUUAAUAUCAUCAGCAAAAAGACAUACCUUACCAUGCAAGACCUUCUGCAAUAUCACUAUAUUAAAGAGAAUGGGUCCAAGUACAGAUCCAUGAGGUACCCCACUGGUAACAAGACCAUGCUUUGAAUAUAUACUCCAUUGACUACAACCUUCUGUUGCCUGUCACUCAGCCACUGCCUUACACAUCGAUACUAGAAUCCAAACUUAAAGAUUGCAGUUUAUUGAUAAGCCUUCUAUGUGCAACAGUGUCAAAAAUUUAGGUAAGCAAUGUCUACUGCACAACCCUGAUCUAUUAUUUUAGUAACCCAAUCAAAAAAAUCAAUAAGAUUAGUUUGGCAUGAUGUCUCUGAAGUAAAUCCAUGUUGUCUCUGAUCUUGAAAUCCAUGUGAUUUUAGAUGUUUAACAAUUCUAUCCUUUAACAUGGUUUCCAUUACUUUCCCCACUACCAAAGUAAGGCUUACUGGCCUAUAGUUGCCCGACUCCUCCCUACUACCUUUCUUAUGAAUGGGCACAACAUUCGCUAACUUCCAAUCUUUUGGGACUACCCCUGUUAACAAUGAUUGGUUAAAUAAAUAUGUUAAUGGUUUUGCUAGUACACCACUAAGUCCUUUUAAUAACUUUGGGUGUAUUCCAUCAGGCCCCAUUAACUUAUUUUUCUUUAUUUUUGACAGUUGAAAUAGAACCUCUGUGAACUCACAUGUAACGAAUGACUAAUUUGUCCUUCUUCCUAACUGAGGUCCCUUUCCUUCAUUUUCAUCUGUAAAUACUGAACACAAAUAUUCAUUGAGGCAGUCAGCUAGACUUUUAUCCUCUUCUACAUACUUUCUUUCUUUAGUUUUUAAUCUAAUACUUGUUUUACUUUCCUUUUCUCAUUUAUGUAUCUAUAUUAUCUUGUAAAUUAGUUGAUAUCCAUGUGAACAUUUAUUUACACAAGUUGAUCUUUCCUGUCAUGCAGCUCCUUACACUAUUAUUACUUUCCCAUUCCUGUUUGCUGUGAUGUUUGGGGACUUCGGCCAUGGGAUCCUGAUGACACUGAUCGCAGUCUGGAUGGUUCUGAGAGAGAGCCGAAUUCUUUCCCAAAAGAAUGACAAUGAGGUAUGGUACCCGUCCAGCCUGAUAGCUUCUUUUAUCUAUUUUUACUAUUAAAACAAGAUAUUCAAAGACAACUCUUUUCUUCUCAACUUUUACGGGUUUUGUAAAGAGGACAACCUUUUAUCAGUAGAAAACGAACAAAAUAAACACAUUUUGUCCCCCUCUGUAUAGCACUAUUUCUGUCCUUUAAGUACAUAGGUUUUGAAAGUGCUUCUAUCGUGGAUUGAAAGUAGCACAUGUCAAAAUGUGUGUGUGUGUGUGUGUGUGUGUAGAUUAGUAUUUGUUCUCACUAGAGUUGGUCCCUCUUUUAAAUAGAGUUGAACAGACUCAUCCUGUAUAAAAUCUUGCUUUGCACAUAUUUCGAAAGAUGGGGUGGCAACUUUUUAUCUCGAUUUAUCUAAGAAAAUAGUUUACAACAUUUUACAUAUACAUUGCUUCAACUUUGUGUUUUUUGUUUUCCUUUCAUCUUAUUUCUCAUAUACAGCUCUUCAACAUGAUAUUUAGUGGACGGUAUAUUAUCUUGUUAAUGGGUCUAUUCUCUACCUACACUGGUCUCAUCUACAAUGACUGUUUCUCAAAGGCUCUCAACCUGUUUGGUUCCUCGUGGAGUGUUAGGCCAAUGUUCACCGACCCAAAAGCAAACUGGACGUGAGUAUUUCCCGUUUAAAAACUAAAGUUAUGAAUAAAAAGUAAAUUUUAGACAAAUGUGUAAAGUGAAGUAGUUGGCAAUAAUAUCCUGAAAAAUAAUAUCCUGAAAAUAACGUGAAAAUCUCCAUCAGAAUUACUAAUUAUGUUUGUAUUUGUCUCGCUCACUAGUUACAGGGGCUGAAAAUCCCUCUCUGUUUGAAAAUAGCAGCGUAUUGUAACACUGACUGCAUAGCUGAUAUCGGUAGCUAUCAGGAAUCGAGAGAAGAGUAUCCGUUCUCAUAGAUGUUAAAACAAACAAACAAAAAAAAACACCCACCAGCCCAUACUCAACUCAUAAUGCAAAAUCAGCAAGAAAUAUAUAGAUUAAAACUUAGUUAUUCCUUUCAGGCUUAUGUAAUGGAAAAUAAAAAUGAUUUAAAAAAAAAAUCAUUUUUUUUUAUUAAUCUAUAGCUAAAAUUUAGAAAAACACAGAUUUUGAAAACUUAAAGUGUUUUUCAUAUUGUUGCAUAUUGCAGGUGGUUUCAUUGUUGCCACUGAGCUAAGCAAACCAGGAAGUAACAGGACCAGUUGUCUGACAGCCAGGGGCCGUAACAAGGUUAAUUUAUGAAAGUGCCAAUUUCUAUCGAAAUCUGCCCCUUUUGUAACAUGAAAUAGAAGAAACAUGCUUCACACACAAAACACUAGGGAUCUGACGUUUCCCUUAAUGAAGCUGUUUUUGUGUAUUGAUUAUGCCCCUGCAGUCACUGCUUAGUUUUUGCCAUUUAAGAUAUAAAUCACUUUGUUUAUGUAGUACUAGCCACACCUUCCUUGGUUGUUACUCAUACAGCCUCCCUACAAACUUCCUAAAACAAACAAAAAAAAGGCAAAAUUUUUAGCUUCCCUUAUUGAUUUUAAUUUCGAAUUUCAUAUCCCUUGCUCUGUUGACAGCCUGCUCAGUCUUCUCUAUGUGAUUAAAGUUCUCUUAACAUGGGAGGUGUGGUUAGGGCUGCAUAACCAAAGUAAUUUAACUCCUAAACAACAGAGAAUUGAGCAGUGAGACCGCAGUGGAUUGAUUCCUAUACCGCUUCAAAGUUGUUUUGGUGCUUAGGGUAUCCCUUUAACUAUUUUGAUUUCCUAAUGUAUAGAUGAAAUUAGCAUCACUACAAUACUGGUUUAGAUAUAUUUUGUCUAUCACUGCUAUCUUUCUCUUUGCUUUAAUAAUUUAUUUAUUAAGAUGCAUUUUAUUUUUAUCAAUAGAGAUGACCUUCUUAAGCAUGCGUCUGUUCUGCAGUUGGAUCCGAAUAUUACUGGAGUAUUCAAUGGACCAUACCCUUUUGGCAUUGAUCCGGUAAGAACUGUAAAAUGGACUCCAAGUAUUGCUUAUGCACACAUUUUUCAAGAAUAUAGAAUUGCGCAAUGUAAGGCAGGGUGGUAGAUGAUGUUUACCACUAUAGGGUCCGGAAUACAUAUUUUUGUGUUCCUGGCUCUAUAGUGUUCCUUUAAUCCCAAAGUACAUCCACAAACUUUUUUUUCUUAUUUCUCAUUUUGUCUCUUUAUUUAAAUUAAGCUAUUAGCUAGUUUUCUAAUAUUUAGAAUUGCUUGAUCAGUGAUAAUACCAAGAUUUCAAAAUGUAAAAUCAUGCAUUAUAGCUUGAUGGAGAAAAAAACAUUGCUCUUUCACAUCUAUUCACAUUUAAACAGAAGUACUAUAAAUUUGAUUUUAAUCCCUAAUUAUAGUGAAUUUUAAACCGAAUUACAAACCUUGGGCAAAAUUGACUGGUUUCAGAAUUUUUUUCCAAAGCUCCUCUAGCCAUAGCAUGACUGAUGCAGCCUACACUUUGAAAUUCAGUUUUUAGUUCACUGAACAUUGUUGUUUUUGUAUGUAAACUUUGUUAUGCAAACAUAUUUUGAAGGCUGUACAGUGUAGUGCAUUGUUCCUCUAUGCUACAUAUUUAAAUAUCUUAGUUGGCCUCAUGUUCUACUUAAGUAAAGCUCAUUUUGUUUUAUUUUACAGAUCUGGAGUAUCGCCAGCAACAAACUGACCUUUUUGAAUUCUUUUAAAAUGAAAAUGUCUGUGAUUCUCGGCAUCAUACACAUGAUUUUUGGAGUAACACUCAGCCUCUUGAAUUAUAUGUAUGUAUUUUGGAAACAUUUCUCUGAGAUGCUAAUAUGUAGUUUAGGGAUUAUAAGUAUAUAAGUAUAGAAUCUAUCCAAUCAGUAAGACCUUUCCUUCCAUAUUGGCAAGGCGAGACAUGAUCCUUUUGCCAGAGUUUAUGAUAGGAAAAGGGCUGAUCUAAUUUUGUUCUUGUGCAGCAUAAGGCACUUUAUUUUAGGAUUAUGUGAAUUAUGUUAUCAGCUUUUAUAGAAAGCAAACAUAUUCUGCCGCGCUUUGCAAUUGUCAAAAAAAGAGCAUAUUCUACUAUAAAGGGACACUAUAGUCACCAGAACAACUACAUCUUAUUGUAUUUGUCCUGGUGAGUAUAAUCAUUCCCUUCAGGUCUGCCUGACAAGAUCAGCCAAUCCAAUGUUUUCCCAUGUGUAAGCAUUGUGACUGGCUCAGAUCUCCACUUCUGAUGAUGUCAGCAAAGCAGGCAGAUCAGGGGCUGAGCCAGCAUCAGCAGACUGAAACAAAAGUAAGAUUUUGCUAUACUGGUACUCAUCACUUACCGACCGUGUUCCGUUCCUAUGACCUGGUCAUAGAACGAUUUAGUCAGUAAGUGAGGAGUUACGGGAUUCCCUGCUGUGGUGCGCUUGUCUAUGUUCUGAGAAAUUUCUCGAACAUAGACGAACGCACCAGAGCGGGAAACCCUCUAAUCUAUGCUUGGGGAAAUUUCCUUAAAAACACGACUAGUGACUGUCAUUUAUACAGCCACAACAGGUGCUUCCUAUUAAGUUUCUGCAAUAUUUUGCAGUACCGACGUUUGGAGUCUUCAUACUCUGCACGAAGAUGCUAAACACUCCACCAUACAGGUGCAUUGGUAAAAUGUAUUGAAACAAUGUGUUACGCAUGCGCAUUAGACCUAUAUGAUGUGUGUGUAUAUACCAAGAAUGUAUACCACGUGCUUAAUUAAACGUACUAAUUUGACUUUUUUUUUUUUUUGCUAAAAUAAGGAAGCUGUGACUAGAGGCGUUGUACAAUUUGUCCCAAUCAGUGUUUUUGUUUUAUACAUACCUUGUUAAUGUAUAAUUGUAAAGGUUGACUCCUUCUCUUUUGGUUUUUAUUUUAGAUACUUCAAGAAGCCCCUGAACAUAUACCUGGGUUUUAUUCCAGAGAUCAUCUUCAUGUGUUCACUUUUUGGAUACCUGGUGAUCCUUAUAAUUUACAAGUGGUGUGCCUAUGAUGCAGCCACCUCCAUGACCGCUCCAAGCCUCCUCAUUCACUUCAUAAAUAUGUUCCUUUUCAGCUACAAUGAUCCAACCCUUCCUAUGCUCUACAGUGGACAGGUAUGAUCAUGGCCUUCUAAAAUAGAAAUUUAAGGGACAGAUGUUUCCUGGUUGUCUAUUUUUCCCUUGAGUGCCUUCCAGUGAAGAUUCUUAAUAGAGUUUACAACAUGUCCCAAUAUGAUUAAUUAGAUUUCCUAGAAUACUGAGAGAUCCAGAGAACGGGCCAUAUAGAUUGGCUUAAAGGAACACACCCAGCACCGUAACCCCCUUACCUGGCGUCCUCUUGGUGUUGCUUAUGGCUUCCACUACUUAUGACAAAGAUUCUGGCUCUCUGUCUAAGCAAGACCCAGCGGUGCAGGGCUUAGCUCAUUGGAUGAGAGUGAUCACCUCAUGCUCUCAGCCAAUGUGCAGGAGAGCUGUUUGUAAGUAAUGUGUCAGCGCUCAGCUGACCCAGGGUAAGGGGUCAAAUAGUUCUAAAACAUUUUGAUUGCUUACAAUCAGCCCCAGGGCAUUCUUGGUAUUAUAACCACUACGCUGAUCUGUAGUGGUUAUGGGGCUCGGGGUGUUCCUUUAAUGGAUCAAUAGAAAUGGUGGGAAAUCAUUCAUAAAACAGCCUUUAAUGAUGGAAUGUUCUUAUUUUACGGUUGUGAGGCUGCACGAAGCUGCAAAUACUAAAUAAGCAGGAUAUUCUUACUUACAUAGGGUCAUUACUUACCAGAUCACAAUGGCAUAAAGUAUAAUCCGUUCAUAUGGGGUUAAUUGUGAGAGUAAGUAACAGGUAGCAAAAGGGUUAUUGGGAAUAUUGUAUAAAAAUAAUAGCAGGGAAUUUCUGGUGCAAUGAAAUAACGCAGUUUUAAAAUACGCAAUACGGUUACUAAGGACAAGCUGCAACUUUUAGUUGAUUCAACUUUAGAAACAGGAAGAAAUACUUGGGAGUUACGUAAAGUAGUGGGUCUGGGGUUACAGUAUGGUCUGAGAUAUUAGUAGCUUAUCAAGUCCCAAACUAAGUUGUUAAGCCAGUGAAAUGAAAGGAAUACGAGAGAUAUGGGGUCACAAUAUUUUUCUGAAAAACUGCUUGAUCCAUGACUCUAUUACCACCCAUCAUUGUGUUGGGUUUUAUAUACAUAGCUUAUCCUAUCCAAAGUAUGUAUUUUUCCUACAAUCAAAAUGUAUGUUAUCCUAUGUUUAUUAUUAUUUUUUUGUAAUUUAUUUAUUCUUUACGGUCAGUUUUUGUAUUUUUUUUUCUUCGCUAUCGAUUGCAUGACACUGUAUGUAUGUGCUACAUAAUAACUUCUCAAUAAAAAUAUUUUUAAAAAAUAAAAUAAGUCCCAAUCCUAAAUUGUUAAACCAGUAAACCCCCCACCUCCACUCACCCUGUCUGUGUAUCUCUGUAAAUAUCCACAGUAUUGACCAGCAACACCAUUAAAUCUUUGUAGAAAGUAACUCUUUAAUUGAUCAUCACACAUGGAACCAUGUUUGAUGGAAUAAAAUCACUUUCUGCAAAUAUUAAAUGGUGGUAUUGGUCAAUAUUGUGGAUAGUUAAUGUUAAUUUGGGGUGAGCAGUGACCCUCUGACUUGGCAUCUAUAUUAGCAGGGGGGUGGUGUAUGCAACCUCACAUUAAGUUUUUAAUGAUUGUGUCUCACAGGUGGGCUUGCAAUGUUUCCUGGUUGUUUGUGCAUUGAUCUGCGUGCCUUGGAUGCUGGUUGUUAAACCGGUCAUUCUCCGCCAUCAGUACUUGAGAAGAAAGCACUUGGUGAGUACCUGUUAAAUUUAAGUUAUGCAUAGCCCACAUGCAUUACCACUUGCUCUUCAGCACAUUCAUGUGUAGAGGGCAAGGGGUCAAGCGCACAUUGAUGUGUAUUUCUACAGUUGACAGGCAAUAAAAUUAUUCACUCUAAGAGCCAUGUAGUGUAUCUGCAGAUGUGUGUUUUAUUUUAUAUAUUUAUAUUAUAUAUAUGAAACCAGGGGGCUGCACUCACCUGAACAUGCAUAAAUGGGGUGCUGCUGGAGGCCAAUUUAUACAAUACACAAGAUCCAGCGCACUCACUUAUCCACUAAACAGCAACUUCAAUGUUGGCAGAUUUUUUUAUUUUUUUUUAAACACCUAAUCUAGGUAAAAAUAAUGGGCAUUUAGUUACAUUAUAUGAUCAUACAUUGCAUAAGCCUGCCACAACGUCAAUGUACCCCAUCUUUGGCAGGUCCUACACUAACAGCCUAAUGUCUGCUCUUAUGAGAUUAACCCACUUACUUGGGGGGGAAAAAAAUCCAUCUGGGGCUCUCUGCAGUACAAGGCUGAAUAAAAGAAAAUGGCUACUAAUGUGUUGUUUGUACUUUGGUUCACUAUUUUCUUCCAUAGUGAUUUCCCCAUAUAAUUUGGAGAUGGAUAAUUCAAAAUUUUUACUGUAAGAAACCACCCUGAACAUACCUGCAGAGAGACCGCAGUAGGACCACUAGCUGAUGUUUGCAAAUGUUUGGGAGAUGUACUUGACCUCUGAUCGCUGUAGUCUGGCAUCACCUGCCAGUGCAAUUUUUGAAGGACUACCAGUUAAUAAGAAUAUUGUUCAGAAGUCCAUCUACCUAGAACAGACCAUAUUUGCCCUUAGAAACCCAUGUGUUGACAACGGAGAGCCCUAACGCAUUAGAAAUUAUUUAUUGAAUAUCAGGCUAUUUUGUUUGGUGGUCCAUAAGUCACAUGUGUACUAAUUUCAUAGAUAUUACGUUUUUGUUUUAUUUUAGAUCACAGCAUUUCAAGAUAUAUUAUCAGUGCUGCUGUUUAUUAGAUAUGAACUACUUUUAGAGUUUGAUCACUCCACCAUUGAUCUAAUCUAGAAUACACCUGUCACUAUGCACUUAUUAACUAAGAGUGUAGUUUCAUAACUGCUAUUAUUCAUGGUAGCGUAUUUUCCCUUUGUUGUUAAGGCUCGUAUUCAGUUUUGGGAGCCUAGACUGAGGGUGGCAUGGCAAGGUGGUCCUAUAGAAUUAUUUGUUUUGUUUAUUUUUCCUGCUUUAUGUACUUUGAGGGGUAGAUGCUGUAUGAAAACUAUUUUCCUUAUUACCUCCACAAUGUGGCUUUUAGAUGUCUCAUUAGGACAUUUUAACUGUCUGGAUUCACUGUUUGGCUCUUAGAGUGAUACAAAAAUGAACGAAAAAAAAAAAACAUUUUACUUACCAAUGUCUCCUUUCUAGUAUGCCGGUCAGUCAGUAUUAUGCUUGCUUUCAUACUUAUAAUUUUUGGUUAGUGGCCAUUUUCAGUCGAUGUAAAAACUGCCGAACAGGUUCCUAUAAAUAAGAAUAUGCUCAGGACAAAGGUUCGCAGACUGGGCCAAGGAACACUUCAAUAAGAGAAAAAUUUAGAAAUCACAUCUAUUUUUAACCAUCAGCAGCUUGUAAACAUCAUCUCUUGAAUCUAGCUAAAUUGAGUCUGAUUUAUAAUUAUUUGCCAGUUGGGUAUUAAAAUGUUAAUGUUGUUACUCAGUGUGUUUGUGGCACUCAUUAAAAAAGCUUGUGACACAUUGGUGGGGUACAACACACUGGUUGAACAACUGGUCUUAAGAGUACUUAAUUUUUCCUUACUCCGUGGGUCCUCUGGCAAGUUAAACUAAUCCUGGCUCACAAGAAAAGGCACUGGCUUGUAAAAUAUUUUCAUAACAGUGAUAAACUGCAUAUUCCAUUAGAUUUUUAACGCUUUGCCCAUAUAAUCUGGAAACCUCAAAAAAUAUUUAUUAAUAUAACUGUGAUUGUGUGCAACCUUAUAUAUAUCGCAGUUGAGAUAUAUAUAUAUAUAUAUAUCUUAACUGCGAGAAUGUUAAUGUGUACAAUGUUAUCACUUCUAGGGGCUAGCGUCCUAUUUUACUUACAUCUUAAAAUAUUAGACAUGUUCUUGCAAUAAAUCUAUUGCAUAUCAAUGUACUCACAGUAUAUUUAAGACUGACGCACACCUCCACAAAAAAUUUCAUCAAAUUACUUCAUUAUAUGGGCACAAUGUUUUAAAUCUACAAUUAUGUGAAAAGUUAUCAUUGUUAAAAGCAAUGUAAAUAAUUUGUUUAUAAAUAUUGUUUAAAAUACUUUUCAAUACAAAUAUUUGAAAAGAAAUGUAGAUAAUGUUAUUUAACCAAAAAUAUGUACAUCUAAAGGGCAUUCAUCACGCAAAUAACACAUGAUUUAAUCAACGCAGGGUAAAAAAAAUGGCCUAUCUAUUGUGUUAACAUUUUUCAUGCUGAAUCAGGAACAUUAAACCUUAUAAUUUGCAUCUUUAAUGGAAGGCACUAUGGUUGCUCAAAUUACAUAAAAAAAUAAGUUAUAAAUAUAUAUUUGGCAGCUGGAAUAAGGUGCACUGUAUAUGCCGUUUUAAGGAGAAUGCCAAGCACCAUAACUGCAACCCCUGUAGUGGUUAUGGUGCUACAGGGCUUAAGAUCAGUUUGACUAUGUACUUGGGUCCUACUUGGUACCAGCUGUUGACUGCCCUGCUGCUGGAAUCUCUUGCAACUGAGCUAAACCUGGCAGUCCAAAGCUGCACUAAUUGGCUGAGUUGGCACAGCAAGGCUUAGCCAAGUGGAGUUAAAGGGAUAGUGCCAUCGUGCUCCCCCUGUCUAUCCCCACCCGGGUGAAGAAAGGGUUAAAAGCCCUUUAUUUACUCACCCUUUUCCCUGCGCCAAUGUCCCUCUGCGCUGGGUCAACGCUACGCCUCAUCUGACGUCCUGCGAUGAGAAGCGCUAAUACUGGAAAUGCUGCGUGUGCACUAGACCUCCCCAUAGGAAAGCAUUGAAUAAAUGCAGAGCGUGAGGACGUCCAGCGUCCGAUACGGGACCAAAGGUCCGAUUCGAUAAAAGAAGCCCUCUAGUGGCUGUCUGGUAGACAGCCACUGUGGGCAGACUUAGAGCUGCAAUGUAAACAUUGCAGUUUCUCUGUAACUACAAUGUUUAACGUUGCAGCACUACGUGCAAAAGGGACACUGCACCCAGACCACUUCAAUUAGCUGAAGUGGUCUGGGUGCCUGCAGUGAUCCUUUUAAAGCAAAUUUCUUGUAGAAGCUUGCUGCACAAGGGAAGGUGUCAGGACCCAGAUAGGUUGUCGAACAAUUCUAAAACGGUUGGACUCUGGGAGAUAUCCAAGACACAUUGGCACCAUAACCACUACAGCGGGCUGUAUUGAUUAUGGUGCAGGUAGUAUUCCUUUCACUGACUGUCACCUCGUGGCAGAUUGUGUUUGUGGAUAAAGUUGACCGCAUUAGCUCACAGGCCAGCCAUUCAACAAUAUUGACUAGCAUGUGUCAUGCUAGUCAAUAUUGUUGAAUGGCUGGCCUGUGAGCUAAUGCUGUCAACUUUUUAACGCGGGAACAGUAAAAGACUUGCACACACUGACGUGUCGUCAGUGGGUGCAAGUCUUUUACUGUUCCCGCGAUAUACCUUUUGUUUUUUCCUUGUUACUCGUAGGUUUAGGGUAUAGUUAGGUUUCACUCUAUUGAUCGCAUUAAAACAAAUAGCCUUUCUCAGACAUGGGAGAGCUGGGGAGAACUGUCCGUGAUCUAGUCAUAUUGAAGUAACCUUUAAAUAAGUAAAUGUGUAAGAGAAAAAUAACAUUUGGCAGAUAAUUUAGAUACUUUUAAGCAAUAACUUUCAAUAGGCCUUAGGCAUUAUGCUGUUAGAAUGUUGGACUCACAUUUACCUCCUAAUUCUUUUCAAUUUUCGUCUGUCGUGUACAUUUCAAACAUUACAAAAUAAGCAGCUAGUUAGACAAGACCAUGUGUAUGCUGGUAAAUAUUGUAGUUUAUCUGCAAUUGUGAGGCCCUGAAACCACUGUCACAAAAUGUUAGCACAACACACAGACCGUUUUUCUGCCCUGCUUAUUGAGUUUUCCUGUGAUGGGUAUCCACAUGGGUAUGUUAUGUGUUUUCAUUGCAUGUUAACCUGUAUAUCUGUAUAUCUCUCUAUAUACCUAUAUAAUGUAAUAAACCUUUAUCUAUUAUAUGUUUAUAUGUAUGUGCUGAAAAAAGCCGACACGUCUGAUUUACAUGGAUUGUGUAUUAUACACAAACAAUAUUUCGAUCAUUUCUCAUUCCAUGUUACAUCAACAGCCACCUUUCCAAAAAUGGUUGCUACUUUACAGACAUAUAAAAAUAAAUAAGUGAUAAAACCACAAAAUAAAAAGUAGAAGAUAAGUUAUCCAAAAUAAAUUUCCAGUAUUGUCUAAUUGCUAAAGGACAGGCCAAGAGAAGAAUUGCCCUAAUACAGAUUUACUCAGAAUUCAAAGUAAAUUUCAAAUGUUAGGCCACAAUGGCUGAAUUGGAAGAAAUCUUCAACCUAUAUUUUCAGUGUGACCUUAAUUGUGAAAUUCACUUUGAAUUCACACUUUACUGAAUAAGCCUGACACAGUUUGUAAUCUGAUUAGAAACAGGUAAAGCAUGUCACAAUGCAAAACAGUGUUUCCAUCUGUUAUUUUUAAUGGAUCAUAACUAUGAUAUUGAGCUUAAAUCUCUGUAGUUUUCUAUAACUUUUUUGCUGAGCUACGAUAAUUCUCCCUCCCCCCGCUCAAAUGCAAAUUUGUCGUAAUUUUAGCAAAUUGGUCCACUCGUACAAAUCACAAAGGAACUAAUUGCAAUUCAAACAAAAUAAUCAAAAAUUGUCCUUGCAGUGCUCUCAUGCAUUAUUUGUUCAAUUACAAAGAGGACACUACUGGCUCCAUCUUUAUAAUAAGGUCACUUUUAUAUAGAAGUGGUGGUAGUUCUGCUCCGUGACAUUUCCUUCCCUUAAGUGGUUACCUUAACAGUACGUUUAGAAUUAAGUGACAACUACAUGACAAAGCCCAUGGGGGUCAUAAUAAGGGACGUUUAAAACCUUCCUCAUGGCCCCACCUGCCGUAAGGUGCAUGGGGGCAUAUGUACUAAACAGCGAGCAGACAAGACAUUAUAACUGGAGCCUCCACGCGCCACUCACUGGUGGUCCCGUCCGCCUGUCCACAGGAAGGUAGGUCACUAUGUACCCUCUGCUUAAUUUACUACUUUAUUUAUACCCACAACCUGAACCUAUGUCAGUUCCCCCACACUGCUGCCCUAUCACUAUUGCAGUGAGCAAAAAACUUUUAAGACCAAUAUAUGGGAAGAUAAUUAAAUAUUGAUAAUUUUAUCAUUGCACAAUUGAGACCUUAAAUAAAAAUUACAUACAUAUAUACAUAUAAUUAGUACUAUGUGUGUGCAUAAAAGUGUGUGAAGUGUGUGUGUGUGUAUAUACAUACAUGUAUGUAUAGACAUAUAUGUAUGUAUAUAUAUGAAAAAGGGAAUCUAUUGUGUACUGAAGAUCUUUUUUUUAAAUUAUUUUUCUAACCAAUAAAUGUCUAGUAGUGUUUUAAAAUAUUGGUAUCGCAAGUGCCUUCUUGAUAGGUUUAAAAUAAUUGAUCAGAGAUCCCUGAUUUAUAGUUAAUUUUAUUUUGUAAGAGCCAUAUGCAAAACAUGUGCUCAGUCACUGCAGACGAGUUGCCUCAUGAGAUCACAUGAUUAACAGGCUCUCCUGUAUCUUGUUUAUAAUUUGGUUAUUUAAAAAAAAAAAAGAAAGUGUUUUAUAUAAAAAAAAAAAAAUAUUGCAUACAUUGGAUAAAAAAAAAGUAAUGCAAAAUUCGAAUCUGAUCAAAUGUUCUUUGGUUAUAUUCGUUUGCUUAUAGGUUCCCUAAAAAUGUGUAACCCUCUGUUCCCAAAUAGCUGUCAGCUUACAGUAAAUGUACACAGUGUCACUUUAUAUCCCAGCAUGUUUUCCAGUUCUGGGGAUAGGAUGCAGUAGCCUUUUUAUUCCUGGAUUAUUUUAUAAAUUAAUAAGGUUAACACCACCUCUGUCUUUUGGGUUGGGUGAAAUGGAAGUGCUUGAUCGCUUAAGAGGAAGGUGACGUUAACGCUAUUAAAUUAUAAAUCAGGGUAUCUUUCUAAAAGAUAAAAUUAUUUCUAUAGAGGGAUUUUUGUAGUGAACUUCUUUGUGUGAUGGAAGUGGCGUUAUGAUUGGGUGGGCAAGAGGUUUACUGUGCACCGUCAAGCCUUGUAGGACAGUAGGGUCUAUGAUUUUUUGAUAUUAUAGGAUCAGGUUGAUGGUUAUUGGGGGAUAAUGGAGUGUGAUGAUUGGCAAGGGUCCACACCCUGAUUUAUAAAUCCCCCCUCCCCCACCCACUUACCCAGGGAACGCAUAACUUCGGAGGCAUCCGCGUUGGUAAUGGGCCUACAGAGGAAGAUGCCGAAAUAAUUCAGCACGACCAGCUGUCCAUGCACUCAGAAGAAGGAGAAGAGGUAAUGACCUUUUAUACUGUUCCUUAGACCCUUGGCUGCCAGAUGGGAUUGCAAUAUAUUGUAAUGCAAUCUGUUGCAUUCUCGUCUAACAGUUAAAAGUGUAAUCUUUCUGUAAAACAAAUAUCCCCCUUGUUUUGUAUUCACAAAAUUGCUUUGAAAUAUCAGUCCCUCAAAAAUGAUAUAUCUGUACAACUGUCCUCAAAACAGCUAAUUUUGAGGUAUAAAUACAAAACAUGCUUUAGAUUAAUAUUGCCACUAUUCUGGGGUUCUAAUAAACACAGAAAGUACCGCUUCCUGAAUUCUAUCAAACAUUUUGCGAUAUCUGUUAAUUGAUUCAUUCCAACUUUCUGCAGUAUUACCUUUACAUUGAUGGUCAUUAUGUGGAAUACAUUCUAUUAUUUAUUGAAUGAUUUAGUAUGUCCACAUUCCCCAUCUAGUCUUUUUUCUCUUAUCUAUCUGGGCAAUGAAUUCUGGGAGCAGACCGUUUGAGUAUGAUCUAUAUUAAAUCUCCGUAGUAUUAACACAUUAUGUACUGCUGGUUAAUUGCUGGGACCAUUCUUUUAACUUUCUAUUCUAUAACGCGUUGAUAACCUAACAAUAUCUGAUAACAUUAAAAGCAAGCAAAUGUUUUAUUUAGACACAAACAUUUCUCGUAUCCUAUUCUAAUUCUGUUUUAUUGAAAUUUGCACCCGAAAUUUAAGUAGUAUUUUUAGAAUAUUUGAAUUGAUAUAGAAAAUAAAAUUUUCGGUGGGACUGAAGCUUUAAAGCAUAUCUAACAUUUUAAAAUAACCUGACUUUUGUUUGUUUGGUUUUUUUUUCCACAUUUUAAUCUGGAUUUAUGUUUUCAAGCCUGCCGUGGAAGAAGUGGUAAGAGCACAGUCCGUUGUGCAUGUAAACAGUCAUACAGAUCAUACAGACAUUUUGUAAUUAUUCUGUGUUUAAUUUCUUUUUUUUGCGUAUCCACAAUCAUGUGUUUUAUUUUAACAUUAAUCGUUUAAUUUUUAACAGGCUACAAUUUUAUUUAAUUUAUUUUUCUUCAUUUGCUUGAUGUGCUUCGCAAGAGGUUUAUGAUAUUCACGGCAAUCUAUAUUAAAAAAUAAUUUUACCGCAGCUCAUAAGUGCUUCGCCAUCGCUUCUCAGAGAUAUCUUUAAAAGUGCAGUUUCCAUGGUCCUUGCAUUUAAAUAACUUUUUAAAUGAACGUUAAAGGGAAAACGGUAUACAAAAAUAGUACAGUACUCUAAAUUUUUUUUAAAACAUUUAAUAAAUGGAUGCAAAACAGCAUUAAAUGUGGGUAAAUGCAUAUUUGUCAAGUUUUGGGUAUCUUUUGAGUAAAUAUGUAAAAUAUUAAUACACACGGUUACAGUGUGGACAUUAAGAAGAGUACAUCUUCAUGUAGAAUUAAUAAAAAUGCAAUGGGACUGCACUUUUAAUGCAAGUAGCGAAAUAAUAAUGUGCUGUAUGCAUAAAUAUAAACACAAAAGUGGAUAUAUUUUGUAAGUAUGUGAAUUUGGCUGAAAUUGUGUUUUAUGUGCGCUAAAGUGCUGUGAUUUUGUUUUCUUGAAUCAGUGUGCGCAGACGUUCUCACUAACACUUUUGAAGUGAUAUUCCACUGCCCAAAUACCAAAUACAUUUUAUAAAAUUCCUAUUUAGUAGAUCAACCCUCCAAUUAAACCGUGCAUGCAUUUAAUUAGCAUUUCUAUAUCUAAACGAAGCUUGCAGCUGCAUAUAUCUUGUCGGCAGCCUUUGCAAGGCACGUGCUCUGGGCAAUUGUCUGCUUCUUGAGUAUAGCUCCAAUGCCAGGAAAUAAUAGGACCGGAUGAUGUAACAAAGUUCAUUUAUAAAAAUGCCAAUUUUUAUUCAAAUCUGCACUUUUUGUAAAAUGGGGGGGGAGGACACACUCUUCACACAGAAAGCACUUACUCAACCAAAGUGCUUUAGGUAUUUGGAAUGUUCCUUUAAAUCUGUAUACAUAGAUAUGUGAAUAAUCAUAUUGUACACAUAUACGUGUAUAUUUUUCUGUCAUAUAUCAUGUAAGACUUUACCAUGUAGACACCAAAGACCUAACAGAUUCCUGUUUAUAUAACUGACACUUCAGUCUGGGGUUGCUAUUUUAAAACUCCCCAUCUUUCUAAUACAUUAUGGAGAUUCAAAUAUAAAAAAAAAAAAAAGAGAAAAAAUCAACCGUUGAUUGCUAAUUUUGCAUGGGCUUUUGAGUGACCAGGGGUAUUAUAUAUAUAUACAUAUAUAAUCUUGCACUACUAGACACGCCUAGAAGCUACUCGCCAUUGCAGUCCUGGAGGGUGGAUUACCAAACAAAUUUCUAUUUGCUUACGCUGAUUUAUCAUUUGCCAGUGGCAGUCAUAUUUACAUUUUUCAUGAAAAAUACAUGAAUAAAUCUGCAUCCAGCACAGAAAUUAUUGGCUUGCUUAGAUAACUUAAUUCAUGUUUCUCAAGCUAUGCCCACUUAGAGGAGAGUUGUGAGAGACGAAUGUACAACAUCAGUAUUUCCCGAUACAUACACACAGCACAAAAAACUUGCAUAUCCUGUGACAGCACACAGCUUAUAAAUUAAGGGAAUUUAGUAAAUCACUGGAGCUGUAAUGGGAAGCAGGAACAAGGUAACCCAAUCAAGGAACAAUUAGUUGCAGUAUGUGUAGCGUUGUUUAAUAAUGAUGGUAAGUGUACCUCUCAUUCUUACUCUUAACUAUAAGGAGAGAUGGAAUGAAUCUCUGCAGCAUUAUUCACAAUCAGUCCUACAAAUCUGAUCUUUAAAAUCCAAUGGAAACUUACUUUGAGGCAGUAACCCACUCUAUCUGACUACUCUUCACAGCUGGAUUUAACCUUUGAAUUUCACAGGAGAAAAAGCAAUUCAGAGAUUAACCUUUGCCAGUUAUGAAAUGGGACUGCAGACCUGUCAAUCCCCAAUAAAAUAAAUGUGCCAGUCAAUCAUGCAUGCAUCAUUCCAUACAAUACUGAGAAGUAAUAGUUCAUCUAGUGUACCUGUUCUCAGUUUAAAUAAUAUGUAAAUUUGAGAUGAGAUUUUUGCUUUUUCAUUUUCUCAAAUCGAACGGCCAUAAGAAUUUUUGUUGACUUGGUCUGUUGGGGGCAUGAUGCCUGUUUUUUUUCUUAAAGGGAUACUAUAGGCAUCCAGACUACCUAAUCUCCAUGAAGUUGUCUCUGUGCCACAAUAGUGUUUCUUUAAUGUGUCUUUGUUCAUCCUGUAUAGUAUGGAUUGAUGUGUUGACCUAUUAUGGUCAGUUAACAGAUGAAUAAUCGGGAAGGGGUGUUUCCAGUGAUACGAGUACACUAGCAACGACCAUAAGGAGCUGAUCUGAUGUUUAUUCAUACUCUUUGACAGUCUUCUCACCCCACCCAGCUGAAGGGCCCGCUGCACAGGUGGAGCGCAUCUAAUGCACUGUGCUGCCCGGGGACAGUUAUCUGGUUUUCCAAGAUGCCGGUCACCAAAGAACUAAAGCAGGACUGGGGCCUGGUCCCCAAAAUCAUGACCUGUUAUUAUGUUCACUUGGAAUAACAAUAAACUGGUUAUACGGCAGAUAGAAAAAAGGCCUUUAGUCUACUAGUUUAUGGUUUUGUUAUUAAACUGCUUGUUAAUGUUUCAGAUCAUGACCCAACCUUUAAAGUCCACUGAGAGUUAAAAGUCAAACUGUUUGUGUCAUGGCUCUCUUUGCCUUGCCUCAUCCUAUGAUUUGGCCCAUGCAUUUAACAGUCUUCAUAGAACAUUAGCUUUCUGCACGUCGGCAUUCUCCAUUUGUAAGCUUCUGCUCCUUUCAUCAACUGACACUUCGUAUUCCUACCCUUUCUCUUGUGUCCCAUUCCUUCCAUCCUUCACCCCCCAGCCUUCUCCCCGGCGAGUUUCGGUAGUGGUUACCAGUGAGGAAGUAGAUAAAGAUGAAAUGGAAGUUGAAAUAUUUGUCCAGUCAGUAAGUACAAUGCCAUCUACAUUCUAGAUUAAAUAAAAUUACCCACCAUCACUUAUGUUGGUUUUAUUUAUUUUUUUUAAACGUUUUUGAGUUAUACACCUACAGCAUCUAUAGCACCUUUCUUUGGGUCUGGACUUCCUAAAGAAAUUUCCGUCACUGGUGAAUAUACUUUUCUUUUUGGUACAUUUUCAUUUUCUUAGCAUUGUCAUUCCCAAAUCACCCUAACUAUGCUUUGAAAACUUGAUAAAUGUGCCAAACAAUGAUAGAAACUCUUAAUUGUACCUGUUCACCCAUUCUGGUUCUGGGUAUUUUAAAGGUUUUUCUGCUCACAUGCCCAUUUCGUCCACUUAUGGAAACCUGAUGGGCACGACCUUUGGCUCUUGACAGUAAUGCCUGGUUUAGUUCUAGAUAUAACCUCUCCUUACUCUUUGCAUUUCCUGCAGUUCGAUUUUGGAGACACAGUGGUCCACCAGGCUAUUCACACAAUUGAAUACUGUCUGGGAUGCAUUUCCAACACUGCUUCUUAUCUCCGACUUUGGGCUUUGAGUCUGGCACAUGCUCGUAAGUAACAAUUCUGCGUAGCUCUAGUUAAGUUGUUUUUUUUGUGUGUCUCAUUUUUAUAUCUAAUAAAGUGUUUAGUCAAUGAAAUGGCAUUGUAAGAAAGAACCGCUUCAAUUCAAAAGUGAAGCCGUAGAGCAGCACUAGAAAAUGGACACAGUAAUCUGUAGGAAACGUAGUAGUAAAUGUCGGGAAAAGAAAGACUAGCAUAUUGGAAAGGUUAAGGUCGGAGAAGAGUAAGAGGUUAAAGUGAGAAAAUAGAAUCCUGACAGAACAUAAUAAUAAAUGCCAGUUUGGUGAAAGACUGGUGAGGUCCAUAAAGCUGUAUAUUGAGUAUAUGUGUGCAUAUGCAUGCGUGUUUGUAGUUUAAAUUCCCUCAAGAAAAACAUGACAUAGUCCAGUUUUACUAGCUUGCAGAUUGGCUAAAUCUAGCAGAUUUAAGUGCUAAGUGUUUUAGUCUUCUCAACACCAGAAAAACGAGAAGCAUAGCUAAGCAUCUGCACAGCAGCCCACUCAGUAAAUUUAGGGAUACCGUUUGUAUAUUAUUGUAAUUAUACUCAAACGAGCUUACAGUAUAAAUGUGGAAUGUGCAACUGAUUUGACUUACACAGUUUUAUGAAUUCUUUUGUCUUACAGAAUUGUCUGAAGUCCUCUGGACCAUGGUAAUGCAUAUAGGCCUACAUGUCAGAAGCUUCGGAGGAAGUAUUCUACUGGUUUUUGUGUUUGCUGCAUUUGCCACUUUGACGAUAGCCAUCCUUCUGAUUAUGGAGGGACUCUCCGCUUUCCUUCACGCUCUCCGUCUGCACUGGUAAGAAUUACUCCUAUUCACACAACAGGGAGCAUCCUGGCAACUUUCUGUCUUGGGGUGAAAAAAAUAAAUCCCUUGAUUCUUGGGGUCGAAAAUAGACCUCUUCACAUGGAUUAUAUUUAUCUACAGUUUUAUUACAUCUGCAAAGAGGGAUUGAAGAGUUCAGAAGAUUAAGCUAUACAAAAUCUUGGUUUACUAAUAUGUUAACCUACCUAAGAUGUCUUCCUUGUCAUUUAAAUAUUUAAUUAAAAUAAAUCCGUAGUACAUAAAACAAGGAUCACACUGUGCUGCACAAAUCCAUUGAUAAAUAAACAUACAGUCAGAACAAAGCUCUUAUUCAUUGGGCUGGAGUAGUGAUGUGUAGCAACUACUCAAUGUUUCCUUCUCCACAACGGCCAUUACAAGUAUAACUCCAGUUAAUUAUGGUCUUCUUUUCAUCUGGUCAUCUCUUCCUGUUUUUUGACACUCACUUUCUGACCCAAUAUAAGGUCGCCACAUGAAAAAAUAUAGAUCCUGGAGUUACCACAGUACUCCAAAAAGGCCGUAAACUAACAAGGUACAGGUGCUGCUAUUCCACCUCACUGUGGUUCCUGCAGUGAUACAUGUUUAGCGGAUCCUGAGUAACUCAACUGGUUACCUCUGCUAAUUUCUUCUCUCAGCCAGACUGGAACCGUUAAACAUGCAAGCAUCCUCCAUUCCCCAAGUAACCAGACGAAACUUAGUUCUGGAAGUCAACUAAUUUUAUUCAGGCUUUUAUGCACAGACCCCUGACAUGGGGUCUCCAACACAACAUUACAGGGUUUUACCCACUUCGGCGCCACGCGAUCUCAUCAUCCGCUGAUGCACGAUGACAGACAAGCUAGGACUCAUGGCUGCUUUUCGGGGAAAGACCCCAUAUGACUUUGAAACAAACCAAAUAUCCCCUUUUCAGGAUUUAAGCAGAGACACACUCUUAUGGUGCAAAUCAAUGCAGCCACUCACCGCACAGCUGCGAGACGCAGGGAUCACCUAUAGAUGGGCAACACCAAAAACCCUCUGGGCCUCUAAGGAAGGACAAAACUAUAAGGCCUCAGAUCCCAAGGAGGGCCCGGCCCUGUUAGCCACACUGGGCUUAACUGACCAACCUGAAGCCGCCGCCACCCGCCCUCGAACAACACCCAUGGAUGACAAAAACGUCCCCACACCCAGAGGGAAACGAGGCAACACGACCUGACCACAAGUCUACUGCUCCAAAGUUCAGUUUUAACCCCAGGACACUUUAUGCUAUGUUAUGUUACUGAUUUACUUUUACUUAGCCUUCACAUACCAACAGCUGGGCAAAUUUCAUGCGAGAUAAUUGCUUAACCUUACCCACCAGACCAUUAGGAAAUGAUUGUUACACCCAGAGAUUGGGUCUCUGUGCUCCGGUGCACGAAUUUGCACCCCCCUCCUUAGGCCCCAAAGUACAGGGGCACUACACUCUACGUGAGCCCACUACUGGUCUGUCUACACACGCCUCUGCAACCUGCAGAUCACAUAGACGGACCACAACCGCUCACACGGGCCCCACCUUCCUCAGACUAUAUAGACUAGAUGUGUUUCACACAUAACACUGGUCACAGACAACAGUAUAUCACACAGCCCACGCACACCUUACACCUACCCACAGGACAUAAAACAGCGCAAACCUAAGCAACUCACUCCUAGACAUAGGGGGCCAACUUCACCCAAAACUGCAGGGGUCCAACCCUAAAUGGGCUAUUACGGGGACACCAGGUGCAACCACCGUGGGUGACCUAGAACGCAACCCUGUCCACCUAGCUUUGACAAAACCCGACCCCGACAGCGCUGCACACGACCUUGGGGGGUUAUUAACCCUUAAUGACAACCAACUACAACUCGUUAAAACCUAUCUGACCUCACCUAUAUAUAACAAAGUGCAUCCUGACCUUAUAACAUGUUUAGACAUAAACCAUGUUUGAAUGUUGAAAUAUUUUGACACGGCUGUUGUGGCCAGGUCAAGCAUUACAUAUUGCACUGAAAAAUAAAGAUUUAUAAAAAAAAAUUUAAAAAAAUUACAGGGUUUUCCUUCCCAGGGUCCUUUGUGCCUGAGAGAUAAUUGCGUGAGAAAACUAUAACUAUUAUCUCUCAGGUACAGAAAAACCUACACAAAAUAUACAGUAUUGCUAGGAAAUAACUAGGAACCCAACAAAAGUUACACCCCGACUAGCUCUGAUCUGAGUGUACAACUUGUAUCAAUCAGAUCCGUUCGGCAGAAUUGGAUUGCCACCGGGGUAAAGAUUUGACCGGCCGGAUACGAGGUGAUAGCCCAAAACAAGUCCAGGGAAAUAGGUGCCCCGGCCGGUCUCUGUUCUGGAGUUUGUGUGAAAACCAUGCAAGGGAUUCUCUUGAUUUCAGGGUGAAAAUGCUCCCCCAGUCAGUAGUUCCCAUCUCCCGAACGUCGUUCGUAUAGUUGGUCAGGAAGUAGAAUGAGCAGUGGUAUAAUCUUUACCGAGGUUCGUGCGAGUGCCUAGCCGAAAAGAGUUCCAGGCACUCGACGACCAAUUGUCGCUGCCCACUUUCGAGAGACAAAAUGGCCGCCACUCUUUUGCCAACUUCAUGUAUACGGUUACACGAAAUAGCCACCCAGGGGAAGCAUUCAUUAACUACUUCCCUUGCGGUUUUGCACUUAAGUUACAUGGUGUGAACGUUUUAAUGGGGUACUGGGGUGGUCCUCAUUCCGGUGUCAAGCGCAGUGUGUUCAGAUCCCAUAAUUCCCAAAUGGAUAAAAAGUAAAACACACAAAAUUAGUGGUAUGUUCCACCACAACAUACAGACAACAUUUUGAAAAAAAGGAGGGAAGCGCAACCAAUAUAAGGUGGGACUGGAAGGCCACUUGUCAGAUGGGAGCAGGAAAGUUCUGAGAUGUGGGUAUAAUAAUUUUUAUGAUAUAUAUCAUUGUUUACUGGAUAUUGUAUGAUUGCUUUGCAAAGAAAUACACAAUAUACUUCAACAUCUCCAUUGAUUGCGUGAGUCUGGAAGUGAUCUAAUUUAAGAAGGGAAUCUCAAUGAAACAUAACACUGUUACUUGUGCACAUAUAUCUAUUGCUCAUACCAGUCAUACUUCUGGUCUGGAGAAAUCCUAGUAAGAGCAUGUUACAUUUGUUCCAUGCUUUCUCCUUACUCAACCUACUUGCAUCAUAAAUACUUGAUGUGCUUUCCUACUUGAUGAAUGAACAUAGUGUUUAAUGUACAGCUGGGGGAGCUCAAUUUACAUUUUAAAGGACUAUAUUUUUUUGUGACACAAAUGUUCCAUAGAGUUUGUGAAACGUUACAUAAAAUGAUCUGAAUAAUUAUAUUAAUGUGUUUUUAUUAACAUGCUUUUAUGGUUAACCCACCAUUAUUCAGAGUAAGUCUCUCUUAAAGAAAAACUACAGCCACCAUAACCAAUACUGUAGUGGUUAUGGUCCCAGAGAUGUGCUCAUGUGCCACCCCUGCCAAUGUAAAUAGUCAAAUAUUUUGACAACUUACCAUAGGUCUGUUGGAUGUCUUCCUGCAUUGAGCUUCUAUUUGCAUUCCAUAAGCUAAUCACCACACUGCAGGGCUGCCUCAAUGGCUGAGAGAAUCAUGUGAGCGCUCCAGCCAAUGAGCGAAGUACUGCACUGCCAGGCUACCUCUGUGCAGAGACCAAAAAGGCAGAAGUUCCUAAGCUGGAACUUCCAUUAGCUCAUUGGCUAGGAGCAUCAGCUAAAUGCUCUCAGGCAGUGAGCUAAACUCUGCAUUGCAAGGCUUAGCUCAAGAGAACUUAUAGAAGGUCCUGCUUAGGAAAUCCUGGCUUUUCGGCAAUAGCGUUGGAGGCAAUGAGGAGUGCCCAAUGAACUAUAGAGUGCAUUGAGUGUUUUUAAUAGAUAAUUUUACGGGCAGGAGAUUGUGAUUAGACCCAAAGAUUUCACUGACCAGUAACGGGGAGAUACCGUAAUACAUUAUUUCAGUAAACCUUUAAAUGUGGUGGUAAAACCACCUACAGGUGCCUUUGCAUUACUCUGUAUCUUUAUACUGUAUUAUCUUUUUCUAUGCUUUUUAUAUUCAAGACAUGCAUCCAUCUGUCUGUAUCUCACUGUAUCUAUUUUAAUGAGUUUACCAAAGCUGAAUUACAAAUAUAUGACCAUUAAAGGUUUGUUCUGCAUAGUUGAUGCCCCAUGCAUACAACUUUGUUCACUAUUGUACAUUUAGAAGUCUGUUACUAACUCGUUAUUUGCAGUUAAUUUUCUUGCUUCGCUCUUAUUUUAUGUUUCAGAAAAUUCUGAGAGUGACCACAAAGCUCUUUUAAGUAGUGUUAUAGUGCCCUUUCUGGCAUAAAUUGCAACAAAAGAUCAAAAAAUAAAUCAUGUCUUUUUAUAAGGCAAACUACAAAUGGCACAUACAGUACUUUGAGGGGUUUUCUUUAUAUGUAAUGAUAAGAAGUCCCUUAAUCCCCGAUGGACAGUUAACCUGGCUAACGUGCUGGAACUUGCUAACAGAGUUCUGUACCUGAAGCUUGUGUAGAGCACCGUGUGAGUGAGCACACUUCUUGUUAACUCCACAACUUCUACUUUGUUUGACCUGUAGCCUGCUGUUUUUACAACAUGCAAGAAACUUGGAAUAAUAAAGCUCUCAUUUAUACUGAGGUAAUAUGUUCAAACUAGAAUUUAUAGAACUAUUCUGCUGGCUGGAAAACCAAGCAGAAACUACACCAGUGGUAGUCAACCUGGUCCCUACCUAGUGGGCAGUUUGGGAUUUGAGGUGGGCAGUGGUGGGUUCUGCAGAAAAUGCCCAGUGCUCCUUGAUGGGUGUGGGCCAAGGCCGGCAGGGGAGAUCCUUUCAUCUCCUCUGCUGGCCCAUGCAGAGCCUGCCUUGUUGUAAGCCCUCUCAGGCUGAUGAGGAGACCAAAGAUCCAACAGAAGGAGGGAAGGGCUUGGGAAGCUCUGUGUUCCUCACGCGAGCAGGCUGGUUGGAGCUAUGCCGUGCAUUACCAUGGCAACGCUCCGAUACAGUCCUGUGCUCGCAGGAGGACAGGAGAGUCAGCCUGCAGCCAGAGGAGCUGCUAAAGGGAACAUGCCACCACUGGACCACCAGGGCUUACAGCAUUAUGUACCCCUUCCCUGGUAAAAGGUAGAAAGAAGGGAGGGGGAGACAUUAAGAUUAUAUUUUCACAUCUCACCCACCUACACACAGUAUAGACCGUAUGCACCUCUCACACACACACACAGAGACUGUACCUUCACACACAGCUCACACUGCCUCCACACACAAACACUGCCACCCUCACACACUGCCCCCCCCUCACACAAAUUUUGCCAUCAACAAAAAUACAAAGUGGGUGGUAUGUAUUAAAAGGUUGACUGCCCCCGGAACUAAACAAAUCCUAUAUUUAACUCCUCUUACAAAUUAAGCACCAUGUAUCUCGGUGCUAAAUUUAACCCCACUGUAACCCUAAAACCCAAUAAUUCAAAACACCUCUUAUACCACAACUAUAAUCCCUCCCAAUAUUUGAUUCCUCUUAACACUAAACACCCUAUGUAUUCUAACACCGACAUUAAACCGUUUUUACCCCAACCACUUUUACCAAUAUUUUUAAUCCAGCAUACAUUUCCAUAGCUACAUACACUCUAAACUCAAAGAAUCAAAAACAAUACAAUUACAAAUAUUUAGAUAUAUAAAGAAAAUUAGAAUAUUAUUUUUUUUACUGCAAUUUAGUCCAGUAAAUAAAACCUGUCUUUUUUUUAAAUUAAUGUUUUUGGAUACCAGCCACAAGACCGAUCAUCAUGAUGCUGCAGCAGCAGCGCAGGGACUGCCAAUGCAUAAAAUAAUGUUGUCUAUUUAGCUCACAUGUUGAGAUAUUUAAUGUACUCCAUUUAUGCCUCCAAUGUGUACGGUUCUGGAAUUAUGUACAAAUUUACGAUUUACUGAAAAUUCCUAUUGAAGUAUAGGCAGUUCAGACACAUGUAGAUGUUGGUGUCAAUUGUGCAAUACCAAGUAUAAGAGAAUUUGGACAUUAAUCAAGCACAGAAUUUGUUUUUCCUUAUUUGGGUCGAAAGUCUGAAAUCUGUGGCAAGCAGCCAGUAUUCUUGUCCUCCUCUGUAUAUAUAACCUCUUCUCUUGCUUCAGCAUGAAUAGAUACAUUGUUUCGGUAUAAUAUGCAUACCAUUUAAACCUUGUUAAAACAGUGAUUUAUUAAGAUUCAGGGGUUAGCCAACAGUAGGAUUCCCCAAUUUACAUAGGACUAUCCUCCCAUGAUGUUCCAGCAGAACAUAUACUGUACUUACAAGUAUCCUGUGCUUUGUAGCAGCAAGAAAUGGAAAGGUUUUAAUAACUGCAACAGAUAACACAUUAUACUCUUUAUCAAACAUUGUUGAAAUUUGCCCAAGAUGGUCAAGAUGACAGAUAUGGUUUCAUAAGCACUUUAUAAGCAGCCAGUAUAAACAGGCCAUGGUACGGUUCUUCAGGGACAUCAAUAUGACAUCAAUAUGAUUUUGUUAUAUGCAUAUUUUCAUGUAUUUCUAAAGUCUCAUGUUCUUUAAAUAGAUCCUCUGGCACCAGUCAACACAGAAGCUAGUCACUCUUUGGGCUUGCUGGUUUUCAGGGACCAGUGGCGGCAAAUCCUCUUCUUUUCAGCAUACUAUGCAGUGUAGUUAUAGUAAUAAAGGUUGAACAUAGAGUAAAAUUCAUCAAAUUGAAAACUUUAAAUCCAUUUAUUUAUGCUGUUUAUCCAGAAGGCAGCAAAAAACAAUUGUAAUGAUUUCCAAUGAUUUAACAAAAAAAGGCUAAAUUAUUUGUUGACCCCCAUGGCAAUCCUAUGUCAUCUUGAAUAAACAACUUAACAUUUUAUAUUAAAGGACCACUAUAGGCACAAAGACCACUUCAGCUUAAUGAGGUGGUCUGUGUGCCUGGUCCAGCUAGGAUUAACCCUUUUUUCUAUAAGCAUAGCAGUUUCAGAGAAACUGCUAUGUUUAUAAAUGGGUUAAUCCAGCCUCUAGUGGCUGUCUCAUUGACAGCCGCUAGAGGGCUUCCGCGCUUCUCACUGUGAUUUUCACAGUGAGAAGACGCCAGCGUCCAUAGGAAAGCAUUGUGAAUGCUUUCCUAUGGACUGGCUGAAUGUGCGCGCAGCUCCUGCCACGCAUGCGCAUUCAGCCAAAGAGGAGGAGAGGAGGCGGAGAGAAGGAGGAGAGCUCCACGCCCGGCGCUGGAGAAAGCGGUAAGUUUAACCCCUUCCUCCCUCCAGAGCCCGAGUAUGUUUUCCUGGCACUAUAGUGGUCCUUUAAUUACAUCCUUGAAUAUUCUGUUUUGGGGAAAAAUAAAGACACACUAAUUAGAUAAUAUUCUCUUUCUAAAUAGUUUCUUAUCAGAUUUAUAGAUAUUUUUUUAAAGGCUUGGAUGCCUUAUUUAAUAAUUUUUUCCCAAAUACAGAAACUUGAAUUGGGGCCCACCAUAGGACAAGCUAAUUGAGUUGUUGUUGUCCAUUCUUUUGAAAUGUACAGAAUACACUGGUCAUGAAUUUGAGAAAGUAAGCAAUAAAACAUAAUUUAUUUGUGUGUCUUUUUCCCCAUGCAGGGUGGAAUUUCAGAACAAAUUUUACAUAGGCACUGGGUUCAAAUUCCUGCCAUUCUCCUUCGAGAGCAUCAGAGAGGGCAGAUUUGAUGACUGAGUACCAACUCUGCUGGACCUACCUAGCCCCUGUGAAGAUGUACUUAGUUAAUUGUGUAUUUGUUUACUUGUGUGUUUGAAAACUUUGAGCAAAGGCCCAUUGAGAUGCUUAGUGUUAUAUUGAAGCCAUUGUGUUUGAACGUCAUGUUCUUUAAAAUCACACAUUUCCAGCCUAUUUUAAUGCAGAACUUGUCAGUAAAUUCACUAAAUAUGUUGGUGAGGAAAAAUUUCAGCGUUGUAUUUUCACGGCACUGAUACACAAACGUUUUGGUGAGCGCCAAAGUGAAAAUAGUAAUUGAGAGCUGCACAACUUGUUCAAAAUAGCACGUAGUGCUGUGUUUAGUGCUUCCCCUUAUAUAUUGUUUAAAUGUUGAUCCUUACCCUUUUACAGGAUAAGCAUAUUGGAGAGCAGCUCUCACACCAUCCACAACUACACUUGAUUUUUUUUUUUUGAAUGACACUCCUGUCACUAUUUAUUAUUUCCACCCUUAGGUAAUUAUCAAUAUAGUGUCCCAGAGCUCUUCCUCAUUCUCAAAUAGUUAAAAAAAAAAAAAAAAUGGUCCGAAGCAAAAGGAUGCCCUGAUGGCAACUUCUUUUGGGGGCUUGGCCAUGUAGCAGUAGAUGAAGCUUAAGACCACUCGCUCUGUCUUGUGACCAUUCUCUGACCUUACCUCACUAUUUUGUGUAGUAGUUGUACAAAUCUGUCACUUUCCGUUCUUCAUUAGACUUUAAUACCCAACACUAUGAGCCAUCAAACACCUUGCCAAGGAGAGCUGUAAUAGAGUGCCAGGUUGGACAUUAUUUCAUUAUCACUUACAUUUUGGAGGAAGGAGUUGUAAAAGACACACAAACUGUGCAACCACACUUGAGUUAAAAUCAUAGAUUAUUACAUGUGGUGUUUUAUUGGACCACCUUGCAGUAACAUGCUACUCUGUAAUAUUGCUUCAAGAGAUUGUUCAUAAAAUUGCUUAAUGUAACUUGUUAUAAGAUAAUUAAGUCUCGUGCUGUAAGUGGUGAAUAACCUGUACCCAGCAGAAAGUGAUCAGACUGUUGUGUAAUCACAUUAAUGAUUCCACAUUUAAUCAUAUUCAGAUCUACAUGCACUGACACAAGUGAUCCUUCGCCUAGGAGGCACUCAGAAUGCUUAACACAGAAAAAAAAGAGCAGAUUAUAUGUCUGCAAUCAAACCAAUUUUAAACCUUGAUUUCACUUGAACAUGUUUUUCAAGUUCAAUACUUACAUUUAAAAGGAACCUAUUGUCUUGAAAAUAGCAAUUGUUUUUCAGGACUUUAGGUUCCCAUUCAAGCAGUGUGAUCACUGUCCACCGCCCUUUGCUUUAUAAAAUGAAAGUAAUAAUAAAGAUUGCUUACCUCAUUUCCAGCGCAGAGACUCCUCCACUGCAGCAGCCAGCUCUGCCUCCAUCAUUGUCAGCAUCACUGUUUACAUCUCAUCCAAUCCAAUGCUUCUCAUGGUGGAUGAGCUACAAAACAAUGUGUACCUCCAAUCAAAUACUGCUAUCACAAGUGGUUGAUUGAAGAGCAGAGUUUGACUUGAUUGUGGAGGCGGAAGCACCUGCAGUGGCCGACAGAAAGACCGCCACUGUAGGUGUGUUAAAUAAUUCAAUGUAAACAUUACUGUUUUUAUAAAAUGGCAAUGUUUUACAUUAAAAGGUUAAUAUUAUAAUGAAAUUAUUGGCCGUAUUAUUAGAAAUAAUAUUUAUGGGGUUUAUAAAUAUAAAAAAUAAACCUGCGCCACCUAUUUACAAUAGUAAAUUUGCAAUAGUCAUUUUAUUGAGAGCCGAAGGCUGCUGCAAAACCUCAUGUAAAGAGGAUCUCCUCAGAUUAUACCAGAAAUUGUCACCUUCCUGAUAUGUUUACACUAGUGAUUUUACAUAUUAAUGUAGUAUAAAUUCUGUAACUGCUGUGACUCUCUGUAUGAAGCUUUGUUCAUGCAAAUAAAUCUUUAAUUUAUGACAUCUGGAAAUUUGUCUGGGUUUUUCUUUUUUUCGGAGGUUGUAGGGGGGUGUUGUGUUAAAAU